AUGGCUGAGGCUUACCUGUCACUGGUAGGUGAAGUUGCCAUCCAUCGAGGUGUGUGUGGGGGCGGAGCUUACACUUGGGAGGCGGAGCUUCCAUUCAUGGGGCGGGAUUUCUACGUGGAGGCAGGGCAUGCAACCAAAAUUGCUGUAAAUAGUGAAAGGAGACUGACAAGUCUCCCUCUGGCCGCCAGCAGCUUAAUUGCGGCCGCACCAAUCCCCAGCUCCUUCCUCUUUACUUUAUUUAAAUUACAUUAGCCAGGAUGGUAAGGGCUGUCUGCCUGGCCCCAAGUGCCGUGGCCAACCAGGAAAUUUCCUGCUAUCCCGGUGGGCCAGUCCGGCCCUGCCUCCCAAUUGAUUACACUGCCCCCCCUCCUACCAAUUUAAUACACUCCCCCCUUCUACCAAUUUAAUACACUCCCCCCUCCUCCCAAUUUAAUACACUGCCCCCCUCCACCCAAUUUAAUACACUGCCCCCCUCCCCACUGCCCUCCACCAAUUUAACUACCUCCCCUAAUUUAAUACACUGCCCCUCCCUCCUCCCAUUUGAAUACACUGCCCUCCCUCCCUCCCCACAUUUAAUACACUGCCCCUCCCCACAAUUGAAUACACUGCCCUCCCCACAAUUUAAUACUGCUUUCCCCACAAUUUAAUACUGCUCCCUCCCCAUAAUUUAAUACUGUCCCCCCUCCCCACAAUUUAAUACACUGCCCCCCUCCUCCCAAAUGAAUACACUGCCCUCCUCCCCACACUUUAAUACACUGCCCUCCCUCCGCACAAUUUAAUACCCUGCCUCUCUCCCCACAAUGUAAUACACUGCCCCCCUCCCCACAAUUUAAUGCACUGCCCCCUCCCCACAAUUUAAUAUACUGUACUACAGCUCAUCUUUCCUUCAAGAUGAGCUGUCCACCAGUUCCAGCCCAGCCUGCACAAUCUCUUCUCUGCUCAAGCAGGUACAGCGAGCAGGAGGGAAGGAGGAGUGAGAGGCUGGCCUGGUCUGCAGAUAGCCAGAUACUCUGCGCACUAAAGCGCCGCCGCUGCACAGUCGCCGGGUAUGAAAUCAUAUGUUGUUCAUAUCUGGCGGCCAGCGUGGACAAAUACUUCAUACUCUUGCGGGUUGUUGCUGGUCGCAAAGCCACGCGAUUGGCCGCGGCCCGCAGAAGCGCAGGCUGAUCGCAGCACACAGCGUUCCCCUGGGCAGGCGGCCUACCGGAAUAUCUCCUGUUCCAGGCCCUGUAGAUGGAUUAUCUCGGCAAAGGAGAAGUGCUCACUAACACAGAUUUUGACAGAUUUGUGAACAAUAUUUGAGAGAAAUAGGCCUUUUGUGUACAUAGAAAGUCUUAGAUCUUUGAGUUCAGCUCAUGAAAAAUGGGGGCAAAAACAAAAGUGUUGCAGUUUUUUUUUUAUUGUAUCUUUUCCCUGACAUUUGAUUGAAUUCCCAUUUCUCAGCCAGCUAAUACAAGUUAGUGGCCAUUCUUGUGUCCCCGAUCCCUCUCUGUGUUACUCUCUCCUGGGUCUGUGCCCUGCUCCCAGUCUGUUUACCCCAUCCCUCCCUGUGUUACUCUCCUGGGUCUGUGCCCUGCUCCCAGUCCGUUUCCCCCCCAUCCCUCCCUGUGUUACUCUCACCUGGGUCUGUGCCCUGCUCCCAGUCUGUUUGCCCCCAUCCCUCCCUGUGUUACUCUCUGGGUCUCUGCCCUGCUCCCAGUCUGUUUGCCCCAUCCCUCCCUGUGUUACUCUCUACUGGGUCUGUGCCCUGCUCCCAGUCUGUUUGCCCCAUCCCUCCCUGUGUUACUCUCUCCUGGGUCUGUGCCCUGCUACAAGUAUGUUUCCCCCCAUCCCUCCCUGUGUUACUCUCUGGGUCUCUGCCCUGCUCCCAGUCUGUUUGCCCCAUCCCUCCCUGUGUUACUCUCACCUGGUUCUGUGCUCUGCUACCAGUCUGUUUGCCCCAUCCCUCCCUGUGUUACUCUCUCCUGGGUCUGUGCCCUACUACCAGUCUGUUUGCCCCAUUCCUCCCAGUGUUACUCUCUACUGGGUCUGUGCCCUGCUCCCAGUCUGUUUUCCCCCAAUUCCUCCCUGUGUUACUCUCACCUGGGUCUGUGCCCUGCUCCCAGUCUGUUUGCCCCAUCCCUCCCUGUGUUACUCUCUCCUGGGUCUCUGCCCUGCUCCCAGCCUGUUUGCCCCAUCCCUCCCUGUGUUACUCUCCUGGGUCUGUGCCCUGCUCCCAGUCUGUUUGCCCCCAUCCCUCCCUGUGUUACUCUCCUGGGUCUGUGCCCUGCUCCCAGUCUGUUUGCCCCCAUCCCUCCCUGUGUAAGUCUCCCACUCUCUCCUGGGUCUGUGCCCUGCUCCCAGUCUGUUUGCCCCCAUCCCUCCCUGUGUAAGUCUCCCACUCUCUCCUGGGUCUGUGCCCUGCUCCCAGUCCCCCCCUCCUCUCUGUGAGUGCAGGGAGCCAGCUUGCUACCAUGUAGAGAGGGAGGGAGGGACCUUCUUCAAUGCUACGUGCAGUAUUAGGGGACCAGACAAACGAUCAUCUUUUCCCUUUAAAUCCCAGCAGCGGGGUCUCCUGCAGCCAGUAGCCAUCUAGAUUGAGGACCAGCCCCAUCCCUCCUCCUCCCCUUCCUCCUCCCCAAACACACACUCACACUCAGACAUGCCUGGACACUAUAUUUAGCUCCCCUGCUCUAUGGUUUAAUUUGCUUCACUCAGAGUGCCACCUCCUCUUCCCUGGCAGUGCUGAGCCUGGCACCCUCUGUCUCCUGCUACCCAGACCAUCGGUAUCACUGGAGGGAUUUACACCCAUCAUUGGAAAUCUGUCAAAUAAAAACACAAAACGGGGUUCCUGCAACAUCUGGACUCCACAUCUGGACACCCACCCCCUGUCCACUCUACCAGGGGUGAAGGGUAAGUGCAGUUCCUGUGAUUGGGGUCAUUGAUACAUUAUUGCAAUUCUGGGUGUUCCAUUCUAAUCUAAUACCAAGCAUAUGUUGUGAUUCAGAGCAUGCCAUGCUCUGAAUGGUUAACAUGCUGGGGUAUUAGGGCACUUGCCCCACAUACAGCAAGGGACACGGGGUAUCAGGCGGCCUUGGCAUAAUCUGGGGUAGCACACCUAGCCAGCCAGACUGUAAACAAUACUGCCUGAGGAUGAUGGGUGUGUCUUUCUUAUCUAUGCUCUGGCUUGGCUGAGGGUGAUCUGAUAACCCACUCUAUAGAAUUUGGAGGGCAGCUUGGCACGGUAUAUAAUCCGUGAGGUUGUCUUGACUGGCUGGGGUUGAUAUGAUUUGCACGCUGUCGCAGCUGCCGUAUCCCCCUAGAUGUAGAUAUGAUAUAUAUAUAUGGUUUCCCAGUCUGCAGGAUGGCUGUGCAGGUACAUAGCAGAGAGCUGCUAAAAUACACAAUUAAUCUGCUAUUUUAAUAUGGCUUUAUCAGGUUCUGACAGCAGACCAGGUAUGGGUCUGUGCCAAUGCAGGCCAGUCAGGCAUUGCAGGGUAUCUCUAUAUGGGCAUGCAUUGUGUUCUUCUAGCUGUCUAUAAAACAAUUCUAGCCCUGCAGAUCAUUCUUCCUAUCUGUCUAUUUUGAUGCUCAGUAGUAAAUGAUGUGGUGCCAUGUUUAGCUGGUAUACUGUCACUGUGUACACCAGGCCCCGGCCAGUCCCUGCAUUGUUGACAUGUCUAUGUGCUGUGUGUAUAUAUCAGCAGUAUUGCCAUGUGCAGCCUGUGAAGGUGAAUGCAGGUUGGCAGAUUCACACAGCUCCAGGGGGGGUGUGCUCUGUGCAGAUAACAGGGAUUGGAAGGCUGAGCUUGAAUGGUAACCAGAAAAAGGGGGGGGGGGGGCAUGAACUAUGUGUGUGGGGCACCCAUGCAGGGCUGUGCUAAUUCACUUACAAGGGGUGGUGUCAGGAAGGGAGAUGGUGUCUGCAAAAGCUGGGCCCACCCCUGUUUUCUAGUUGGUUUGGCUCUAUUUGUAUUUGUGGCACUCAGUCCUACUCUGUUACUGCUGUCACACAGGGGAGGCCCUGCAUUCUCCUCUGUCACUACUUUAUGGAUACAUUGUUACAUGCUGUGUGAUGUAUACAAUGAGCGUUUGUAUGAUCACUACAGAUCUGAGCCACUGCACACUUAUUUACAAUUUGUAUUACUAAAUUAUGAUACAAACCAUCAGUUUUUCCCCUUGUCUUUUGUACACUGUUAUUUUGAUUUGUUUAAAAUGUUUGUUAAUUUUUCCAGAUUUGCUUUUUUUUUAUCUGGACACAUUUCAUCUAAUGCUGUUGGUCAGCAGAUUAAACAUGCUGCCCUGCAGUAUGUGGAAUUCAUAUGUGUUGGGAAAUAAAUCAUUGUAUAGAUGGGCUAAGUAACAUAACUAAUACAGCUUGCUAACUUUUAGCCAAUCACCGCUGUCCAAGUUGGGCAAGAUUGAUAAUGAUGUUGAUAAUGUGGAAGUGUAAAUUAUACUCUUAAAGGGGAACUAUAGGCUAGGGAUACAAACUUGUAUUCCUAGCACUAAAGCUCCCUAUAGUGCUCACUCACACGAUUCCUCCCCCACAGCGCAGAACACUUUUGUCACUUACCUGAAUCCAGCACUGAUGUUAGGCUCUGCUUUGCUCCUCCUUUGCAAGGACCAUGCACGGUGAGCGCAUUUAGACAGCCUUGUAGGAAAGCAUUUUAUAAUGCUUUCUUAUGGGGUUUUGGGUAAGUCUGAAAGUCCUAAUGCAGAGAGAACGAGGACAUCCGCCGCCUAACGACCCAGAAGUCCCUCUAGUGGCUGUCUGGUAGACAGGCAGUAGAGAUGGAGUUAACACUGGAUAGUAAUUAUUGCACCCAGACCAUUUCAAUGCACUGAAGUGAUCUGGGUGCCUAUAGUGUCCCUUUAAAACUUUAAAGGACCACUCUAGGCACCCAGACCACUUCAGCUUAAUGAAGUGGUCUGGGUGCCAGGUCCAGCUAGGAUUAACCCAUUUUUUUUAUAAACAUAGCAGUUUCAGAGAAACAGCUAUGUUUACAAGUGGGUUAAUCCUUCCUCCAAUUCCUCUAGCUGCUGUCUCAUUGACAGCCGCUAGAGGCGCUUGCGUGAUUCUCACUGUGAAAAUCACAGUGAGAGCACGCAAGCGUCCAUAGGAAAGCAUUGUAAAUGCUUUCCUAUGAGACCGGCUGAAUGCGCGCGCAGCUCUUGCUGCGCGUGCGCAUUCAGCCGAAUGGGAGGAACGGAGGAGGAGAGCUCCCCGCCCGGCACUGGAAAAAGGUAAGUUUUUAACCCUUUCCUCUCCCCAGAGCCGGGUGUGUUUUCCUGGCACUAUAGUGGUCCUUUAAACCAACGUAUAUGUCCAGGACACUAUAGGCAAGAGAGCUGCAGUUUUGUUUCUCAGUGUUCUUAUAAACAGAGAGGGCAUACCAGAGGGAGCUGCCUUGAUAAACAAAUGGUCUUCCAACCUGCAGCAUGUGAAUGCGCUGCCUAUCAACACAAAGAUAACUAGGUAAGAAAGUGGGUCUUGCAAUCCUAAUGCUGUUUGUCCAGUUUGGUUUGUUAGAUGGCUCUUUAAAACAGAACCACAAUAUACUGUCUGUCUGUCUGUCUAUCCUAGUUUGCAGCUUAUCAUUAUGUCAUGCAUGCACACAAAAGCCUGCUUCCAAAACUAAUUUUGUUGAUUGUUCUAUAGCAGUGCUAAUCAUUUAAAUAGCCAAAUCUUCACCUGGGAGCUUAGAAUACAGGCAUUCUGUUUGAUCAGAUCAGUAAAGUAAGAUUAGACCUUGAUUUCUUUUGUCCAGUAUGAUAUUGCGGCAUGAUGAUAUAUGGUGAAUGCCUUUGGGUCUUUUUAGUCUUCUAAAUGUUACGUUAUUAGCUAAUAAACCUAUAAUUUGAUUUUUUAAAGAAAAGUAACUAUCUACAGUAAUAUGUUUAAGAAGGUGCCACUCAUUAUGAAAAUAGUGAUUAUGGAACCAGGAGUGUCCUGCCCCUGUCCCAAAAUGUGAAACCAUUUCAGCAUAGUUUUACAAUUUACCUGUGCCUAUUGCUACAUCUGCUGCAUCCACUCUUCUCUUUGCUAAAACGGUUUGACAUCUUACUGUAAGAUGGCUUUGGGCCCUACUGGGACCAUACCCACUCCAACUUGCUAAUGUGCUUUCAAAAGAAUUUUGGGAUAAACAAGCUUCUAGAGGCACUUUCUCAUAAAGACCUUCAAAAAUUGAAGGUCUUCAUAUUCGGCAUCAUCAUGGUGCUGACCGCUGUGAAUACUUCUCAUAGAGAAGCAUUGGAUUGCAUACUUCUUUGUGAGAAAUGUCUGACUUGCAGAAGGCAGCAUAUGUCUGUGGUUUCUAUGAGAAGCAUUGGAUUGGACCAAGAUCAUCUGUUAGGAUGUUCUCAGAAGAGGUGGUGUGGCUACCUUGUAGAGUCUAUCCUAGAACUGAAUUACAGAGGAACCUGAAUCGUAACAAGGAAAAAGGAAUAUAAUAAGGUUAAAAAGAAGUAUAUUGUUUUAGACAAAGUUGGAUUACAAAGAACAAUAAGAGAUACACCUUGACAAGAAUAGAACCAAGAAAAUGUUUAGGGGAAAAAAACAAUUGUGUAACUUACUAAACCGUUAACGAAUGUAAAGAUUUAUAUAAUGUGUAGGCCAUGCAAUUUCAAGCCUGCAAUUUUGGAGUACUCUGUUUUAGUGGAUAGUCUCAUCAGCGUGUAUAAUUGUCUUGUACCAUCCUUAAUCCAUACCUUCAACUGCUCUUUCUCCUGGUGUUGUCCCUACUCCCCUUAAACAUGCUACUGUCAUACCUAUCCUAAAAAAGCAUCUCUUGACCCAUCUUCCUCUUCCAACUAUCCCCCUCAUAUCCCUGCUCCCCUUUUUCCUCAAAGAUUCUAGAAAGCCUUGUCUUUCCCCUAUUGUCUUGCUUCCUCAAUUCCAAAUCUCUUCUCGAGCCUCUUCAAUCUGUCUUCCGCACUCAACUGAGACGUCUCUGACUAAAGUUACUAGUGCCCUAAUAACAGCUAAAUCCAAAGUCCCUUGAUUCAAUCCCUUGAUCUCCGUGGCACUGUCCUCGUGUGGUUCUCCUCCUAUCUCUCCCAACAUUUAUUCAGUGUCUACUUUUCCAAUAACCCCUCCUCCCCUUGUCCUGUCUCAGUUGAAGUCCUCCAAAGCUCUGUUUUUGGUACUCUUCUGUUUCGUCUUUAUACCGCUUCUCUUGGCAAACUCAUUAAUUCCAUUGGGAUUUGCAGCCACCUGUACACCAAUGACACCUAGAUGUAUCACGCCCCCGCUGCCCUACAGCGGGUCACUGCUUGCCUUUCUUCCAUUUCUGACUGGAUGUUCUCCUGCUUCUUUUGGUUUCCCUGUAAGUCGAUGGUACUUACAUUAUCCUGUCCUUGCAAGAUUGCUGUCUUGGUGUUAGCUUUGAUCCUGGCUUCACCUCUGCACCUCAUAUUCACACUGGUGGUAAAACCUGUCGAUUUCAUACCUUAACAACAUUGCCCGCAUCCGCCACUUUCUCACGCAAACUACUGCCAAAGAGCUGGCUCAUGGUCUGGUACUUUCUCGCAUGGAUUACUGUAAAUUUCUCCUACUUGUUUUCCCCAGAAACGAUACUGCCCUGCUACAAUCCGUAAUGAAUGCUGCUGCCAGGUUGACUUUAAUCUCCUGUCGCUGCUCUCACAUCUCGCCCCUCUGUUGAUCUUUACACUAGCUUCCUGUAUUCUAUAGGUGUCGUUUCAAAGUUCUAACCCUUACCUAUAAAGCUCUAACUAACUCUAGUCCUUGUUACAUUUCUUCACUGAUUCAUAGAUCUGUCUCUUCUCCGUCUCUCCGCUCUGCCGGUGACCUUCUCCUGUCUGCUUCUCCCGGGCGACUACUUUCCUUUGGAACAGCUUGCAUACCCCCGUCAGUCUCCCCUGGUCUUCAAUAGUUUGAGAAGUCCCUCAAAAUCCAUCUUUUCAGAAAUGCUUCUAGCGUCCCAGACUAACUUCUAUGUCACAAAUCUGUCUCAGACUCUCUCCUAAAGAGCCAUACUCCACUCUCACGUCCAAUUCUGCUACUUUUCCACCUUGUUGUUUGCUGUCCCCUUUGAUGCCCUUCCUAUUGUGUCUUUAUACUCCACUCCUCUAGACUGUAAGCUCUUUAAAACAGGGCCCUCAUCUACCUAUUGUUCUGUAACAUUUUGUAAUUGUUAAAGUUCUCUCUUUCUAAUAAUGUAAAGUGAUGCGGAAUAAGUUGGCGCUAUAUAUAUAAUAAUUAAAACAAACCCUUGAACUCUAAAUAGAAGGUAAAUUGUCAAGUCAAAUAGCAUACAGUCUAAUGGACGUUUUGAUUGUGGUCAGUUGCUGGGGUGAAACCAACCAAAAUUAACAGAUCUAUUUUAUCUUAUCAUUUUUCAGUUUCCAAGGCUCUAUUCCUACUUACAUUCUAACUGAAACUGUUUAAGAAGAUAUAGAGGCUGAUGGAUAGGGUCUCAUUCUUUAUGUCACAUAUAUUUUUGUCACAUUUAGUUUUUACCAUUUAGAAUGGCAAUCUGAAUACUUCCAUAUUUUCUCGACCCUUUACAAGCUUACUUGUCCAGGUUUCUGACUCUCUUAAUUUUACAUCAGUAAUUUAAGGAGCAUACCUGCGUCCGGUACAGAAGGUUUAAGAAAAAAAUACACCAAAAAAAAAAAUGCCAUAACUGAAACAAAAAAACGUAGCAGCGUAUGUGAUAUUUACAGGAAAAAAAACUAAUUAAAAAAGUUACCUGCGCGCUUCCCAAAUCCCUAUGCAUAUUUAAACAAAUGGAGUUUAUUUCGUUUCUCCAAUGGCGACGAGACUUUAGCCCACCAGCCACGUCAAGGCAAACCUAGCUGUUUGCUACAAAAUACAUUUGUAUUUAUAUUCACUUUUGUAUCACACAGCUAUGUUAAAAUGCUGCAGCCCAUCCCAUGUGUUCCUUAUUAGGGGUGAAACAAAAUACCCCUUUCUGUCUUAUUAGAGAUAUUUUUGCCAGAAGCUCAAUGAAGCUAGGUGAAAGGUUAGUGUAGGACCCACCUGAGAAGUUUGCCUUGACGUGGCAGGUGGACUAAAUUCUCUCAUGGCCAUUGAAGAAACUAAAUAACCUCCAUUAGUUUAAAUAUACAUAGGGAUUUAGGAGAGAGUGCAGGUAACUUUUUUUUUCUUUGGUUUUUACUGUAUGUAUUGGGGCUGAUGUGUACUAUGGUCAUUGCUGCCGCCCAGGAGUGAUGGGAGUUUGAGCAUAUGUGAUAUUACCUUUUAGAUAAAGGGCUGGAUUAUAUUACCAGACAUGAAUCUGACAUUUUAUCCCCUCUGAUUCUCAACCCUGCAUAUCUUUACAUGCCUUCUAAAGGCUUUAUUUUUUUUUUUUUAUACUUUCAAAGAGAUUUGUCAUAUUGAAUUUACGUUGUAAUAGUUUCAGAUGUAUCUGAGUUAUACAAUAACUUCUUUUAGUCUCCCUUUUUGUUCUUUCUAUGGGAAUAUCUCCUUCGUUAUUACCUCACUUGUCCUGAGGUGCACCUGCUAUUCUGUAAAUUGUCAUGCAGAGUAGAUGAUCGAGGCUAAUGGGCCGUCAAGACUAAUUUGAAAAAAGGGAAUGCAAAAAGCUUAACUAAGUACAACUAAAAUGUUGAAAUAUAUAUUCUUUGAAAGUAGAUUUGGCUAUCCUCAAUCUUUUCGAACUCAAGGGAAAAAAUAAUCUAGAACAGCAGAGCCAAUUCUAGCUUUUACUUUUCCAAGGUGUUCGUGGUGUUUUGGUCUUUCUUUUUCCCCAUCUGCCACAAGAUAAAGGUGAUAUGGAGCUUCCUGCAUGGAUUUCUGAUAAUUCUCCUCCAUUUCAAUGCUAUCAUACUUUACACACUGGAUGUUCUAUGCUGUCGUACUUUGCACACUGGACGUUCUAUGCUGUCGUACUUUGCACACUGGACGUUCUAUGCUGUCAUACUUUGCACACUGGACGUUCUAUGCUAUCAUACUUUACACACUGGACGUUCUAUGCUGUCAUACUUUACUAACUGGACGUUCUAUGCUGUCAUACUUUGCACACUGGACGUUCUAUGCUAUCAUACUUUACACACUGGACGUUCUAUGCUGUCAUACUUUACUAACUGGACGUUCUAUGUUGUCAUACUUUGCACACUGGAUGUUCUAUGCUAUCAUACUUUGCACACUGGAAGUGAAUUACCAGCGGUUGUACAGAAAGUAGCAUGGCUUCCUUAGUUCCCAUGCAUUACAGCAGCAUGGAGGACAAAUGAUACUGUUUCUGCAUAGUAUGUUAUACUGUAUAUUCUUUUAUGAUUUAUUUGGCCAGUUUGGGAGAUCCAUUAAUUUCCUGAUUUGCCCUGUGAUAAAUCCAGACUUGACGGCUGCUGUAUCAAACCUAUUCCAAUGGCACCGAAGCCCGAUGUCUAGUCCUUCCCACCUCCGCAAAAAUCCAUAACGCAAGAUCUGUACCCUUUAGCCUUUCCUUAUGAAAACAGAGGAAAUGGACUGAAUCCUUUGCUCCUGUUGUACCCAGCAGAUUGGCAAAAACAUUUGUGACCAUAACACAAAAUACAAUAAGUUUAGAAGGCGUUCCCCUGGGUCACUGUUCAAUGUCUCCUAAAUCCCCAUUAUACCUGUUGUUACUGUUUUAUUUGAAAUUUGAUUGUGCCAGUCUAUUUGACAACAUGUAAAAGAAACAAUAUAUCAAAUUUGCACAUAUUUAUGUGUCUCUGUGCCUAUGCAUGCUGUGUGGGUAAUCAUUUCCCCAGUUCAGGAGGGGAACCUCCUAGCCUCCCUGCAGCCGAGCCCGGUUACACGUUGAAGGCAUUUAGCUGACACGACAGCAGGUUUUGACUCCUCCUGCAUAGUACUCUCCGCCGUGCCAGAUAUAAACCAAACUGGGCUUGCAUUGGCAACAUCAUACAUUUUGUGGAAUUCCUGGCCAGCUUUUCUCUUAAAGAUUAACUGUCAGUUCACUGACUUAAGCAAAACCAAAUGGUUAACAAAACAUUAGCUACUGGUUGUGCUAUUUUUUUUUAAAUUUUUGUAUAUAAUUCCCUCCCCCAAGCUCUUCAUGUUUUUAGUUAUUUUACUUUACAUGCUUUGUCAGGCAACACUGGGCAAAUAAUGCAAUUCUGUUAACUCUUUUUCAAGGCCCUAUGCAUGCGUUCGUACAUAUUUUCUCUGAUUGCGUGCACAUGAGCGUGUUUUGAGGCAUCAUGGGGUGCAUUCCGCAACACAGAAGCGCAGCGGGGGUAGGGGUAUUGCCUCUGCUGCUUUAUUCACCCCAGGAAAUGCUGCUGCACUGUGUAUGAACAUGAAGGAACAAAGGACUGGAAGCUACAAUUCCACUUUAAAUCGCUGAGUAAUGUUAGUAAAAUCUGUUUACAUACCUGCCAAUCUUCCCUGCCCACCUUCUGGAAUUGGACUCAAUCAAGGGAGAGGUCCUAUCUGUCAAUAAGGCAGGCUAGACCCUAAAGGGUGUGGCCAGGGUGACUGACAGCCUACUCCCUCAAGGCAGACCAUUAACAUAUUGCAGCUGAAGUGCUCUGUGCAUGGUCCUAUUGCCCUGUCCCCUCAUAGAAACAUAGAAUGUGACGGCAGAUAAGAACCAUUCGGCCCAUCUAGUCUGCCCAAUUUUCUAAAUACUUUCACUAGUCCCUGGCCUUAUCUUAUAGUUAGGAUAGCCUUAUGCCUAUCCCAUGCAUGCUUAAACUCCUUUACUGUGUUAACCUCUACCACUUCAGCUGGAAGGCUAUUCCAUGUAUCCACUACCCUCUCAGUAAAGUAAUACUUCCUGAUAUUAUUUUUAAACCUUUGUCCCUCUAAUUUAAGACUAUGUCCUCUUGUUGUGGUAGUUUUUCUUCUUUUAAAUAUAGUCUCCACCUUUACUGUGUUGAUUCCCUUUAUAUAUUUAAAUGUUUAUCAUAUCCCCCCUGUCUAGUCUUUCCUCCAAGCUAUACAUGUUAAGAUCCUUUAACCUUUCCUGGUAAGUUUUAUCCUUCAAUCCAUGAACUAGUUUAAUAGCCCUUCUCUGAACCCUCUCUAAGGUAUCAAUAUCCUUCUGGAGAUGCGGUCUCCAGUACUGUGUACAAUACUCCAAGUGAGGUCUCACCAGUGUUCUGUACAAUGGCAUGAGCACUUCCCUCUUUCUACUGCUAAUACCUCUCCCUAUACAACCAAGCAUUCUGCUAGCAUUUCCUGCUGCUCUAUUACAUUGUCUGCCUACCUUUAAGUCAUCAGAAAUAAUCACCCCUAAAUCCCUUUCCUCAGAUGUUGAGGUUAGGACUCUAUCAAAUAUUCUGUACUCUGCCCUUGGGUUUUUACAUCCAAGAUGCAUUAUCUUGCACUUAUCCACAUUAAAUGUCAGUUGCCACAAUUCUGACCAUUUUUCUAGUUUACCUAAAUCAUUUGCCAUUUGGCUUAUCCCUCCUGGAACAUCAACCCUGUUACAUAUCUUAGUAUCAAAUCUGAUGGCGUAUUCAAAAAUUCAGGACAGGUUUCUGGGACCUAUAUUUGCUGGUACAGUAAUAAUUGGAUAUGGUAUUGCACAUUGAAAAAUUGGCUUGAGUUGGAUUUUUUUCAAUUUGGCUACUUUGGCCUAGAACAGGGGUCAGCAACCUACGGCAUGUAGUGCAAACAGAGCGGUGAUUGCAGGCGGUGAGGGACAAUCCUCAAUUUACACAUUGAAGAGAAAGUCAUCUUAGAUCACUUCCUUCCUGCACUUGUUAACAGAAAUCUGCACUGGAGUUGAGCGGUCUGCAGCAAUAUCGCAGCUCCUGCUCUUGACUUGCAGCUGGCCAGCCCAGUCCCCAAUGGACCCCAGGGAAGCCUGGCCUAGAAUGUCCAACAAUUUCAAAAAAGGUCAUGUGUCUCAUUACAUCAUUACUUGGUAAAUCCCAGGUACCAGGUUGCCAUGAUGACUAUAAAAAGUUUCUUUAUACUAGGUUGAACCAACAAGUGCUUUGGGUAUAUUGCUCUGCAUAUUUCACCUUCCUCACCUCUCACACAGAUGCAAAUAGCAGGAUGUGGUAUAUCAUAUUUGUAUUCAUAUAGCGCAGCCCUUGCUCUCGCCAAACAGUCAUACUUUUCCUCUCUCAUUAGUUCAUGCUCCCGCAAUCCCAGGCGUCUUUGACACCUUUAACGCUCUUCUUCGCCCUUCUGUGGCCACCCCCCCAAACUAACCUUACAGCUGAUAGCUUUGCAUGCUACUUUACCGACAAGAUUGAACAGCUAAGGAAAGAUUUCUCCCCAACUUGCCGUUCUCUUUCUCAACCACACGUAGAUCAUGCCUUUCCUACCCUUCAGACUUUCUUCCAGGCUUCUGAACAGGAGGUGGCUGUGCUUCUCCUUUCCUCUCGCCCCACCAUUUGCCCGCUCGAUCCUGUCGCAGAUCACCUUAUCAGAUCUCUUUCCCCUUGUCUUGUGCCUUCCUUAACACACAUCUUCAACUGCUCUCUCUCUCUUCUGGCGUUGUCCCUGCUGACCUUAAAAAUGCCACUGUAGUACCUAUCCUGAAAAAAACAUCUCUUGACCCGUCCUCCCCCUCUAUCAUCCCAUAUCCCUGCUCCCUUUUUCCUCAAAGCUUCUGGAAAGACUUGUCUUUACCUGUAUGUCUCACUUCCUCAAUUCCAACUCUCUCCAUGACCCUCUUCAACCUGGCUUCUGCCCCCUCCACUCUACUGAGACUGCUCUUAUCAAAGUUACUCACGGCCUAAUCGCAGCUAAAUCUAUACUAAUUCUUCUUGACCUCUCUGCUGCAUUUGACACAGUUGAUCAUGUUCUCCUUUUCUAAUAAUACCUCCUCCCCUCGUCCUGUCUCAGUUGGAGUCCCCUAAGGCUCUGUCCUUGGUCCUCUUCUAUUUUUUCUUUAUGCUGCCUCUCUUGGCAAACUUAUUACCUAAUUUGGAUAACACUGUAUGCUGAUGACACCCAGAUAUAUCUCUCCUCCCCGGACCUCCCCCCUGCCUUCCUGCAACGUGUUUACUGCCUGCCUUUCUUCCAUCUCUGACUGGAUGUCCUCCCGCUUUCUGAAACUCAAUCUCUCUAAAACUGAGCUCUUUUUUUUUGUCUUUCCUCCUCCUAAUACUGAUCCUCCUCCUUUCGCUCUCCCUUCAAGUUAGUGGUAUCCACAUAAGUCCAUCCUUGCAAGCACGCUGUCUUGGCGUCCUACUUGAUUCUGGCUUCACCUUUUGAGCCUCACAUCCAGUAUGUUGCCAAAUCCUGUAGAUUACAUCUUAAAAACAUAGCCCGCAUCCGCCCCUUCCUUACGCAAGACGCUACCAAGGAGCUUGUCCAUGCUCGUGUAAUUUCCCGCAUAGAUUAUUGUAAUCGUCUCCUAAUUGGUCUUCCCAAAAGCCGUAUUGUACUGCUACAGUCCAUAAUGAACGCUGCCGCUAGAUUGAUUUUCCUCUCUAGUCAGUCCUCUCACCUCACCCCUCUGUCCAUCCUUACGUUAGCUUUCUGUAUCCUAUACGAGUCAAUUCAAAGUGCUAACCCAUACCUAUAAAGCACUUCACAAAUCCAUAGGUAUGCCCCUUCUCAGUCUGUCUGCUCUGCCCGUGACCACCUCCUGUCCGCUGCUUGCAUCCGUACGGCCAACUCACGCUUGCAGGACUUCUCACGGGCGGCUCCCUUCCUAUGGAAUAGCCUGCCUACCCCCAUCAGACUUUCCCCUAGUCUUCAAUCGUUUAAGAAGUGCCUUAAAAACUAUCUCUUUAGGAAAGUUUAUAGCCUCCUAGAGUAAUCUCUACCUCGCAUACCUAUCCUUUACUCUCUCCUCCAGCUCUGCUUCACUCCCACCUUAUUUGAUUGCUAUUUCCUGUCCUAAUGUGUUUGAUACCCCACCUUCUAUAGACUGUAAGCUUGUUUGAGCAGGGUCCUCUUCAACCUAUUGUUUCUGUAAGUUUUCUUGUAAUUGUCCUAUUUAUAGUUAAAUCCCCCUCUCAUAAUAUUGUAAAGCGCUACGGAAUUUGUUGGUGCUAUGUAAAUGGUGAUAAUAAUAUCACAUUUUGUCGUCCUUCUUGCUGUAUACACAAUACAGCCAUAAUAAUAUACAUGAGGGGAAGUUCGGCGUAAUGAAUGUUCUUGUAAGACUUUCUGAAAUGUAAACUUUAUUGAGGUUCAGACCAAAACCCAUUUUAUCUUCUGGAUCCUGAAUCCAUCCAACCACCUAGAUCUACCCUCGGACUCUUGUUUUACUAGAGACCUUUAUCCAGAUACUUCGACUCUGUAAAUCACUACAGCUGUAUGACGAGCAGACUUGGAACGAUGCCUUUAUACCUGUGUAUGGGAUGAAAGUGUUACACAUCCAACGUUCUUCUUCAUGAUCCAAAGGAUUGUGGUAAAAAAUUAUUGGUGCCUUUGUAUGGCCAUUAGGAAUUUUGCUGGAAAAUAUGCCUUAAACCAACCUAACGGUUCAUUAAAAAAACAAAAAAUUCUGGUCCGCAUAGACUUGCAGAUAUUGCAAUUCAGUUUUCAUCAUCUCGGCGCAGCAGCACACAUUUAUGAAAAGAUAAUGAUAAUGCGUUUAAUAUUCUAUGCAUCAUGGAGGAUAACGCAUUGCAAUUAUUUGUCAGAUUUUUUAAUAUAUAUAAUUUUUAUUUUAUCUUAUUGCAAGGUCCUUGCUGUGCUGCCUUUCCAACAUUAUCCCCAUAAAGCUGGUUUUACCUGGGUUUGUGUAAACUUCUUCAGAAUUGAGAGGCAAGGAAUACUAAUUAAUUAACCAAACGCACAAAGUAAUUUUUUAAUAAUUUAAACAAGGUAAGGUAAAAACAGAGACUGUAUUUCAGAAGACUUUUUUUUUUUUUUUUGGUUAGUGCUUGUUUGAUAAUGAGAAACAAAUCCCAUCAUGCACUUUAUUUACUACAGUGCUUAUUCUGUACAUUGUAGAUGUUAUUGAAUGCUAAUGAAUUUGAUACAUUUAUUUUUUUUCCUUUCCCCCAGUUUCAGCCUGACAUCACUUUGUUUUUCAAUUAAAUAUACUUCAGCGUAAGACCUCCUAUAUGCAGUGUCCGUAUGAACACGCUUCUCUGACAUUUGUUUUUAAUUUUAUUUAUGUUGAAAGUACUGCACAUGCUUAAAGAGGUUAAUGACGGAGGGACGGUGUUGCCACUGGCUGCCAACAUGCUGUCCGUGCUGGUGUCAGAUGGCAAAUCUUCACUGGGCUAGCUAAUACCGCUAGCCAAUAAUGCUCCCCUCCCUCAAGAAUUAAAAAAAAAAAAAAACUGGUCACGUUACUUUUGUGUGAAUUUGGCGUAAAGUUGAAAAGGCCCAUUAAGUAAAUAUUUUACUUACAAACAUUAAUAUGUUUGAAUUUUAGUUGGCUAUAAUUUCCCUUAAGUGUUUACGAAUAUACCGUCAGUGUUAUUUUUAGCAUGGAUUUACCUCACCUCCAGGUCCCCCUCCCUCUCCCCACAACAAACCGUGAACUUGAGAUCCAUGAAGCAGGUGCUUACAUCAAUUUCCUUUUGUAGAGAACACGCCAAUACACAGAGUGCCGAGGGUUACUGGGGUAUCACAGGGCAAACACUUCAGACUUGCUGAAUCCGCCAUGGGAUCCCAUCUGGGCCAGGGGAAAAAAAUAAACUUUGGAAAGAAUGUUGCAAUAACCAAAUUUCUCUCAAAAUUCAUUUUAAUGAGUGAGUCAUCUCCGAACUAGCCAAGAGGGUAAUUUUAUCACAAUCUUAUCCAGCUGCUAACACUGACAUUUUCUUUGCUAUCCAUACUGUACGUUGUAGAACUACACAUUCUGUAUUACCUUUCAAAUCCUUUCCAGUCCUGGAUUGCUAACAUGAAAAGUACUUAUAGAGAACAGAUGUCUUAUUGCAAAUAGGGAUUCCCAGUGUGCUUGCUAUUCACUGCAGAAAAUAGAAUGACAUUAAUCGUAGCUUAGGAAAUAACUGGUAUUAGAAGAAAUUCGAAGCAAAUUAUAUGCUAAUUGCGCCUAAUAUUCAGCAUUCUCUAUUCAGCAGCCAGGAAAUAAAAAUCACAUUCUACAAAUUGUAGCAAAGCCUUUUAUCUAAAUCCCUUUUGAGAUUGUGAUGUGGGUAGAGAAGAGGUGAACUCGUGAAUGGUUCAUUGACUUGGGAUUGUGAGUUCAGAGUUUUACAUUAAGCUCUUAGACUGCUUCCUGUGUUGCAUAGAGUCAUCCCUGCCCUUGGGGAACUAGGUGAGUGUGCGAGCAAGUGUGCAAAUACAGUGCUACUCAAGAUUGAACCAAUAUGUGUUGCAGAAGAAGGUCCUUUAAAAUAUAUUUUUAUAUAUAUAUAUAUAUAUAUAUAUAUAUAUAUAUAUAUGUGUGUGUGUGUGUCUGUUUAUAUUUUGCAGGCACAGUGUAGGUUGUGUUUGUAGUCCUAUUUUGUUUAAAAUAUAAAAUAAACAAAGUCAAUGGAUUAGUCAGAAACUUUGUUUUCACUCAUAUUGGGAUAUACUAGGAAGUGUACCACUGUUUUAUAUGUCCAAAAUAUUUUGCGUGGGUGUAUCUUUGAUUUGGGUGCUCAGAAUCCCUGUUAAACCUUUUGUUGACACGGGAGAAACUACACCGAACGUGUCCAUUUGGCAAUACUAAAAGUGUUCGCAAUACAGUACCUUUUUAAUUUUAAUUAAAACAUUUUUUUACUUUGUACAAUGUAUUUCUUUUGCAUCAGUUCAAACUUGCAUUGCCCAAUUUUCCCUUCAUUAUUGAUAAUGUUUGCAUUAAGCUACCAGUGGUAUCUUGCCAAUAUUUGCUAUAGAAUAUGCCACUAAUUGCACUUGUUACAGACACACAUGGGUACAAUCCCUCGCUGUGUACUGCUCAGAUGUCCAGCCUUUUUUCCACCUUGGACCCUGGAAUCUUUGUUACAUUUAACCAUCGAGUUCCUGUGGGUGUGACUGCUGAAUUUCUACCUACAAAGAUCCUGAAGUGAGAUGAAAUGCACCAUAAGUACAGAGCCAAUUUAUAAUAGGCUCUAAAAAUUGUGAGUUUGCUGACUACUCUUAUUCAUAAUAUUUGUUUAAAUACAGGUCACAUUAUGUGUAUUUGUUUUAUUUAAUAUAGGCAAAAAGACACUUUUAAGAAAGAACCUUUUAUUAUAUAUCUUUUAAGGUAAACAUAUUUAUGUGCGCUAGUUACUUUAUUCUGUACAAUCACGUUUCUUUACAUUACACUUGGUGAUUUUUAGCAGCACUAGACACUUUCUUCUUCUUUCAGCGCUGCUUUAUUUAUUACACUUUUCUGUAUAAUUUAAACGCCUUACCUGCCAGUUAAAACUACCCUGUCAGCUUAUUGGGGUGUGUGUACGUGCUGCAUGACAUCAUGACCACAAUGUAGCCAGGACUAUCGUUCUUCCCGACAAAAAAACAUGGCCGCCCCUGUACCAAACAUGACAAGGAAGUGUAUUGUUGCAAUUCUAUUAUAUGUGCACCUUUCUUUAGAUUGUGAGCUUGUUUGUGCAGGGCCCCCUUCACCUAUGUUUCCUGUAUGUCAUACUUGUUUUGUUAGAAUGAAAUGUUUCUCUUGUUUUUUUUUAUUGUACAGUACUAUUGCGUUACAUAAAUAAUUGUAAUUGUGCUAUAUCCCUUGCCUUUUUUAUUAUUUUUAUUCUGUACUUUUCCAGCUAGGUAUUUAAUAUAUUGCUUUCUGCUCUGUUGCUAUCCUUUUAUGACACAGGUUUUAGAGGUUAACUUUGUUCAUUUUUAUUUUUUUUCUCAUUCUACAUUUUUGUGGUUUUUGUUUUGGCCUUUGUCAGACUCUCUGCCUACAAACCCUCCCCAGUGUCCGAUAAUGAAACCUAAAAUUCUGUUAUUGAUAGUAAUAUAUUGUCAUAGUGGGCAUAACUGCAAGAGUAGAGGCGUGUGUAUUGUUUAUUGUAUAAAGUGCUAAACUGGCACAUGCAUUUACUGUGACCCUGUGCUGGAUACAGAAAACAACAACAGACUCUCUCUCUCUCUCUCUCUCUCGCUUUUUUUUUUUUUUUUCCAACACUCUCGCUACUCUGCAAGCAAAUCACAUUUGCUAGUCAUUCAGAAAUGCUGUGUGUUUGGAGAUCGUUCCAGAAAGGAGGAGACUCCAGGCCGCUUCCUCUCAAAAACCAUCCACUUUUUAUUCUUUAUUAACUACUGCUGGCGACUUCUAGAAUGCUUCACAGUCUCCAAAAAAAGGGGGUUACUGCUAAAAACAAACCAAACCGGGAAAGCACAAAAUAUACAGUGAUGUUUCUCAAGUGGUUUGGGCUCUCUUGUUCUAUAUAUACAAGAAAAUGAAAAGUUACAGAACAGCUUGUGUGGGUUUUUUAAAAAUUUUUUUUUUUUUUUUAUAUAUACAUUCUAAAGAUAUAAAAAAAAAUUGUGAAACAAAUAAUUCAAAUAGAUGUUUAACGGAUACUUUCAGUUAAAUUUGCCUCAUUUGUAAGAAAUUCCACGGCUUUUCAUUCUUUUGGGGGGAUUCCAAGGGUCCUGAACAGGGAAGAUUCUAGAACUUAAAAUUUAAAGUUAAAGGGACACUAUAGUCACCAGAACAACUACAGCUUAUUCGAUUUGUUUUGGUGAGUAUAGUCAGUCCCUGCAGACUUUUUUUUUUUUCAGUAAACAACUGGAGGGGCUUCCUGGGUCAAUGCUGCACGUUCUGCACCUCCACGCUCUGCAUGCAGACACUGAACUUUCCCCAUUAAGAUGCAUCGAUUAAAUGCAUCUCUAUGAAGAGAUGCUGAUUGGCCAGGAUGGCGUUUGACUCCACCCUCCAGUCCAUUUCCUGAGAUUGAGAAUUGACUAUCUCAGCCAGUUGAAUGGUUUCCUGUAGGAAAGCAUUGUGAUUGGCUGAGUUAAUCAAUUCUGGGGCGAAGCCAGCGUCGGCAGCCCUGCGCGCAGGGCCGGCGCCAACUGUAAGGCGACCUAGGCAGCCGCCUAGGGCGCACCUUAGCAGGGGGCGCCGGAUCCCUGCGCCCGGCGGCUCCUCAUGCUGCGCCGCCUGAGCGCUUUUACAAGCCUCAGGCGGCGUAGCACUGCUGUGGAGGGCAGCCGGAUUUGAGUGACCGGCAGGAGGGAAGUGCAGAGCGCUCCCUCCCGCCGGUCUCUCAAUGUAGCGUGGCCGGGCGGCGCGGAACGCGGGACAGGAACCUCUGUUUCCUGUUCCCGGCCGCCGGCGGACUGACAGGAAGUGCUCACUGAGUGAGCACUUCCCUUCAGUCCGCCGACAGCCGGGAACAGGAAACAGAGGUUCCUGUCCCGCGUUCCGCGCCGCCCGGCCAUGCUACAUACGAGGGAAGGACCACCAGGGGAGGGGGACAAGUAAGGACCACAAGGGGGAGGGGAACAUGUAAGGACCACAAGGGGAGAACAUGUAAGGACCACAAGGAGAGCAAGUAAGGACCACAAGGGAGGGGAGAGUAGAACCACCGAGGGAAGUAGAGUAAGGACCACCGAGGGGAGGUAAGGACAGGAGGGGAGAAGGACCACUGGGGAGGAAGGGGGGAGGAAGAACCACUGGGGGAGGAAGGGGAAGAAGAACCACUGGGGAAGGGGAGGGUGGGGAGUAAGGACCACUGAGGGAGGAGGGGGGAGGUCCACUAAGGGGUUUGGGAGGGAGGACCACCAAAGGGGGGUAAGUAGGGAGGACCACUAAGGAGAGGGGAGGAGGGUAAGGACCACUAAGGGGGGGGGGAGAAAGAGGAUAAUGACCACUUAGGAGGGGGAGAUUACCACUAAGGGGGUGGGGGGAGGAGGGGAAUGUCUAAGGGGAGGGAUGGAGGACCACUAAGGGGGAGUGAGAAGACCACCAAGGGGGGACUACAGGGGGCCAAGGGAGAGCACUAAGGGACAGGAGGGAAGGGGAAAUCAAUAAUUGACAGGAGGGUGAGCACUAUGCAAAAAAUAAAAAAAUAAAGAGCUGCUCCCCUCUCAGUCCCUAUCCUACCCCACAAACCCUCUCUUUUACACUACACACAUACACAAUGCAUCCCCCCCCACACACACACACAGAAACAUACAAUGCAUUCCUACUCACACACCCGAAACACACAAUGCAUCCCUUACGUUCACACAAACUCAUUCUCUUACACACAGAAACAAAAUGCAUCUCUUACACAAUCAAUGCACCCCUUACAGACACACACUGCAUUCAAUUAAAUACACAGAAACACACCUUGCACCCCUUACACACACACACACCCAGAAACAUACAAUGCAUUCCUUACAUGCAAACACACACUGCAUCCCCUAUAAACACACUACAUCCCUUACAGAAAUUGGUAUCCCUAUACACUACAUUCUAUAAGAACACACACACAUUGCAUCCUCUACAAUAACACAUAAAACAUCCCCUACACACAUACACUCCACUUCCUGUCAGAGAACUCAUGGGUGGGCCAUGUAGGUGGAUUUAUGGGUGGGCAUUGUAGGCAUACUCACGGUCAAGCCCUGGGGGCCCAGACCCUGAGCUGUGUAAGGGGCCAUAAAAAAUGGAGCUGCUUCCUGUUCGUUAAUUGUUGUGAGCACUGUUACAAACAGUCUCCAGAGAGCCUCUUCUACACCAGACCUGUGGAGCCAGACAGAGCCCAUCAUCAGCCUCUUGUCCUCAUCUGGUGGUAAGUAGGCAAUCCAAUAUAUUACUGGUGGCACUAAUCUCUAAUUUACCUCACAUUAAAUGGACACUAUAGUCACCAGAAGCACUACAGCAUAAUGUAGUGGUUCUGGUGUCUAUAGCCUGUGCCUGUAGGCUUUUUAAUGUAAGCACACUGUCUUUUCAGAUAAGACACUUUGUGAAGACUGGCAUUGGCCCAUAUGGCAAAGCAUAUGGGUGGGGCAUUGUGAUGUCACAUGGUAGGCAGGACAUAUGGGUGGGGGGGGGCGGCCUGCCUGCGCGGCUCUGGAAAUAUGGUAAGUUUCUACUCGUGGGUUACAGGCACAUACAAACACGCAUAAAUAACUUUAUCUAAUUAUUGCGCGCACACACACACUCUCUAAAACAUUCUCUAAUUACCCAUCCUCUCCUUCGUUGAUUGCCUUUGUCCAAUGAUGAGGAGAAAGGCACUAAAGUUCCCGUCUUCCAUCCAUGCUGUCUAGAGGUGGGGGUGAAGAGGAGGUGUACAUCAGCAGCACAAUUCCACCCCCCCCCCCCUCCUGCAUACUAUAUAUUAAGCAGGCGUAGGGUGUGAUUUCAGAUCCUGACAGUUGCUUGAGUCGAUUGACUGCGUACAUUCAGACCUUCACAGCUCAAAUGGUGUGCUACAAAGCUGUUUGGGCUGCCCCCCAUGGAACUGUCACUGGUCCUAAGUAGUGGUUGUUUUAAAUUAAAAAAAGAAAAAAAAAUAGGAAUUGUGCAUUCUCUAUUUGUCUGUCUUGGUUUAUGAUCCAAAUAGACCAGUGACCAGAAACCAGCCAUGGGAAGUAUUGUAGAGGCCAUGGGUGGUUUCUGGUCAUUGAUUUGUUUGGAUCAUAACCCAUGCUUUAAUAAAAUUUAAAAAAAAAACUACGAUUAAUACAGCGUCCUUUGUUCAGGCUACCUGUACAAGUGUAAUAUGAAGUCUGAAACAUAAUACCAGUCUGUGUUCAUUUGCAUUCAAGUUGGGAAAUCUGGUUUAGUUGUUGAGAUACGAUAUCUAACGUUUCUGUGCCCAAGGGGGCUUCUGAGCAUCCAACCUGAGAUAUGCAGGUGAUGCACAACAGUAGUUGGUGAGUGUGUGUUUGUGUGUAUAGAGAGAGAGCUGUGUGUGUGUGUGUGUGUGUGUGUGUGUAUAUAUAUAUAAUGCAUAUACCAUACAUACUGUACAUAUAUGUACACCAAGGCUUCUUCAACUGUGCAGUGAUCACUGUUCAGACCUGAUAGUAAUCAGCCAAUGAUAAUGCUUUAUUGUCUUUCUAUUGCAAGUGCAAACCUGGUACCAUAAUUACGUAGUUUUUUUUUUUUUUCUGGGAAAUGCAGUUUUUGUUAUUUAGGUGUAUGUUCCUGAGCCGUGACACCAUGUACUGCAAUGCAGUAGUCUGCAAGAAGGAAGCAUUCUAUAUUUAUGUAUUUAUUUAUUUUUUGCAAAAGCUACAAAUAUAUAUUUUAGCAUGUAAAAAAUACAGCAUGUUAAAGACUCCAAAGGGUAUCAAAUGUAUUUAAAGUGGUGUUGGUUGCCCGAGUGUCACUUUUAUCAGCAGUAUAGUCAGUUACCACAGGGGUAUACACAGAGGUGCUCGAACAUAUUGUGUUAUGUUUACUUCUAUGUAUUUAACAUCAUAAAUAAAACCAUAGUGUUCAGCAUGUAUAAAGGGACAGUUGGGUCACCAAAACAACUUAAUCUAGAUUACAUUUUUAUGAUGCCAGGAGGGCCCUGAGUGCUGCUUGUCCGGUUCCUCACUGAUUCCUCACUGAUUGGCUUAAAGCACUAAGCCAAUCAGCAACUACCCAUUGAUAAUAAAGGUAUGUUUCUUUUCUCUUUUUUUUUUUUUUGGUUUUUUAAUCAAAUGGGAGCUACUGAUUGGCUUAAAGCUGAGAUUCAGAAGCCAGAUGCCGGCUGGAGACCUGAAGCUCGGUGCUGGUGGCUAACUUUAGGGCUAAACUAUUCGUAAAUGUUCCUUAAGGUAAGAGUGCGCCUGGUGGCCUUCUAGCACCAUAGCAACUUUAUUUACAUGAAGUUAUGUUGACCAGAAGGUGCCACUUUAAAUUUACACUGUACAUGGGAGCUAAGAUAGAUUGCAGGAUACAGAGGUGGGAGUUUCCACAUUUGCAUUUUAUUUUUCAUACCCCACAAGUACAUAAGUAUAAUUUUUUUUUUUUUUUUUUUUUAACAAAGGAUUAGAAAGCAUAAUAUCAAAAAUCCUGGGAAGUAACACUUUCCCUUUAAGGCAUUACAGACUUUCCCAAAGCAAAUUGCAUACAGACAUUUUUAGUUUUAUGAAUUCUACUGAACUGGAAAAGUAAUGUGUGAAAGAAGCAAGUUCUCUUUUACAAACCCUGUUACAGCUGCCUGUUGUAAAUUAAUCCUGAACUCCGAUGUGAGUCGUAAUGGGUAUAAAUUUCAUGUGAACAUGAGCAGACUCUGAAUAGAACUUUCAAAUCCUUUGUGAUUUGGAAAAUUCCGCCCACAGUGUGUAUCUAUUUAGUUUGAACAUGCAUUUGGCCAGUAUAUGUCAGUCUUUAUCCAGCCGGCACUGCGUGCACUUCCUGCUUUAUGAACUGAGGCCAAAACUUUUCUUUUUCCAUAAUAAUUUGAUUUAUUUGGAUUUAGCAAACGUUUAGUUCGCACAGCAGGGGCUGAGCUAAUAUUAUAUUUACUGGAAAAUAUUUCGAAACUAUGGGAGACCAUAUUAUUUUAUUCUGAGAUUGUGAUGCUGUCAUGCAUUAUACCCUUCUUAUACAUCUAAAAGAUGACUGUAGAAAUACAUGGGAUUAUUCAGUCUUUCACACCAAAGACUAGAGGUAGUCUGGUGCCUAAUGGCAGUUGGCAUCAGGACUGUGCAUGGCGCUCAAACAGGCUGGGGAGAUUUGGGGAUUCUCCGAUCUUACAGCUCUUUGGAAGAGGAAUCUGCACCAGAGCAGCCCACCGCCGCUACAACAGCCCAUGCCCCUCACCUUCACCUGUACCUAAAAAGUCCAGUUCCCACUGAACCCUAGGUAGCCCCACACAUACACAUAGUACCACACUUACAAUUCGACAUCAUGCUUACAAUUCCACAAACAGUCCCCAUACACAGCCUACAGACAUACACAUAACAUGACUGCUGACCCAUAUACCAUCCCACUGGACACCUUUUAAAGUGGAUAAGGGCAACGGCCACAGCUUUAUUAAAUAGUAAAAAUUCUUAAUUCCUGUCAGCUGUUGGGUGAGGACCCAACAGACAGUUCUCCAUCCUUAUUCUCCAAGAGCCCAACACAGCCGUCACUAGCCAUCAGCCUUGCACUGACUGUCGUCUCCCCAAGGUAACCUUGCGUCAUACUCCUUCCUUUUUCGGUUCCGCUGUCCAGGGAAAACCACCACUGCGAAGCCGUCCUGCUGCAGCCUGAUCUGCGCCGGCUUUGCGCCCCCCCGUAGACCGCGCCAAAUCAAUGCCCGAUUGCAACCCCACAUUAAAUAUGUCCAGCCCAAUCGGGGUUAAGUGGACCCCAUCCUUACGCAUCACGUUCGAAUUAUCCCCUUCCAACUCAAAGUGCCGCACAACUAUUCCGCCCCGACUAUGCACAAAGCGCGAAAUAGCCACAUUAAUCUUUUGCCUACAGCGUUCAAUUGCCUUCCCAUAGCCUCCUUCCUUCCACACUGGGCGGGGCACUAUCUCUGACCAGAUCAGUGUCAAGUCACGAAAGAACGCAAAACAGCACGCUAUAUCAUGAUGCAUGGCGUGAAUGAGAUCCACCGACCUCCGUCGGCCAACAUCAUUGCCGCCCGCAUGCAAUAUUAACGUACCCUAACUUCCUGGAACGGGAAUCCCAAAUUACGGCCAUGUGCUCUUUCUUCCGCCCUCCUAGCAGCCCAGUACACAUAUGAAUGCCCCAGGAUCCACACAUAACGAGGAACGUGGCCUGCGAAACAAAAGUUAACCGUGCACUUAUCCAAAGACAUACCAUCACAGCAAAUGAGGCCGCACGUAAAGCUGGAACCGCCCCGAUUCCCAGCGCCCAAGGCGCAUAAGUGCCUCCGCUGGGAGACCCAUUUCGCUGGCCUACGUCGCCACCCCAAUUCGAAAUGAAUGAGUGGAAUAUAGCCUGGGGUCCCCCCCCCCCGACCUGCUAAUGCACCUCCGCAGUAUGCUAGCAAAUUGGAAACGGCUCAGUGAUGACCCAUUCCAAUGGACCAGCAGCGAGCCAACGGCUCCACCCCUGGCGCCUAGAUAUGCCUGCAACAAGUUCCCAGGACAAACCACACCCCCGGUAAAGCCGAUACAUACCCGCACUCCUGUACCCUCUUGAUCCGUCUUGUACCACCGAAUCAUCAGUAUCACGCACUCCGGUGCCACUGAGACGUCGGAAACCCUCAACGCUGCCAUUGAACUCGCCCUAGCGGACACCAGCUCUCCGAUCCGCAUCGCCCCAAAGAAACACAGUGAAAAUGCCAUCCGAAGUAAAACUACCUCGUAAGUAGAGCUACAGAACUCCGGAAGAACUUCCAACAGCUGCAGUAGCAUGGCCCCCGAGAUAGGUCGACGUUUGUCGGGGACACGGCGCUUUUUCCACCCUUUAAAAUGCGGGAAAUGCAGAAUGCCUUGGUGACAUCCGACCAACCUAAAAAAAAUGAAACAGGAUAGAGCAGCCAUGGAUUGUUCGCCUGCCGCGGCCGACCUACCUGCGGAACACAACGACUCCAAUAAAGACAGCAUAAUCUUCCAGAGUCUGAUGCCACAUCCCCACACCUACUCAUAGCCCACCAGCAACCCCAUACUGCAGUGUAAGCCUUCCAUGAAGACUCCGACAAGGACUCCUGGAUUAAUCGUCUCAGAUGUCCGAAACCAGGUCCCACAAGUAGGGCGGGCACAGGUUCCCGGAGCCGCGCCCCGAAAACUGUCUCACUGCAACAGAGAGAGUCAGCAAUGACAUUGUCCACCCCUGGCACAUGCCUGGCUACCAACCACAAAUUACAUUGAAGACUGAGUAGCACUAGACGCCUGAGCAAUGCCAAAACCGGAGGGAACCCAGAUGUGGAACGAUUGAUCACCUGGAACACACUGUUCCGUGUGAACAAUCACCUUCCUGUGCGCCAAGUCCGCGCCCCACAAUUCGAUCGCGACCACAAUGGGGAACAACUCUAGAAACGCCAGAUUACCCAUCAGCUCCGAGCACCGCCAGUUGGCAGGCCACUCGGCAGCGCACCACUGCCCCUGAAAAUAGGCCCCAAAACCUAUGGACCCCGACGCGCCGUUAGACACCUCCGAAUGCAACCAACACGAAUGACCAUUAUACUCACCCAAGAAGGCGCUCCACACCUGCAAGUCCAACCGUAGCCGACUUGUAAUGCGUAUAAAGUGAAAUGGUUGCUUCACCCCUACCGUGGCCAGGCGACGACAGAAUGUUCGGCCCAUGGACAGAACCCGACAAGCGAAGUUCAGGUGACCCAAAAGCGAUUGCAUCUGCUGCAGCUGCACCUUUUUGGAGCCCCUAACUCCAUCAAUAAGGCAGAGCAACUGACCCAGCUUCUCCUUCGGUAAUCGAAAUACCAUCUCGCUAGAAUCGAUCUUGAUCCCCAGAUAAUCUAACCUAACCACCGGCCCAAACGUCUUACUUACGUUACUGGGACGCCAAACUCGUGACGUGAUCUGCCGGAAUACCCUCAACAACAACGCACAGUUGUCGGAAUCCCCCAAACCGACAAACAAAAAAUCAUCCAGGUAGUGGGUCAAGGAGGACAAACCCGACACCUGGGACACCACCCAUUUCAAGAAUGUAGAAAACAUCUCGAAAUAUGAGCAGGAAAUGGCACAACCCAUGGGCAAACACAUGACAUAAAAAUACAACCGAUUAAAUUGACAACCCAGUAGGUGGAAACAGUCCGGGUGGACCGGAAGCAAACAAAAGGCUCGAUGUCCGAUUUGGCGAGCAAUACCCCUGACCCCGCCUCUCUCACCAACUCCAGACCCCUGUAAAACGAGGCAUAACGCACUCUCGACCUCCUUAUCAAUAUCAUCAUUCACCGACCUGCCGGAUGGGUAGCACAGGUGGUGAAUGAAGCGAAAGGCCCCAGGCUCUCUUUUAGGCACUAAGCUCAGGGGCGACACUCGCAGGUUAGGAAACGGGGGCUCAGAAAACGGUUCUGCCAUGUGGCCCAUGGAUACCUUCUUGUCCAACUUCUGCUCAAGAAUAUUCUCCUUACCCGAAACCGACCAUAAAUUAACCUCAAACGACGGUGCAUCAGAAUAAACAAAGGGAAUCCAAAAACCAAACAAGCACCCGUCCAACAGAAUAAUAGCUUCCCGCCGCUUAGGAUACCGGUCUAGCCACGGGCGCAUCCUUUCGACGCUCAUUGGUGUCCUCCUGUCUAGGAACAUCAUCCUUGGAGUGCACCCCUUUUUUUGAAACAGUGCACGCCGGGAUGCACAGCGCCGCAGUGCGAACACUCAUGCCGGAACCUGCAUGAACUAUACCACUUGCUGUGGCUGUCAUUAAAGAGCCAACAGACUCCCCUACGCUGUCCUGCCGGCGCACUAGCCAGCGUGCCGGCCGUCCCUGGAAAGGGGGAUGGCCAACAGGGUGUCAUCAACAGCAGCCACAAGCUGCCAUCCUGCACCCUGAAGUCCAUGCCCUCGCUGACCCCCAUCUUCUGCCGAAACUGCUGGUCGUACUGGAACCAGCAUUGACCCCCAAAAUGAGAUCCAAAUAACCAAACAAAGCGGGAGCAUUGUCCGGAAAACUACCCGUUCAGAUACUCGCAAAAAACGAAAAGCCUUGAAGCCAAUUCCCAAAAGUCCAGGGAAGCGGCUUACCUCUAUCACCGUCACCCAUGUCACCUCGCCGCGGUCUAUCCACCGACUCCCUAGCUGGAGGAACCAGAGCCAGCAAGUCGACAUACUCACCCUGGACUAGUUUGUCCAUGACGUCUGCUGCCACAUGCAGACCUAGCGGGGACAGCUCACAGCCCGGCAACCGUGGGCGAAGGAUACCCAUUACUCUGUCCCUGACGGGAGGCCGCGACACAGCUCCCAGCAUACUUAGCGCAGUAGAAGAGGGGACAGCUCCAGGCAACCUCUCUAACACUGACCUCAACAGCCUGACUAAAUCCCCUUGUCCCUGGGAACCCUGCCCUGAGCCACUACCCCCCCCCCUCAACCAGCACAUCCCAAGCGCUAGCGCAAUACUCACGUGCUGAUGCUGCUGGAGGCAAACUGGACCCGCUGCGGAACACUGCACCCUCCUCCUCAGAUCCGGAGUGCAGGCUGAAUACCUCUUCUUCCCGCAGGCGCCGGAUGCGCUCAUCUGCGGUCCUUUUCGGGCCAUCCUGAGGUGCUCCUGUACCGUAUUGGAGCUUCUGGCACCGACCUGGGCUGUACGCGCUCUCGAGCGCCGCAGCAUGCCGUGCGUACUGACGUCCGGCGUUGGACGCAUGCAGGAUUGCGUGCGCGAUGAUGUCUCACCUGCCCGCGCCGGAAGAGAAGCGCACGGGCUGCGCGACCUUCCGGACGGGUUCCCGCCAUCCUGAUCGCUGCCAUCUUGUGACCCGGAAUCAGCCAUCACCUGUCCGGCCCUCCUCCGGCUCCCCGCUCUUCGCGCUGGUAAGCGCCUGGAAUCACCGCUCCCGACAUCGGACGGCUGGGCACUCCUACCUCCGCCGCACAGGACUCGGGGACAGACGCGACGGAGGCCACGAUCUCCUGGCCCUCCAUCCGCUCAGCGAUGUCUCAGCUCCCUCGCGCCGAUCUUGCCGUCCUCCUGCAGCCUGCUGAACAUGAGCCAGCACCUGGUCCAACGAUCCGUGCGACUCCUGGUAAGCUGCCAUCAAUCUCACCAGUUCCUCCAGAGAUGGGGUGGCCAUAUUAAAGUGUUCUCCUUGUCCUUUACUCCCCAGGGACACCUAACCGGUAUGAUGAUAUAUUUAUUUUGGUUUUGCAGGCCCAGGUACUCCGCAACAGCCAAGGAGAAAUGUCAUUCAGGGAGAAAAAAUUCAGACAGGGUGUAUGACAAGCUCCUUCUGACUGGUAAGUCUCCUCCCCUGCUCCCCCAUUAUAAGUCCUUCCGCCUUUGCAACAUUGUUGCUCCCAUUAUUCCAUCCCACUAUCCGGGGCAGCAGUCAUGCUCCCCCUUCUCUUUGUCCAGGGGGACACUUUAUACACUGUCCACACACACAAUACCACAAAUUACUCAUGCAAUGCACAAUGCAACACAGACUGUAUACUCACAAAUACAACCCUACAACUGCAGCACCCAUAGAUAAUACAAAUACGGCAAUAUACGAACGUUAAUUAUAAUUCCCAAAAUGGAACGGCACACCAAGGUACUUCAAAGUCUUGAUUUGGCACAGUGCUGCUAAAAGGUUGCCUACCACUAGUAUAGGGUGUGACCCAGUGCUAGGAUACAUACAAUUAAUAUAAUGAAUUCUAAUUAUUCAAUUAUGGUUUCAUUAUUCAUAUAGUGCCAACGCAUUCUGCAGUGUAGGAGACAUGGAGUAAAUGGUAUUAUAAUAAAACAAUAUUUGACUGAUUGAAACAAACAGCAGAUUUUGCAAUCUCUGCCUGAAAGCUUCUCACUCAUUGUUCUGUGAUUCAAACUUAAACACAGAUAUUAAUCGGAAUUGUCACGUCUGUGACAUUUACUUAACCCAAUAGUUAACUACAUUUUUAAAUCCAAUCAAAACUUUAUAUCAUAUAGUGCUGUCAAAUCUCAAUUUUGUCUGCAAUGUAAAUUAUUUGAUUAGCCUUCCCUCACAUAAUACAUGCGCUGGCCGAUGACCGCGCAUGAGCACCUGCUUUGAAGGAAGUAGAGCCUGGGUGCGUGCCCAUGGCAUCUUCAGAAGAUGAGGGAGCAGUAUAGUUUUCAGUUUGCACAACUGAAUUCAUCGCCCUAUUAGUGUUUACUCUGGUGAGAAAAUAUGGAACUCUCAGAUUUUUUUUAUCUUUAAAGGAACACUUGUAUUGUAGUGGUUAUGGUGCCAGGAGUCUGAUUUUGUACCACAGGCCCCCUCAGCCCCCCAUCACUUGUUAAUAGUCAGUCUGUUCUCUAACAUUUUAAGUAAGCUUAGAAAAAAAAAGAAGGAUAGUGCGUAGGCGCUUCACUGUAAUUUUGACAAUUCUGUAUAUAGUAUAAAGUAUACAAUAGAUGGUGUACCCGGUACCCUAGUGCUUCCCUUAUACACCAGAUUUACAUAAUACAAUAAAAAGAGACAAAUACCAGUAUAUACACCUCCCCAAUGUGAUCACAACAAAAAUAAGUGAUAUUACCAAUAUAGAACUGGACUGUAAUGUAAACAGCGUAGAACUUGAUUGGGGUAUAAACUAAAAUAGAAAAAACAUAAAAAACAUAGUGCAAACUGUAUGAUAAUAAAUAAGUGAUAAAUAGGUAUGUGAUUCUCACUCACAUUCUCCAGAGCCGUACCAGGCUCUGUAUAGCAGGCUCAGGGGUGCCAAUAACUGGCUAACGAUCCAGGUGGUCCAAAUAGAUGAGACUCCAAAGGUUAAAUAUAAAAUAUAUUUAUUUAUAAAAAUAUAUAAAAAAGUGUAUACACUGCUGGGCACUAUGGGGGUGGAACCCAAAACAGACAAGGAUAUAUAUAAAACAAUAAUGGAAUUCCACUUACCCCUAUCUGUAUAGUAGCCCAGAGUGACAGAAAUACACAUAAAAUAACAAAUACAAAUGCAGAAGAUUGAAGCAGACGCGUUUCGGCCAACAGCCUUCCUCCAGUGCUUGUCUUCAUGUCCUAUUGAGUCUUCUUUUAUAAGCCUUAUCUGUCCCAUUCACCUGGAUCCAAUUUCGUACCGGCGUCGCGUCACUUCCGGUUUCGCGGGUGACGUCACUUCCGGUUUUUCGGCCGGCUGGAACGCACGCUGAAACGCGGCGUUCAGGAUGUAGAUUGUUAUGAUUAAGUCCCCAUAGCAACCUUAGCCUCCAUAUUUGCAAAAUAUCAUAAUAGAAUAAGAAAAAACACAAAUUAAAGAUAUAAUCUAUAUAUAGCAUACACAAUACAGAUAUUUGAUAGCUAUCAUCAAUCUCUUUAUAUCUAGAGAAAAAUUUAAAGAUGUAUAAGAUAAUCUAUUCUUAGAAAAAUUAGAAAAUUAUACAAUGCAAUAUGUGGCCAUAGAACUCCCCACAUAAAUACCAAUUAGACAAGAAGCAAGUAUAACCUUCUAAAUCUAAUAGUUCAAAUAAAGUAAAUACUAUAAACGAUAUAUAGAUCCUAUAAAAAAUGUAUAAACUCAAAAUCUAAAUUCAAUCCCUUCGGGGAUAGGGUAUUAACAUCAAAAAUCCACUUACCCUCUAUCUUCGCUAGCUCUUUAACAUUAUUAUCUCCCCUCCAAUUCUUAAAUUUCUUAAAAAUAACAGUAUAUGACAGUAGGGAGGAAUCCCCACCAUGUUUCUCAGUGAAGUGUGCCGAUACACUAUGUUUCAUAUACCCCCUCUGGAUAUUACCCAUAUGCUCCGCAACCCUGGUUUUAAAUGCCCUGGUGGUCAUUCCAAUGUAUUGCAGACCACAUGGGCACCAGAGGAGGUAUAUGACAUUAGUGGAAUUACAGGUUAGAACCUGAUGAAUUUUAAAUGUGCGAUUAGUAGAGUGAGAGGUAAAUUCUGUCUGUUUAUGUUUAUCAAAUAUUGUUCUCUUACAGGCUAGACAGGAUUUGCAGGGAUAAAAACCCUUUUCUAGUCCAAAGAAGUUUUUCUUUUCCCCUUUAUCCCUAAUAAAACUUGUAGUUAGAUGUUGUUUUAAGUUUUUUGCCCCUCUAUAAAUAAUACGUGGCCUAUCACCAAUAAUUUCUCUCAGAUUCGGAUCUAGUUUAAGGAUACGCCAGUGUCUAUUAAUAAUAUGCUUAAUUUGCUUGGCAUCUUCACUAUAAUUCAAAAUAAUUGGUACCUGGUCUGCACCCUUCUUCUCCUCCCUAGGUAUCCUUUUCUUCAGAACCUUACUUCGGUCCAUCUUCUUAAUGGAAUUAAUACAACUAUCCAAUUCCUUGGCGUCAUAUUUCUUCUCUACAAACCUGUCCUUCAAGCAAACUGCCUGUUCCUCAAACACUUCAGCAUCACUACAGUUCCUAAACAGCCUAAGGAACUGGCCCUUAGGAAUGCUUCGUAACCAGGAUUCAUAGUGGCAACUGGACAUUUCUAUGUAACCAUUGACGUCGACCUUCUUAAAGAAAGUCUUGGUCUUAAUCCCUUCAUUGUCUACAUAGAUAUUCAAGUCCAGGAAGUUAAUAUUGGAUGCACUAUACUCACUUGUCAAUUUAAUGUCUGGAUGCUGAAGGUUCAAGAAUUCCAAAAAUGGCCGCAGUGAUUCUACAUCUCCGCGCCAGAUGAAAAAAAUAUCGUCAAUAAAACGACGAUAAAGGACCAGGUUACGCGCCCAGCUACCUUCCUCCGUUAAAAACGGGUUUUCCCAAUGCGCCAUAAAUAAGUUAGCGUAGCUGGGCGCGAACCUGGUCCCCAUCGCAGUUCCCUUAAGUUGCAAGAAAAAUUUGUGGUCAAACCAAAAGUAGUUGUUACAGAGGAUAAGUCGAAUUCCGUCUAGGAUAAAUUUAACCUGCAAUUCUUUCAAUUCACUCUGAUUUUUAAGGAAAUGUUCAAUUGCUUCACAGCCAGAUAAGUGUGGUAUACUUGUAUAUAGACUUGAAACGUCACAAGUCACCAAUAGCAUAUUAUUAUCCCAUCUGAUCUCUUUAAGGGGGUCCAACAGUGACAUAGAGUCGCGCAGGUAGGAUGGUUGUACAACCACCAAGGGUUGUAGUUGUUUGUCUAUAUAUUCUGACAAAUUACUCAAAAGCGACCCCACCCCUGACACUAUAGGCCUGCCUGGCGGGUUCUCCUCACUUUUAUGUAUCUUAGGCAGGGUGUAAAAUACCGGGGUCCUACCUAUGACAGAGUCCAAAUAUUGGAACUCGUCCCUAUUUAGGAUCCCCAGUACCCUACCCCUGCCCAAAAGGGAUGCAUAUUCUUUUUUAAUCUGUCCAAUGGGGUCACUUUUUAGUUCUUUAUAUGUGCUUUGGUCGUCCAAUUGCCUAUAGAUUUCCUUCAUAUAUUGAUCUCUACUUUGUAUGACCACCCCACCCCCUUUGUCGGAGGGUUUUAUAAUUAUUUCUUUAUUUGUCUGAAGUUCCUUUAACGCUUUCCUUUGAUAGAAAUCCAAAUUAUCCCUUUUAUAUUUCCUCUUACUAUUAUUAUUUAAAUUUCUCACAUCAUCCAUCACUAGACGCUCAAAUACCUUCAUUCCCCCAUUUAUUAGGUGUCUAGGAAAGAAUGUGGAUGUCUUCUUAAGCUGAGUAUGAUGGAACUCUUGGGGGCCUUCUAGAGGCUCUAAAGGGGAUAUCUUGUCAAAAAAUAAUUUAAUACACAUUUUCCGAGUAAAUUUGUUAAUAUCGAUAAAUGUGUCAAAUGGCUUAUUAAAUUCUGAUGGAACAAAUUUGAAUCCCUUUUUUAAAACUUCAAUUUGAGAUUUUGUAAGGAUCAUAUCUGUUAGGUUAAAGAUACCUAUUGAUUUAGUAUCCUCCCCCUUUUCCUUUCUCUCCAGGAUUCUUCCUGCUCUAUUCCCUCUCCUGUUUCCUGAUUUCUCCUUUUUUGGGGAAAACCCGUCAUCUCCCUCCUUAAAGGGCCCUGCCCCAAAAAAGGUGACGAUAUAGGAUUUCUUACCUCUCCUGGGGAAUUUUCAGAUAAUGUUCUAAAUCUGUUUUGAUGUGUAAACUUCGUAUAAUUAUACUCAGUCCCAUAUUGGGAACCCUGUCUCCUUUGAUAUGAUCUGUUCUUAUCUUGGUAGGGUCUUUUAUUUGGUGUAUAUUGGUCACGAAAUUGUUUAUGUUUUAUCACAUUAUGUCUCCUCACAGGAUAUUUAUUAAAUGGAACAUGUGAUUGUGGGGAUUCCUUCCUCUGAAAAUGUACCAUCCUAUCCCUAGAGCGUGAUCUACUCUGUGGUUGAAAUUUCUUUGAGAAAGAGCGGACCUUGUUGUGAGCAUAGUCGCUCUUAUCUCUCAGGAACUUCCUCUUUUUUAUAACCACCGUUUCUUGUUCAAUUUUUUCAACAUAAUCCUUUAUUGUUUCUAGCGAUUUUUCUACUUCCUCACAACCUUUUAAUGGUUGUAGUUUUUCUUUUAUUUCAGAUAUUUCAGUAUCUAAUUUUUGUAAAUUUCUUCUUCUCUGUUGGAUGCAAAUUUUCAUCAUUCUUAUGGAGAAGGAUUCAAGUGCUGAAUUCCAAAUGUCUAUAAAUUCUUCAUCAUUUCUAUCAAAUGUGGGAGUUUUAAAAAACCGUAAACCUCUAGGGGUGAUUUUAUUCUCUAAGUACUUUUCCAUAGUAAAGAUCUCCCAUUUAAUUUUAGUUUCUCUUGUCAGAAGUUUUUGUAAGUUUUGGCACAUGAGAUCUAGAUUGUCAUCUCUAAAUUUAAUAUGAUCAGGUUCACAUUCAAACCUGUUAGCUAUUCUAUCUUGCCAAUUCUGUCUUUUCUCAAACAGAUCCAUUUUUUAUAAUGAGCAGCCCUCACUAAUACAGGGAAAAGUAUAAAAAUAACAGAAAAAAAAAGAAGGAUAGUGCGUAGGCGCUUCACUGUAAUUUUGACAAUUCUGUAUAUAGUAUAAAGUAUACAAUAGAUGGUGUAACCGGUACCCUAGUGCUUCCCUUAUACACCAGAUUUACAUAAUACAAUAAAAAGAGACAAAUACCAGUAUAUACACCUCCCCAAUGUGAUCACAACAAAAAUAAGUGAUAUUACCAAUAUAGAACUGGACUGUAAUGUAAACAGCGUAGAACUUGAUUGGGGUAUAAACUAAAAUAGAAAAAACAUAAAAAACAUAGUGCAAACUGUAUGAUAAUAAAUAAGUGAUAAAUAGGUAUGUGAUUCUCACUCACAUUCUCCAGAGCCGUACCAGGCUCUGUAUAGCAGGCUCAGGGGUGCCAAUAACUGGCUAACGAUCCAGGUGGUCCAAAUAGAUGAGACUCCAAAGGUUAAAUAUAAAAUAUAUUUAUUUAUAAAAAUAUAUUAAAAAGUGUAUACACUGCUGGGCACUAUGGGGGUGGAACCCAAAACAGACAAGGAUAUAUAUAAAACAAUAAUGGAAUUCCACUUACCCCUAUCUGUAUAGUAGCCCAGAGUGACAGAAAUACACAUAAAAUAACAAAUACAAAUGCAGAAGAUUGAAGCAGACGCGUUUCGGCCAACAGCCUUCCUCCAGUGCUUGUCUUCAUGUCCUAUUGAGUCUUCUUUUAUAAGCCUUAUCUGUCCCAUUCACCUGGAUCCAAUUUCGUACCGGCGUCGCGUCACUUCCGGUUUCGCGGGUGACGUCACUUCCGGUUUUUCGGCCGGCUGGAACGCACGCUGAAACGCGGCGUUCAGGAUGUAGAUUGUUAUGAUUAAGUCCCCAUUAGACAAGAAGCAAGUAUAUCGGCACACUUCACUGAGAAACAUGGUGGGGAUUCCUCCCUACUGUCAUAUACUGUUAUUUUUAAGAAAUUUAAGAAUUGGAGGGGAGAUAAUAAUGUUAAAGAGCUAGCGAAGAUAGAGGGUAAGUGGAUUUUUGAUGUUAAUACCCUAUCCCCGAAGGGAUUGAAUUUAGAUUUUGAGUUUAUACAUUUUUUAUAGGAUCUAUAUAUCGUUUAUAGUAUUUACUUUAUUUGAACUAUUAGAUUUAGAAGGUUAUACUUGCUUCUUGUCUAAUUGGUAUUUAUGUGGGGAGUUCUAUGGCCACAUAUUGCAUUGUAUAAUUUUCUAAUUUUUCUAAGAAUAGAUUAUCUUAUACAUCUUUAAAUUUUUCUCUAGAUAUAAAGAGAUUGAUGAUAGCUAUCAAAUAUCUGUAUUGUGUAUGCUAUAUAUAGAUUAUAUCUUUAAUUUGUGUUUUUUCUUAUUCUAUUAUGAUAUUUUGCAAAUAUGGAGGCUAAGGUUGCUAUGGGGACUUAAUCAUAACAAUCUACAUCCUGAACGCCGCGUUUCAGCGUGCGUUCCAGCCGGCCGAAAAACCGGAAGUGACGUCACCCGCGAAACCGGAAGUGACGCGACGCCGGUACGAAAUUGGAUCCAGGUGAAUGGGACAGAUAAGACUUAUAAAAGAAGACUCAAUAGGACAUGAAGACAAGCACUGGAGGAAGGCUGUUGGCCGAAACGCGUCUGCUUCAAUCUUCUGCAUUUGUAUUUGUUAUUUUAUGUGUAUUUCUGUCACUCUGGGCUACUAUACAGAUAGGGGUAAGUGGAAUUCCAUUAUUGUUUUAUAUAUAUCCUUGUCUGUUUUGGGUUCCACCCCCAUAGUGCCCAGCAGUGUAUACACUUUUUUAUAUAUUUUUAUAAAUAAAUAUAUUUUAUAUUUAACCUUUGGAGUCUCAUCUAUUUGGACCACCUGGAUCGUUAGCCAGUUAUUGGCACCCCUGAGCCUGCUAUACAGAGCCUGGUACGGCUCUGGAGAAUGUGAGUGAGAAUCACAUACCUAUUUAUCACUUAUUUAUUAUCAUACAGUUUGCACUAUGUUUUUUAUGUUUUUUCUAUUUUAGUUUAUACCCCAAUCAAGUUCUACGCUGUUUACAUUACAGUCCAGUUCUAUAUUGGUAAUAUCACUUAUUUUUGUUGUGAUCACAUUGGGGAGGUGUAUAUACUGGUAUUUGUCUCUUUUUAUUGUAUUAAGUAAGCUUAGAACUGAUUUAUUUAUUUUACCCUGCUUUAUCCUGUGCAUUUUUGAACAAUUUGCCAUGCAAUAUUGUUUUAGUGUGGGCCGGGGAACUCCUUGAGAAACACAUAAAUGCCUUCCAGGUACUAUACUAUGGAUAACUGCUCCAGUUCAGAACUAUGGAAAACCUGUGAAGGGAGGACUAGAACAAAUCACAUUUGUUCUGUCCAUGCAGUGCUAGCCAUACCUCCCCUGGCUGUGAUUCACACAGCCUGCAUGGGGAAAUUGGGUUUCAUUUUUCAGUCAGAUGUAAACUUGUUUUAGAAGUUUUUAUCACCAGCUCUGUAAAUUGAGCUUGAAUCACACACAGGAGACUCCUCUAGGACCUAGAAGGCUAUUAACAGAGCAGGAGAUAAGAAAUUCCAAAUAAAACCAACUGUGCAAAUAAAGUCCAAAUGUUAGAUGUUUCUUUACAGGAAGUGCUUAGGAAGACUGUGUAAUAGAGGUGUGACUAGAGCUGUACAAACAAAGUGAUUGAAAUCGUAAAUGGCAGAGAAUCGAGCAGUGCACGAUCUAUACACCAAAACUACUUUAAGCUAAAGUUGUUUUGGUGCCUAUGGUGAACAUUUAAUGCGCAACUCUGUUAAGACGGGGGAGUGGUUUCUUUGCAGUGGCUCUCAUUCUCAGAAUGGUCGACGCUGAGGAUUCUACUAACUUCCAGAUGGUUCCACCAACAGCCAUAGAGCAGGUCUUAAAGUCACAUGCAGCCUGUGUGAAGUUCUAUAUUUUUUGCCAUAAUCCCAUGAUUCUGCAGCAGUUUACCACAUGUUAUGGUUCAAUCCCCGUUGAACUUCCAUUUUGUGAAAACCAGGGCAUAGAGUGAGGCAAGCAAAGCAUGAAUACUGACUGUUGUAACCGCACAUGAACCUAAAUAGUGCACAUAGUAAUUGAUACAUCCGCUCAUUACAGAGAAACCACAGAACUCUACAACUACUUGCGGUUUUAAAUGAGGGUAAGUAUGUAGUUACUGCCUGCAUAUCAAAAAAACUAUUUUAGGUCACUGUUCUAUAUUCCUUUUUUAGCCUCCUCACUGUACACCGUAGUCUUACGCAAUAUUAUGCCAUUGAGUUUGAAGAAAUGCAUUUGAUCUUCUCUGUGUCCCAUUCCAGGUCGCUUGACCAAUGUGAUACACCCUGCCCCCAUCCCUUCAUGGUCCCGUGGCCAGUAUUGCAUUCUUCUCCUUAUUCUGUCCCUCUUGAAGUCCCAUGACCAGUUUGUUAUUCUCCCCUCUCUCUGUCCAUUGACCAGUGUGGUUCCUUGUUCAAUAUGAUACUCUGAUCCUCUGUAUCCUCAUGAGGUUUCUUUUUUCAGUGUGAUAUCAUCUUUGUUUCCAUUGUCAUCUCUAACACUAUUGAGGUCCCAACCUGUAUUCUUGUGUUCAUGUUUCCUAGAGACUCUAAGUGCAGGAGUAUGUAAUGUAUUUCUACACCUGAUGAUAUCCCUCAGAAUCUGCACCUUCGGGACCUAAUUGGGGGAAGGAAGGACAAUUUGUGUCUGCUUUUGUGGUUGCUUGAGUACACUCCUGGAACACAGCUUCACUGUCCUAGAUGAAGUUUAAUCUGUGUAGAGUGCUGUGUUGAUAUAUAUUGGAGAACCUUGUAUUGGCACGCAGAGGGAAUUGUUUGGGAAAACCACAAACAUUGUGUAAAAAUAAAUAUGUGUAGCGAGAUGUUUAUUUACUGGAUUUUGUUAUCCGGAUGGUGGAAGUGUCACAGUACUAAUAUUUGCUUGGGAAACCGAAGUUAAAUAUGUGGUAAUGUGUUCCUGUGCUAAAUUAUGAUGUGAUAAUGGAAUGUAUAUUAUAUUGGUAUAAUGUGUGUUGUGUUUUUUUUGUUGUUUUUUUUCCAUGUUUGUGCAAUUUAUUAAAUGUAUUCCUCUCCCUUUGACAGCUGCUGGGCUCUGCAGUUUAACAGAUAAGAUGAUUUAAAGGAUAAGUCUAAUCUCUUACAAUCAGAUCAGCAAAUUGCAGCUCAUAACAUUGAGUUGCAGAGGUUAAAUUACUUUACUGAAAUACUAAACAGGCCUACCACUGUCACCGCUCUUAAAGGGGCCAAGUCAUCUAUAGUCUUUAUAUUUAUCAAACAGGACCAAAUCAAAAGGUUAUUAGGGUGUUUUAUAUACUGCUUACCUAUCUCUUCCCUUUUUUUUUUUUUUUUUAAAAAUAAUUUUUUUAACAAAUGUGUUUUGUGAGCUAAAAAAUAAAUAGAAUUUAAUAUAAAAAUAUGCAGUUUUUACCUCUAUCCUAGAACUGAGUGUCUCCAUCUUGGGUUUCUAUUAUUCACUGCUAUAAACUAUACUUAAUUCUGUCAAUGAACAGGUGGAAUAACAAAAAACCUAUUCUUCAUUCUACUCAUAAUGCAGUCUGUGCCAGGAAUGAACUAUAUUAUAAUGUCAAUUGAUAAAUCUUUAAUCUACAUUUCAAAAAAAGAAACCAUUAACACAACUUAUGGGUAAACUUGCAUUCCUUUUACUGGUGCAAUUUCCAGAGAAGUGACAAUUCCCUGUUACAUGAACAAUAUAGUGUUUGGAAUAUAAACCUGUAUUCCUAAUGCCAUAGUGCCCUAGUCACACAUUAGAUUAAGACAGUCUCUUUAUUUGAAACAAGAAAGUGGAGACAACGUUUUGGCUCCUCUCUGAGCCUUUAUCAAGUAUAACUCUUGAAGGUAAACCUUGCCGUUUCUAAACAGCAGUAUUUUACAUUGAAGGGUUAAAACUUCAGGGCUACUGCACCUAGACCACUUAAUUGAGCGUGCAUUUAGUGGUUCUUUAAAUCCCGUUGACAGUGGCAUGGGAUCUAUAAUGGUUUGAAGGGAUGAGUCUCUAGUGUAAAAAAAGAGGUUUCUAUUUGUAUCAGCUAAUUUAUUCUCUUAAUUAUACUUCAAUAGUUAUAUCAACCCAAUUGGGCAAAAAAUAAAGUCCAUAAAUAAAGAUUUGGCUGACGUGCCACCUUAUGUUUUUUGUUUUUUUCUAUUUUAAUUACUUUAAAUUUUUUAUUUUAAAUCUAUAAUUUUCUUAACUGUACUGUUAAGGUUAUAGCCACUUCUGUGACCUACAGAACAAUUUACCAUGUGUAAAUACUAGUAACGUCGAUUGAUGUAACGCACAAUGGUAACAUUGACUCUAUCAUUUUUUUUUUUUUUUAAUGGUUAGAGUUUGGCCUUGUUCAAGUUUGUUAUUAAAGUUAUCAUUGUUACAUUGUGUGGGUGUGUGACUCCCACUCUCCUCCUUUUCAAACCGUAUUCUUUAACAUUAUCUAACCUGAAUAUAAUAUCCCUUGUGAACACUGUAGGGGCUGCCCCCUGAAGCGGUCAUUGUCGCUGAUGGUUUGGUGGGCGGGGCAAGUUUUACUUAACUGACCCUCUACUUCGCGGGCGCCACCAUCUUGUCCUGUCUGGUCCUUUUCAGCACAAGACUAUAGCAUUGAGGUUCUAUAGAAGAUCCUGUGAGAUUGCGGGAUUCUCCGUAGAUAUAGCCAAUUUCUCUGCAGCCUAGUACAGGUUCGGGCACUGACACUAGCUCGGCCCAGUGUCUAGAAGUAUCUAGUAGACCCUGCUUUGUCCCAGGAUAUCUCUUGACUGGUUUGGAAUUUCAACGAUGAGAUUCUAUCUAUAUUAAAUACACAUUUUUCAGGGGGCGUGACAUUGCUGAUUAAGAAAAAGUGCACUCUGUGGUCCCUGACAUGGCUGCAAACUGACAAAUUUGAAGGCAAAAUUCAAUGUUACCUUCCCCAAGUGGCUAAAAUUUAAGAAAACCGGAAAGUGUAUUUUAUUCCAUUUUCUCAGAUGUGUUCUCUCUCCCUGUAGUUAUCCUGCUGUGGCCAAUUAUAUUGCAUUGUGUUGAUUUGUGUGUAGAUUAGUUCUGCCCAUUAAAAGGGGUACCCCUCGUGCUCUCACAUUACCACUGCUGUCCAGAUUGGACAGAAUUGAUAAUGUGGACAUGGGAAUUCUGUGUUAUUUAGUUGGCUGAGAAUGGCGUUCUCUCAAAUCUAAUCCCAAACAUUUGAACAAAAAAAAAAAUGGUGAUGGAAGGGGUCUAUAAGGGACAUAACUACUCUGCGCUAUGGUUACAUUGUUUAGAGUGCACCUUACUACUAUUAUUGUUGGGUGUAGCAUAGUAUUAACUGUGUAAUGUUUUACACAUCCUGCACCAAAAUGUAAUUUGAUUCAACAGACAUGUUUCAUAUCUAUAGGAUCAAUGUAAUGCCAUGUUUUUGGAAAACACUCAUUGCUUUGGUAGAUUGGGUCAUUCGGACGCAAUGAUCCAUUGACAAAUAGAGUUUCUCCAGGUUUGUGAAAUAACCAUUUUAUCAAGCACACUAGAUGACUGUAAAUUGUCCAUCCAGACUGGUCUCUAAACAAGAGUCCUGUAGGUCAUAUCAAUAAUGUUAGUGUCACGUUAGUAACCUUUAAAAAUACAAGCAAACAAAAAAAAAAAAAACACUUGGCAUGCUCGUUAUGUCUAUUAAAUAGAUAAAACUUAGAAAUAUGCUAAUGUUACAUACUCUGUAUAACAUCUUCAAAAAGCAAAGCUUGUUUUUUUUUUUUUUUCAUCCUUCCUGCAGUUUCUAUAAGCUUGGCGACUCUUGGCAAUGAUGAGCAGUGACUCGCAAAAGGUGCUUAACAUUUCUUCAACUGUCACAAUGUUUGGGACAAAUAAUAGAAUGAAAUACGCCUUCCUUUGAAAGCAAGCUGAGAAUAGGAUCCUGGAGAGGUAGAUGUCCUGUCAGAAGUCUUAUUCCUUUUAUGAAUUGUUUGUAUUCUUGCAAUCUGUCACGUGAAAGUAGAAAUACUCCAUCCGUAACAUGUUGUGGUUCAUAGCGAAGCAAAGGAUUGUUUGAUCCAUAACGUCAAAGUUUUUAGUUUUUUUUUUAGUUGUUUUUUUCCCAAGACCAGGGAUGGCCAAUUUAACCAAUGGUCCAACCUCUCAACCCACUUCUACAAAUCGAUAUUGGACCUGUGCAGGUUAGCAUUGAUUCCCAAUGCCCGCACUGAUAAUUAUCAACUUGUCAUCUGAUCAACCCGCCUGAGCGUAGUUCAUUCCAUUAUUGAUCUCCUGCUCUUGGGCAGACUAGAUGGGCCGAAUGGUUCUUAUCUGCCGUCAAAUUCUAUGUUUCUAUGCUCUCUCUCUCAUGUGACUGCUAGAACAUAAAAUGACCGAUAUUUUACUAUUAUUAUUUUUAUUAUUAUUAAAUUUUCUCUCAAUAACAAAAGUUCAGAUUCCCUUACCCUAUAAUAUUUCAUUUAAAGUAUGAAAUGUCACUGUAAUGUUCUUGACGUUUUUAUUUUUUCUGCGUUUACCAAAUGCAGUGAGUAAAGCGACACGGAUUAUGAACUGCAUGAAUUAUGUCUGAAGUUGUGUGUUAGUUUCUGCUGACUCUGGGAUACAUACUUUGUCUAUAUAUGUCCCACUCUGUCAAUGUAACAUUACACUAGCAGGUACAUUGGAGCUGCACCUCGGCCUUGGUCCAGAUGGAAAGUACAUGGGUAAACAGACAGAAGACCGUACACUCCGUGGUCCCCUUAUGUCUGGCCCAACUUGCUGAAAUUAUGGUUUCCCAACAUAUGUUUUAAUUUAAUUCGAGACUUUCUAGCUCUUAGUGUUUAUUCCUGUGCAUUCACAGUGCCAUUCUGCUGUCUUACAGAGUUUGGAAUUGCAUGGGUUGUGUACACAGCUCAAUAUUGUCCCUAGCACACAGUACAGUAUAAUGGUAUGUAGCAGAGUAUUGUCUGUCAUUGUGCAGUAAUGAUGACUCUUUGGAACAGUCUCCGAAAUUACUGUAUAAAUAGUUUUUCCUUUUGAUUUGAUCAGGAAUGAUCACCUGUGAUAAACAAAAAGACAAUAAUAGUGAAAGAAGCAGUGCAAUGACAUUAUUAAUACAUUAAAAAGUUAUUUAAAGACUAUAAACACUUCAGCUUGCUGAAGUUGUUAUGGUGCAGUGACCCGAUCUGUACAGUGUUUCUGCUAGUCCUGAGCCAUUUCAAGUUUUUUUGACUCCUCCUCUGCUUCCUGUCAAUCAUCCAGACCAAAUCGAGAGUUCCGGGCUCGCUGUCUUAAUUUGUCCAAAUUUAGCAGCUGGAGAAUGACGAAUUUCCAUUUUACGGAGCGAUUCCUUUUUAUUCUGCUAAUCUGCUUAUUCAGUAAACCACCACUUUAUGGAAGUGACCUUUCUGCAGAUGACACAUUCAACAGUGCACCGAGGGAAAACAUUUAAGUUGAGUUAUUUAUAAUUUUUAAAUGUAUUUAUUCAAAUUGUUAAUGCAUUAAAAAUAGGUGUAAUUUUUUACCCUGUACCCUAGAAAAAAAAAAUGCCUAACCUUCAACAUUUGCAACAAUCCCUGGUCUCCCAGUUAAAAGAAUAGGAGACCCAUCAUACAUUAAUGCACAAUGCUAAAUGCUUCAAUCAAAAGCUGUUUCCUUGUAUGUCCUACAUAAGCCAGCCUCUUGUCUUGAUGUAACAGCAUCCCUUUGAGCAGUGAUACUUAAAAGGCUAAUGACUACAUUUGAUAAAUUUUAUAACUUUUUUUUUUACAAGCUUUAAUGCUUUAAUUCUGUUUGACAUGUUCUGGCAGACGGUAAUCUCAAUACUAUACAUGAUUUAUUGCCUGUGCAAAUGGGGCAAUUUAAUCUGUUUCUAGCUAUUGAAUACUGGCCUUGCCUCUUACUACUUUGUUUGUGCUCAUCUGAUUUUUAAAGCACGGUUUCUCUCGCAGCCCAGCAACUGGUAAUUCAGCUUGUGAAUUGGAAAUAUUACAGCCGGUUUUGAAAAAGUGAUCUUAAGCAAAAUAUAUAUAUAAUGUGACUUUGUAAUUCUUUUAAUUUUUGAAAGCGUGCAGUGUUUAUUUGAAAUACAGUCCAUAAAGACUAAAUGCUUCAAUGUUUCAGUGUUCACUGGAUAUAUACAUCCACACAUAGGGCUGUACCUAAUAUAUGCAUUUACACAAAUGUGAACAUAUAUGUAUAUAUGUUUAUUUAUAUAUUCUAAAUAAAAUAGAUUUGUACUAUUUCCAUAAUGGAUAUAUUUGUUUCUCACGCCGAGGACAUCCCCACAGGUUUACCUGACAUGACGAAGCGCUAGGAUUCCUUUAAUAAACAUCCAAUUAUAUAAUUACAGUUUAUUAGCAUAUAAAUAAAUCUAACCGGCAAUCUUUAUAGUCGCCUGGCAGAUUGACAGCAUGUAGCACUGUGUCAGGGCACGUCUGCAUAGACAACAGGUAACGUAAUUGGUAACCUACAUAUUCAAAUAAAUCAAUAAAUACAAAUAUAAGAUUGUAACAGAACGUGUACUUUAUAAAACAUUUUUAACCAGUAAUACCUGUGCUACUGAUUUUAAUUGUGAAUGCUGGGGUUACAGGAAUCUUUUUACUUGGGUAUGUGCAAGGAUUUGGACAAAAGCUGAAAUUCUAAUAAAGGGACACAUCUUAUCUGUCCCUCUUUUCAAUUGGACUCUUAUGAGACAGACUGUCAAAUUUUGGCCUGUGUUGCAAGUACCUUAAAUUGUGUUUGUUUUGUUUUUUUUGUGUUUUUUUGGUAACUUCCUUUUUUAAUGUAUCACGCAAAACUCACAGAAUUCCAUGUCCAUGGUCAUACAUGUAUGGGUGCAGUGCCGGUGCUAGGAUUUUUAGUUACACAGGCGAACAUGCAUUUUGGUGCCCCUCAACCUCCUUUAAAAAAAAAAUGCAUCUUCACCUGUGUGUAUUUCCUCCCAAGCCACAGGCAUAAUUUUUCAGUCACACAGUCAAAGUCAUACAGGUACACUGUCAUACAAACACAGAAAUAAUCAUACAGAGACAUUUAGACACAUACAGUCAGUCAGAGACAUACAGACAUACAGGCAAAGACAUACAUGCAUACAGAGACAUGAAGGCAUAUAAAAACAUGCAUACAUACAGAGGCAUACCGUCAUACAGACACAUACAUACAUACAUACAGAAACAUACAUACAAAGACAUCCAGGCACAUACAUACAUACAGGCAUACAGAAACAUACAGGCAUGCAGACACAUACAUACAUACAGGACAUGCAUGCAUACAGAGACAUACUGCCAUACAGACACAUACAUAUAUACAGGCAUACAGAGACAUACAGGCAUACAGAAACAUACAUACAAAGACAUACAGGCAUACAUACAGAGACAUACAGGCAUACAGAAACAUACAUACAAGACAUACAGGCAUACAGACACAUACAAACAUUCAUACAUAGAGAGGCAAACCGUCAUACAGACAUACAUACAUAAACAUACAUACAAAGACAUACAGGCAUACAGAGACACACAGACACAUACGUACAUACAGAGACAUAAAGGCAUACAGUUACACACAUGCAUACAGAGACAUAUAUACAGACAUUCAGAGACAAACAAACAUUUAGUUACAUACAUGCAUGCAUACAGAUACAUGCAUGCAUACAGAUACAUGCAUGCAUACAGAUACAUACAUGCAUACAGAGACAUACAUACAUAGAGAUAGAUACAUACAUACAUACAUACAGACAUACAUACAGACAUACAUACACAGACAUACAUACACAGACAUACAUACACACACACAUACAGAGACAUACAUACAUAGACAUACAUACACACACACAUACAGAGACAUACAUACAGAGACAGACAUACAUACAUACAGAUACAUACAUGCAUGCAUACAGAGACAUACAUACAUAGAGAUAGAUACAUACAUACACACACAGACAUACAUACACAGACAUACAGACAUACACACAUACAGAGACAUACAUAUAGAGACAGACAUACAUACAUACAGAUACAUGCAUGCAUACAUACAGAGACAUACAUACAGACAUACAUACAGAGACAUACAUACAGAGACAUACAUACAGAGACAUACAUACAGAGACAUACAGAGACAAACAUACAUACAGAGACAUACUGACAUACAUACAGAGACAUACACACAUACAGAGACAUACAUACAGACAUACAUACAUACAGACAUAAAUACAGAGACAUACAUACAUACAUACAUAGAGACAUACAUACAGACAUACAGACAUACAUACAGACAGACACAUACAUACAGAGACAUACACAGACAUACAUACAUACAGAGACAUACAUAGAGACAUACAUAGAGACAUACAUAGAGACAUACAUAGAGACAUACAUACAGACAUACAUACAGACAUACAGACAUACAUACUGAGACAUACAGAGACAUACAUACAGACAGAGACAUACAUACAUACAUACAGAGACAUACAGACAUAAAUACAGAGACAUACAUACAUACAUACAUAGAGACAUACAUACAUACAUACAGAGACAUACAUAGAGACAUACAUACAGAGACAUACAUACAGAGAUAUACAUACUGAGACAUACAGAGACAUACAUACAGACAGAGACAUACAUACAUACAUACAGACAUCAUACAGAGACAUACAGACAUCAUACAGAGACAUACAUACAGAGACAUACAGACAUACAUACAUACUGAGACAUACAGAGACAUACAUACAUACAUACAGAGACAUACAGACAUAAAUACAGAGACAUACAUACAUACAUACAUAGAGACAUACAUACAUACAUACAGAGACAUACAUAGAGACAUACAUACAGAGAUAUACAUACUGAGACAUACAGAGACAUACAUACAGACAGAGACAUACAUACAUACAUACAGACAUCAUACAGAGACAUACAGACAUCAUACAGAGACAUACAGACAUACAUACAUACUGAGACAUACAGAGACAUACAUACAGACAGAGACAUACAUACAGACAUAGACAUACAUACAUACAUACAGAGACAUACAGACAGACAUACAUACAGAGACAUACAUAAUUACAUACUUACAUCUGUUAAAUCUUGUCCCCUGGGUGCAUGCUGUCCGGCUCUGUGGAGUCCAGUCCUGCAACCCAGCCCCAUCACAGGGCGCCAGCCGCGCUGUGUGGGACACAGGGAGCAGGGAUAUGAUGUCAUUCAUAUCCCCGCCCCCUCCACACAGCCUGCGGCAGACACCAGGAUAGGAGGUGGGCGGGCCGAGGCUGAGCUCCGCGGGCGGGAAUCUCUGGGCUGCGCUCGGCCACUCUACAAGUAGUAACCAGCUGGAGGGGAGCCAGGUGCGCUUCCCUCCUUCCUGUCUGCCUGAUGUCGCGCCCCCAGGGCUGGUGCGCCCUAAGGCGGCCGCCUGGGCCGCCUUAUGGUAGCGCCGGCCCUGUAUGGGUGAUGGAUAUGGGUUUGACAAAUGCAGACACAUGUGAGACAUCCUUUGUCUCUGCAACCUCUGUCAAUAUGACAUCAUAUCUGUGUAUGAUUCCUGUGACUCUAUUGACACCAGCAAUGUCCUGCAAAUGAGAUAAAUGUCUUAUCUCACCCCAUGGUCAUUCUCAAACCCCUCUUCGGAGGAAACGGUCUAUCGCUGCUCUUCAAUUGUCCAGCCCACUGCUGACCAGUUUCAUCAAGUGACUAUCUCAGUUUUCUAUAACAUGGUGUUCGGAGAACUUGUUUCUUCUGAUUAUCGUUAUUUGAUCUUCACAUCAGAUAAUAUUUUGAUUUCCAUUCAUGGUGAAUGUUUAUAAUGUUGGGUCGUUAUGUUACCAGAUAUUUUAACAGUGCAUAUAGCAUCAAAUUUUUGAUUAGUUUGCUCUUGGUAAAAGAAUUGCUAUUUACACACAAAAAAAAAAUGCAAAACAAUAUAUGUUCAAAAUGCAACAGAAAAUAGGUCACAGAAUUGUGUAAUAGAAAAGUCCAUGACAAAAUACAUGCUCCGAGCAUGCAUUAUGUGUCCGCAGUCUCAGUACUGUUAUAUUGCCAAGGCUUGAGUUUAUAACAAAAUUAGUCAUCUGUCUACUCCUUUCUGCUCCACGAACUCAUUUAAGUCAUCGCGCGUGCGUCAUCCAAAUAUUUUGGCGUGUACAGUCCAUUUAUCACGAGAAUUCCCAUAAAGCAGAAAAUAUCCCUGUUUUUUUUUCUUUUUUGUAAUUGUUCACAUAGUCCUGUUAUAUUUGGCACUUUUUUAUUUAAAGUGAUGGUCUAAGCCCUAUAAUUGUUAGCGAAUAGUGUUAUGAGAUCGGAGACUAUUCAUGAGAUGGAGGAAAGUGAAGGGAUAAAGGUGAAAGGGGGGGGGGGAUGGUAGUGAUGGUAGAUGGUAGUAAUGUGUAGGCACAUUGCAGAGAAGUGGUGGGUGAAUCAUGUAAGCGUCUUAAUAUCACUCACAGGCCACCAAGCCCUAUCAUUGAGAUCAUAGAUGAAGUAGUUGGCCAAUGUGUAGACACAAUGCUACAGCAUUUUUCCCUUCUCGAACAAAUGUCAACUUUAAGAAGUGUCAGCGCCUUAUGUUCUUGCAGUAUUACCUGUACAUGAACAGGCCAGCCCCUGAUAUAAGCUGGCCUUGACUUGUGGAGUUGAGCUGCAAAUUGUACUAAAACAAAGGAAGUGGGUAGUGUUGCACAGCCUCGGAGGGUGGAAACCAGCACAGCAAAGAUACUAAGUCUUCCCAAGAAUGCCUGUGGCAUAUGUUCGGUUAAUGGAGGCAGUUGUUUCUGCUUGCCUUCUGUCUAGUUAUAUCUUUCUAGAAGAUUCUAGAAUGUGUUAUGCAUUGUUUUUGUGCUGCAACAUGUCACUGGUUGACCUUGAGGAGAUUCAUGGAUGCUCACAGACCCAUGUUAAUUAUUCUAUUGCUGGAAUUUUUUUCUGUCAUGUGAUAGCUGCAUAACAUCCUAAAAUUCCUUUUCAGUUUGGUUUUAGCAAACUGUGAUUUAUGAAAGCUGCACGUGUUAUACCCUCUUGUAAACAAACUGGUCAAGGAGCAAUUUAUUCUUGAGUAACUUUGGUUUUCUAAGUUUAUUGAGCAGCAAACAACCAUCCAUUGUAACAUCAGGAGUAUUUUUUUUACAGUUGUGAUCUAAUUUAAUGGAAAUAAUAUUGCUGCUGAAAUCUUAUGUAAAGUAAAAUUGUUAGGCUGUUUUAAUGCAGAGGUUGAAGAAGGCUUGCCUCAGUGGAAAUUGUGUCAGUGAAGCUGGCAAUGUGUAGCGAGCCUCUGUCUCUUACCUGGGUCCACCCGCGUUCUCUAUGAUGCUGAAUUCGCUUCCAAACGUCAAAUUCGCCGGACCAAAUUCAGCGCAUAAUUAUGACGUCUAUAGUCAUGCUGAUAAAGAUUUCUACAAACCACAUGCCAGAAGGAAUUCCCUCUUAUGACAUGGACCAAUAGAGCUUUUAAGCCAUACCUGUUUAUACUUUCUUCUCGUAUCCCAUGAGUGAAUUCCUUGUGUAUCCUUUUCCUGGUAUCUCAUUUAUCUGGUUUAUCCCUUCUCCUGAUCUCUGUAGUCUUUUGACCAUGGCUUGUUAUCUUUUUUCCAGUAAAACUGUUACAUCUUUUUUCCAUUUCUCUCCUGUCCUUGACCUCUGCAUGCUCUCUGACUCCUCUACCGUUAUUCUGGCCACUCUAAGGAUCGGUACAUGGAAAGUCUAUUGUGCUACAGCCUGUACGUUUAGGUUCCACCGAUACUGACACAAUGCAUGCUGGGGGUUGAACACUUCCAAUUUAAGGUAUCCAUUGCAGGAUAUCCAGCCAUCCUAACAUGGCUUGCUUAAAUUUACUUCGGUUUAGGCUUAGGUUUAUCUUUGGUUGUUAUACACUAUUAACAAAAAACCUUAAACUUUUCAAAAGUAAUAGUAUUCAUUUGGUUAAUCUGGUGUUGCUUGUUUUUUUAAAAAAAUUUUUUUAGUUGCACCUACUUAAGAGUCAUAUUUGGUUAAAGGAUUACUCCAACCAAAAAUAGUGUUUUAAUAAAGCACUGUUUUUUUUUUAAUUUUAUUGUAGUAACUCUUACUGGCAUAGUCCAACCGAUUUAAAAAAAAAAUAAAAAAUUAAAAUUAAAAAAAUUACCUCUAAUUUUACAUGGAUGCCAGGAGAUAGACUUUAUGAAGAACUGGCCAGUGGGAGAACUUGGUCAGCAAAGGGGUGGGGAGUUCUGCCAUUGGUCAUCUGUCGCGAUCAUGCUGUUCUUGCUGACGACCGAUGCCAAGCUUUCAGUAGGAAUUUGCUAAAACUUAGGUUAAUUGCAAGCUUAUUUGGUCACUAUGAUUUUACAGCGAUCUCUGCAUUGGCCCAGGUGUCUAUAGAAGGUUUCGAGAUCAGCUCCUGGACCCAGCUGAGGUAGUAACAUAUUAAACAAGGUGAACACCAAAGGUAAUAGAUGAAUAGGCCCAUAGGAAGCCUGUGACCAAACAGAACAUCUUGUGUGCCUUGAACAUUUUUUUUCCAAGGAAUUAUUAUUGUUAUUUAUAUAGCGCCAUCAGAUUCCGUAGCGCUGUGCAAUGGGUGGGCUAACAGACAUGGAAUUGUAACCAGACAACUGGACGUACAGGAGCUUACAUGCUAGAGGAAUGAACAACAAAACCUGUUAAUCAAAAUAAAAUCAAUGGCAGUGUGGAGACUCUGUCAGUGAUGUCUUCUCGUCCACUUACAAGACCUUUGGACUUUAUUUUGUAAAACUCCAAUAUCUCCAAUAGCCAAAGGGUACACUUUUGUUAUGGUCCCGAGGUGGUGUGUGCAUCAUAACCUGGAUAGUUUGGCUCCAUAUUUCUGUCAUAGUCUUAAGGCCCUUCUGCAGAAAUACUGACGGAGAUGCAUGCCAAUCCGUUUUCUCUUUCUUUCUAUCUUUUUCCCCCCCCCCCCGAGCUUGAGAACAGAAGAACUUAAAGAACGAAUGGGUUUGGUGCUCUGAGAAUUUCCUGGGCCGAAUUCCAUGUGCAUCUCUGGUAUUUUUGCUUUAGGCACCAUUCCCACUCCCAAUACAUUCUUAAAAGUGUAAUCCCACUGAGAGCACAAUAUGAACGAGGCAGCAAGUCGCACAAUCUGUUAUUUCAUAGUGAUAAAGCAAAGACUUAAUGGUUUUCCACUGAGGAUUUGAGUGGAUCUGAAAAUACCAUUUACAAAGCAGCAUUACAACAAUGUGAUAAAGGCAAAAAAAAAAAAAUCUAUAUAAUUAAAGGGGACCUAUCCUGCCCCAAACAACUUAUGCUCAUUUGAUUUGAGCAUACGAUUCCAUCUAUACAUUGUGCAAGUAGUUUUAUAAGCAAAUGUAUAGAUUACGAGAAAAUCCUAUUUAAAAUUAGUUUUUUCUUCCAGCUGUCGGUCAGUGCCUCUGAGUGCCGAGGCAUUGACUAACAAGGGAGAGAAGAAAAGACCUCCCAUAGGAGGUCCCUUUGCUCUCCACCCAUAGCGCUGUGGUUGCUAUGGAAACUCCCUAACAGGCACUUCUGGUGCAGGCUAGGGAGUAUAGAACUGUAAUGACAUAAUGUAAUUUUAUUACACCUUCCUUGCCUUUUCUUUGUUGCCAGUAGGGGGCAUUAGACUGGUCCAGUAGCUUUGUGCAGACCGCCAGGGAUUUUUACAUUGAAGAGGGGGCAGCUUGGAUCCAGCAAAUGCUCUCUUCUGAAUCCAACAGAUCCUCUCUCCAACUCUCAUAAGCCUGGUAUGCAGCGUGGAGCAUUGCCAUGGUAAUCCACAAAAAUGCUAUGACAGUCGAUGGCUUGCAAGAAUUUUAGAAAGGAGCCGAAGGUAGUGUGCGCUGGGCCUCCGCCACUGACCUCAUCAACAAUAUCAGUAUCAUUUUAAGCCGAUACUGACAAUUGCCAAAAUGCAGAAUAUCAGCUGAUUAUAUCAGCCAGACCGCUAAUUGGUUGUUACCUGCCCAAUACACCAUGUAAUGUAUCUUUGAGAUAUAUGGUGUUUUCAAUGUAUUUGAGGUAAGUGAAAAUUUUCAUUACAAGUUCACUCUAAACAAAGAAUAAGCAAAUAUUGAUUCCACUACUAUUGAUAGUUUUAAUCGUGCUAUACAAUUGUGCUGUGCAAACCUCAGAGUAUGAUUACCUCCUACUGCUUUUGAAAAUUUUGGAGUAACACAAUGGAAAGGGCUCAGAAACAUAUGCAAUCAGUCAAAUUAUAUUGUCAUUGCUAAGUGUAGUUGGAGUUUGAAUGCAAAACUUAUUUCUGUGGUUUGCUAAUGUAAUCAUUACCUAAACAUGAAGUUACAUAAAUAAAGCGAAAUAAAAAAAAGUACAAAUCCCACCAUCACGUUUAUUUGGUCAAUGUGUUCUUACACAGUCCAGGAAUAGUUCUGGCAAGUGCUUUGUUUAUACAACUACAUCAGAAAAGCCAACAUUUCUUCUAUUACACAGAGCGCUCAAUAAAGCCACACACACCACUAUACCUGAACGUUGUUCCAGUGAGCUCUGUGCUUUCCUCAUAUUGUACAUUUAACAGAAUGUUUGCUGCAUUGAGCUGUUUUGUCCUUGUAUAAUUUUACCACAAUACACAGAUCAGCCACAUCAUUGAAACCACUGACUGGUGAACUAAAUAACAUUGAUUAUAUCAUUACAAUGGCACCUGUCAUGGAGUGGGAUAUAUUAUGCAGCAAGUUAACAGAUCUGAGUGACUUUGACAAAUAGUGAUGGCUGGACGACUCUGUCAGAGCAUCUCCAAAACGGCAAGUCUUUGGGGUGUUUCCAGUAUGCCAGUAGUACCUACCAAAAGUAGUGCAAGGUAGGACAACUGUUGGACCAGCAAUAGGUUCAUGAGCACCCAAGGCUAAUUGAUUCAUUUGGAGAGCGAAGACUAGUCCAUCUGGCCUGAUCACACAGAAGACCUACUGUAGCUCUAAUUCUGAUAAAUGUAAUGCUGGUCAUGAUCGUAAGGUGUUGGAACACAUAGUGCAACACAGUUUGCUGUGUGUGGGACUGCGUAGCUACAGACUGGUCAGAGUUCCUAUGAUGAUCUCUGUCUACCACCUAAGGCACCUUCAAUGAGGACAUGAGCAUCAGAACUGAACCAUGGAUCAAUGGAAGAAGGUUGCCUGUUUUGAUCAUUAUUUUUAUUUUUUUGAUCAGGUGGAUGGCUGGGUACAGUUUAGUAAGUCCUCAUUUACCUGUGGAAGAGAUGGCAGCAGGAUGCACUAUGGGAAGGAGGCAGCCCAGUGGGUGCAGUGUUAUUCUCUGGGCAAUGUUCUGUGGGGAAAUCUUGGGUCUUGGCAUUUAUGUGGAUGUUACUUUGACACGUACCAACUACCUAGAGAUUGUUGCUGAUUACAUACACCCCUUCAUGGCAAUGGUGCUCCCUGAUGGCAGUGAUCUUUUUCAGUAGGAUAAUAAACCCUACAAAUAUUGUCCAGGAAUCUUUUUUUGAAGACCAUGACACAGUGUUAUGCUUCUGAUCAGGUCAGAGAGGAGACGAUUGCAAGGGCUAUUGGUUAAAACUCUAUUUGUCGUUGUAGACAUAAUAAAUUUACUGAAAUAAAGAAUAAAGUACAGUCUGCCACAAACAGGAUACUUUGAGGAAAAACAGGGUUUAGGCAAUAUGCCACAAACAAGAUCUUUAGAAAGUAAAUGAAUAAAGUCUUUUGUAUACAAGCAGGCUUGAAGUUAUACCAAGUAGUUAAGGAUUUAGUUAUAGGUAAAUACCUUUUAGGAUAAAGCAAUACAGGAUCAUGCAGAGUUGCAGAGGUUGAAACAGGUAGGUAUAUUCCAAAAUAAUAUAAUGCAGGUUGCUUACGAGAUCAUGCAGUGAUGCAGCAAUUGAAGCAGUUAAGAUUCUUCAAUGAAGGAAAUACACCACAAAUCAGGAUUCUUGGAAGCUGAUAAGGAAAGUCUUUCGGUAAGAUGUAAUUCAGACAAAUUCAGGCUGAAGUAAUGCAGGUUAGUGCCUUUCAUUAUGAGGAAAUGCAGAUGAGUACAGGAUGAGGCACUGCAGGUAAGUGCUCUACAGAAUGAAAUCACGUAGAUAAAAUACAGGAUAUUAUCAGGAACAGAGAUUCUUUAUCAGAGCAUAGACUUCAAUGUCAAUGCACUGUUGUGUGCCAGGAGUAGAUUUAUCAAGCCUCCUAAUUAGUUAAUCCAGGUGAUGUUAUUAAGGUGAGUGAAUAGAUUAAUGAUUAGGGAGGCCACUAGAGGAGAAAAUCAUGAAGUUCACUUAAAGGGCCAGUAAUAAACGAAAAAGUCUUACAUGUCAGUUUUGAAACCUGACACACAGAGUUCAAGGUGUUCCUUUGGCCUUCAAAGUCCCCAAAUCUCAAUCCAAUUGAGCCUCUUCGCAAUGUGCCGGAACAAAUCUGAUCCAUAGAGGCCUCACCUUGCAACUUGCAGGACUUACUGCUAAUGUCUUCAUGUCAGACACCAAAGGACACGUUCAGAGGUCUUGUGGAGUCUAUGCCUCCACGCAUCAGAGCUGUUUUGGCAGCAUGAGGGGGCCUAUAUGAUAUUAGGCAGGUGGUUUUAAUGUUGGGGCUAAUCAUUGUAUGUCCAGCAGUGAAAUCUGUAUGGUCUUUGUAUUGUAUAAUACCAAAAACUGUGCAGCAGUGAUCUCUGACCUGUCCUUCAAUGUCUAAAUUUGGAAAGAAACCUUUGGAUUAUGGUGAAUGUAGUACGAAUGAUAAACUGGAUACUAAUUUGGAGUAUGUCUCCUGAAACUCAUCCCCAGGGCAUAUAAUGGGAAUAAGGAGAGUCAUCUCUGUUCCGCAUUUGAGAAGGUUAAACGCAUUAGUCUCUGGGCAACUAUGUUUGCACAGUUGCUAAAGGCCACAACAAAUUUGUGGUAGUAUCAAGCCUGUUUAAAGGAUUUCUUAAAAAAAAGUUUUGACAACAAAAAAUAAAUGAAAAUAAAUCAUGUAUGCUGUUGAAAUAAAAUAAAUCUACAUGUAACACAACUGAGCAGUAAUCACUCUCACUUGCCAUUUAUAAGGCUUGCUGCUAAAGCUUUGCUGAUUAACCGGAACCUGGCUUAAAUAACCAGCCAAUCCGAUGAGAGGAAGCAAGAUUAACUGGUUCGAUUUGGUGCAAGUAGUGGGGGAAUAACCACGACCCCAAUGCACUUCAUUAUAAUUGUGGUUUGAGGGUAACAGACAAUGGGCCACUCAAUUAUACAUUUUGCCAACUUCCAUUGCUCUUGGGUGGGAACUAAGGGAGUAAUCACAUGCCCAGUGGCUAAUGCGCUUAAAGAUUAAGAGGAGACCAAAGACAGACCUCACUUUAGUUCCAUUCUAGGAAUGUAUAGUCCCACUACUCGUGUCUAUACAUUUUCCAGUGGUGAUUUUAUGCUUUUUUGAGAGACCAUUUAAAAUAUAUAUGCCAUUCUAGGAUGGUGCAGGGCCAUUGUAGCAUAAGUCAGAGCAGUGGGAGGCAAGCGGGAUGUAAAGUAGAAAGUAGUCACUAUGGCAGCCACUACACUCUACAUAAUACUGGUUUUCAACCCAUCACUACUCAUUACUGGUUAACCAGUAAGAUGAAGUGGUUGUGGUGCUUAUAGUGAUCCUAUUAUAAAUGCAGGGCUGUAUAUGCUAAAUCGGCAACUCAUCCUAUACUAUCCUAGAAUAUUUAGGAGCCACAUUGUAAUGACUGCAUAAAAUAUCAUUGCUCCCUCAAAGGUUAAUGCCUAGAUGUAAAACAUUUUUAUUUUAAUUUAUUACUCUCCGAUCACUUUUCACGGGGGGUGGAAUCUGAAACUGGGCCCUGCCACAUUGCCAAUUCGAUAACGCAUCUCUGCUAAAGGGCAAUUCUAGUUAAUGUGUGUUACGCAAACAUAAAAAAAUAAUCUGAAAUUAUACUUGGCAGUUUCCAGUGUGUGGAGAGAAAACAUUGAGAAUUGCUAUAAUAAACUGAAUAAAUGUUGUUUUUAUUAAGCACUUGGAUCUCCGCUCUUCUAAAGAGGUUUAACACAAGGAGAGUGAUAUUUUCUGUAAAAAAGGCUAGUUAAAGGGACACUAGUCACCAGAACCACUACAGCUUAAUGUUGUGGUUCUGGGGUCUAGAACCUGUCCCUGCAGACUUUCAUAGAAAAGGCAGUGUUUACAUUCCUGCCCAGUAACACCUCUCCUCUAGAUGCAGUCUCUCAGACGGCCACUAGAGGUGCUUCCUAUUUCAGUGUUCUUCUCUGAUCUGCAUCUCUGUACAGUACCCAAGUUCAGCGUCUUCAAUGCAUCUUCUAUGAGGAGAUGCUAAUUUUGCAUGUGCCAUAACCUCCCAAUUGUUUUGUAUUGGAAAGCAUUGGAUCGGCUGUUAUCAAGAUUGAUGAUCUCAUCCAUGGAGGCAGAACCAGCCACAACAAGACUGGUGCAGCGAUGGAAAAAAGUUACAUAAACUACCUUUUAACUGCACUCUGAGGGGACCUAGAUCAGCACUAUAGAGUGAAGAAAAAUGUGUUUUACUUAAAUAUUAAAUCACACGUAAAGGUUAAUGUGGCAAACCUAGCCACUUCAGACUAUUUUGUUUCACUUUAAGGGUUGCCCUAGAAAGACUGGUUUAUAUAUGCAGUUUGAUGUAUCUGUUUAAAAUGUGAAAGAGGGAAUUCGUAUGCUAGUGGCACGAAAGCCGCUCGCAUUCCUAUGGUAGUUUCACGAACAGUGAUUUUCAACACUGUUCGUGAAACGAACAAAGUACCGAAUGGGAGCCCACACACAGGGGGUCGUGUGGCUCCCAUUAACUGAUCGCAACAUUGUAUCUAUCUGCUGUUAUUUGAUUCCUGGGUGGCCGUCGUUCGGCUACCGACCACGAGGUGGCGGCCAUCUUGGAUUUCCUUUGUGCCCAGAGGUGUUUGGUCGUCAAGUGCCUGGAACUAAAAUCGGCUACUUGAUGGCACAAACACCGCUGGACUUCCAGGCUGUUCGGGAGCGCCGGUCUUUUGGUACUUUUCCCCCACUUAUGUAUUCGUGACUUUUAUGAUGAAUGUAUGUUAAAGUAUAUUUCGUGCGGCGUUCGGCUGAUUGUUUGGGGGAUCUGAGCGGUACCUUCGCGAAGUGUGCGCUCAGACCCCAGUUAUCUGCCGAAUGGUCAUUCGGUACAGUGACAUGAAUAAAAUAAAAGUUAUGUGAUUUUUAUGUAAAAAGCCAGUUCUGCUGUACGGAGGGAUAAUCCACUUAACAGGAUAUUCUAGUGGUAUAUGAGUAUCCAUAUCGUACAGCAGUGCAUGGUGGUAGAAAUGUUCUAUAUGUUAAGUUCCCAGUGUAGUCCCCUACUGUACAACCCCUGUGAAGUCAGUAAGGGAACCCCUUGCAUGGGGAACCACAUAAAUACUGGAGCUUGCGAAUAAAAUAGUCAGUUGACUCCCAGAACUGUGUUUCGUCUGGUUACGGGGGGGAUUUGGUAUAUUGCCUUCAUUUCAGCGCUUGGAGAGAAUUGCUAGGACACUUUUUUUUUUUUUUUUUAAUUAACCCUUGUCUUGAAAAGGGUGUAGGAAGAUUCAUUUUACAACCUGCUGGCUUAUUGUCUGCCUUACAGAGGGAUUCUUGUAUAAUUAUUAAAGAGAGUUGAAGGAUUAACAUGAUUAAAGGUGAUGCAAAAAUAAAAAUCUGUGAGAAAUGACUGCGAUGUCUUUUCACGCUGGUGAAAUGUCUUUUGAGGAUUACUUGUGUCCUAAUGGCCUUCAAGGUGAAAAAGGCCUUGAAUUGAGAUCCAGGAGGAAAAGGCAGAAAUAUGUAGCAGUCUUUCACUGACAGGCUCCAGAGGCCACUUGUCAAAACUACAUAAAGACUCUGUUUUAUUCUGUGACAAGUAAUUCCUUCACACGCUGGCCGCUACUCAAUAAAUAACACUCGCUCAUGCUAAAUGAAUAGGUGGAACAUGCACGUUUUGCAUUCGUCUUUGACUCUGUCAUACAGUACAGGUCUGUGGAGAUGUGCCUGCAGACUACCAUGUUCAUGAUUCUAAGCCAGCCCAGAGUACUUAGCAAAACCUUGGUUAUGCUAAGAGCCUAGCUGGCCAUUGUGAGAUGAAAUAUGAGAUGAAAAGAUAUGUAAAAGCUUGACAUUUAGGAGAAAAAAUGUCCAUGAAUAAUUCAGAAGAUAUUGGAAGUCCAAUGCAGUUCCUGUGCUCAAUGAAGUUCUAACUUUGGUUUUGGAAAAUAAGUUAUGAGCUGAAUCUCAGGUUACCAUCAACCGCAACUGAUUCACUCAGAUAUCAUUGGGAUGUUUUGGAAGAAAAUAUAAAAAUUAAAUGUCCUUUAUAAUUACGUUAUGGUAGAGGCCUUCCUGUUUUUAAAAAAAAAAAAGUUUUCUACACCAUACUUUAUCUUCGUAUGCCGUGCAUAAUACAUAUUACCAAUACGUAGUAAGCACGUUGGAUACUUUGUUUUAGUAAGUUAAUUUGAUACACCUUGUUUGUAUCAGUUCAUUAUGAGACACAAUGAAAAUGUACUUUGCGCUCUAUUGGACUGGUGUUUUCGUGCCCCCUUGUUUUAUUUUUUGUUCUUUUAUUUUUUAUGUUUAUGUUGUAUUUCUUUUUUCCAUUAUUGUUAAAAAAUUUCAAAAUUAUUCAAUAAUUUUUGUAAAAAUAUUUUUGAAGAUAAAAACACAGUUGAAUGUCUCUUACCCCCUUUAGUUUCUCUUAUCCCUCUUUAGUGUCUCUUGUAACCGCACUUGUGUCUCUUCUGCCACUUGCACCUGCCCUUUUGCACUACCCAUGCACUACCCACUUCCCACACCUACUCCCGUGGUUCUGACUUCCUGUUGCAGGACUUCAUGGAUCCAGCCGAACGGUUGGUCUGCGAUAGAGGAUCUUCUUCACCGUUUACAUAGUCUGACAGGAAAUAUUGGACCAUUAAGUGAUGUGCAAAAUAAAACUGACAAUGACACAUGGUGCUUAAACAAGCUUACAAUUUAGGAAAAUGUGUCCUUUGCAAUGUGUACCAAUUCUUAGAGAUACUUUUUUUUUUUUUUUUGGCCGGGUGUUUUGAUGUCAAAGAGUUAUACGUAUGGCGUCAUCGCUCUGACAUCUUAGUUUGGGGACCUUGUGGUCACCUGGAGAAAUAAAAAGGAUUGUUGGAGAGUUUAAUAUAUGACAUUAUUAGUUUUAUACUCAAAGCCCCACUAAACCUGGGCAGCAGCAAUUCCCACAGAACUGCUAAAAACAUUAUGCUUAUAUUUGCAUAGGGAAUUGGGAUAGUGCGCAGGUGAUUUUUUUUUUUUAAUUUUUUUUUUCUCUUUUCACUUUAGUAGUUUGCUUCCCAGAUUAGUUAUCUUUACUUGUAAGUAAGCAAACAUUUUUGUUUUUUGAGAUCUCCUGAGUGGACGACCUGACUUCAGGAUUAGUGAUGUCGUAAACCGUUCACGAACUUCCCACGAACGGUUCGCCACGAACCAUUCGUGACGAGCUCCGGUCAGCUGACACAUCCUGGCCAAUCUCGACACAUCCCGGCCAAGCUGCCUUCAACAUGGAUGCUGUCCAGGAGGUGGGAGGGUCUGGGAGGGAGGGUCUGCUGGAGAUUGGCCGGGAUGUGUCAGCUGACCGGAGCUCGCCACGAACGGUUCGUUGCGAACCGUGGCGAGCCGUUCGCGGGAAGUUCGCGAAUGGUUCGCGACAUCACUAUUCAGGAUAUUAAAUUUUUUGUCUGGCCUCACAAGUAACAAAUCCGAUUUAUAUGAAGGAUUAAAACCAUAUUCUUAGGGCUUAAUCAAGCGCUAUAGGUCCAGGAACACAAACCUGCAUUCCUGACCCUAUUGUGUUAAAAUCACCAUCCAUCCCCCCCUUGCUCUCUCUUGCCCUCCCUAACUAUAGUAACAUCUUACUUUUAUUCCAGUCUGCUGCUGGCUCUGCCUCUGACAUCAUUGGAAGUGAUUCUCUGAGUCAAUUUACAAUGCUUUCACAUAGAAUUGUAUGAGACUGUCAAGGAGGCAGAUCAGGGGCAGAGCCAGCACAAUUCAAACACAGCCCUAGCAAAUCAGUAUCUCCUCCUAGAGAUGAAUUGAAUCAAUGCAUCUCUAUGAAGAAAGUUUUUAGUGUCUGCAUGCAGAGGGUGGAGACACUGAAAUGUCAAGUCACACUGUGCAGCAUUACCCCAGGAAACCCUUCUAGCAGCCAUCGGACGAGUGGCCAGUGGAGUUAUCACUAGCCUGUAAUGUAAACACUGCAUUUUCUCUGAAAACACAGUGUUUAUUGCAAAAAGCCUGAAGGGAAUGAUUUUACUCACCAGAACAAAUACAACUAGAAAAUCUACAAUUUCUGGGGAAAUUGUGUGAAGUGUUCUUGCCUCCACCAGUAGUCUACAACUGGAAUGGGUAGAGUAACUGUUAUCAUUUAUUUAUAUAGCACAUUUAAUUGCAACGUUGUUGCCCAAAGUGCUUCACAGUUACAUUAAAACAUACAUUUAUAAAAAUGGGCUGAAGUUAGCUAGACAUGGCGCAUCUUACUCCUUGGCCCCCCUCUGUUGUACUGUGAUUUUUUUCCGUUCAAUGCCCCUAAGCUGUGACCCACAGACCCGCACCAUGGUACAAACAAGAAAAGAACCUGGUCAAACCACACGCCACACCGUGGCGACAAACCCUCCCGCCCCACCUCGCCCACAAUCGACCCACAAGACCUGCUAUAAUCGAGGGCUGGAGGUGUAACAUUAGCCCCUGAGGAACACUCUUGAGGCCCUAGUAUAAAUAACCCCCCAACUUACAGGCAGGAUAGCCACCGAGAAAGGUACCCAAAUUCACUUUGUUAAUAACCGUUUUUAAAGCAUUUUCGUUAGACCUGCGAAACUUAAACUUAAAAUAGAGAGACACCUGAGCAUGAACCUAAGACCCACUAAAAACAAAACUGUGCAUGAGUACAAUAAGCCAGAAAGUUAUCCCACAAAUUAUGCACUUACUGUUUGACUUGUAUAUUGUGGCUCUGCGAGCCGAGUGAACCUUGUUGCAUGCAAAAAUAAAGAAUUUAAAAAAAAUCAAAGACUUACAUUAGCAGGUGUACAAAAGGCCCUGUCAAUGACAUCACUUGCUGCUCCAGCCUGGCACAGGUCAGAGUAUUUUGGCGGUUGUCAUCUUCAAAUGGUCGUAUUUUAAAAUCUAUAAAUCCUACAGCGAAGAAGGCACAGUCACAGUUUAGAAAUUGCCCUUCAAAUUUGAGCUGGCUGGAGUGGAGUUUCAAUAAAUGUCAAUGGACGGCAUGAGUGCAAACAAAUGGUCAUAUUGUGAAAACUAUCAGGACUAUGGCUUAGCCGUGGACAUGUUGUUUAGUGGCAGCAGGGAUAGCUGAAUGUUUUGAUAUAAAAUUUGUGUAGGUGGGCUUGAAAAUGAGGGAGUGGUGGCAGUUUAGAAAUCAUGUCCUGAUUUUUCAGCUUUUGCCAGCUCCCACUCUAUUUUUUAACAUUUUGCCAUUCAUUCCUAUGGGACCAAUUUCGCCCCAAGAACGACGAUAUUCCGUGAACCAUUCAGCGAAACGUUCCACAAAGUAAUAGCAAUCCGAUCGGGAACAAUCCGCACGUUUCGGUAUAUUACUGUCUAUGUAGUGUAAAAACUGUGGGAGGAGUUAGGGUGGUAAAUUUGGCUAUAAUAAGAAUAAGAAUAAUAUAUAUGUGAGAUAACAUUAAGUGGUCUUGCUAUGCAAGAACACUUAAUAAGCUGUAGUUGUUCUGGUGGCUAUAGUGUCCCUUUAACUGGAAAUGAUGGAGAGCUGAAACGGAAACUGACAAUUUUAGGGCAAAAAAGCUGAACUAGAAAAACAGCUGAACUGAAGGUUUUUUUUUCUGUUUGUUUUUUGUUUUUUUGCCUGUUCAAGUUUUUGAAAGUCUUCACAAUUCUCAACUUGGUGAAUAAGCCCCCUUUUUUGUGAAUCCUGUCAUGCUUGGUAGUCUCUGGACUCUUGUGUUACCAUUCGUCGAAUAAGCUCAGUUAACAAAAUCUAGUGAUCAUUUUUUCAGUAGUACAGUUUUCAUGCAAUUUAAUUACUCAAAGCCUGGAACUCAUCCAGUAUACUUGGCAAUCUAGCAUUCAAGCUAAAAAUGGCAGAUUGGAACUGGAUAUGACCUACUUCUGAUUUUUUUCGCUUCCCCUGUAUUAAAUGUGAACUUCAAUUGAAAUGAAAUCGGACUGACACGAGCAUGUUCUGGCAAGAUACUUUGCCAUCCGUCACACACACAGCUCGCAGCAUUAAGUUUUACCUCUGACAGUUUCUCAAAAUGGUACAGAUUGCAUUUAGGGUCAUUUAGUUCUAUUGAAAUCUUUUUAAAUAUGCAAAAAAUUGUUUUAACUGCCUAUGGUGUCCAUUUUUUAUUUUUUAACGGACUCUAUAUGCGGGAGUUGUCGUCAUUGAUUUAUUAAAUUAAUUAUUUUGAGAAUACAUUUAUCAAUCAAAGAAACACCAAAAACAUUCAAAAGUUAGAAAAUAACAAUUUUAGAGCUUUCUAGAUCAUUAGGUUGUGAUGUAAAAAAGACCAGUUGCUGAAGCGGCCAUAGUUUUAGAACUCUUAACAUAUACAGGUAAAUCUGUUUAGUCUGUCAAUAAAUCUCCAUUUUAUGUUUUUUAUGAUGAACCCAUUCAGUAUUUUAAAAUUAAUAAUACUCUAUAAGUAUGCCCCCUUGUGUGCAGUGUUUGCAUUUUAUUUUUAUAUGUUGUGUAUUUUGGUUUUGGCCAGGAAAGGUAAAAUACAAAAAUGUUGUAUAUUAGAAUGGCAUUGACCGACAUUUUGUUACAUUCUGUUCAAUUGAAGCAAUUAUUUGUUCCCGUCUUUUUUAAUCCAAAGUGCCAUCCAGUGUUGGCUAACAGUAGGGGAGGCGGCAGUGUUAGCUACUCAUGGUAAGAUUGGGAAGUGUUAAUAGAACACUCAAAGCACCGUGACCACUACAGCAGUUAUAGAACGGAUUGGUUUCCUACCUAUGGUCUGCCAAGUGCAAAAAUUCUGCUUAAAGGACCACUAUAGUGCCAGGAAAACAUACUCGUUUUCCUGGCACUAUAGUGCCAUGAGGGUGCCCCCACCCUCAGUGACCCCCUCCCGCCCGGCUCUGGAAAGGGGAAAAGGGUUGAAACUUACCUUUUUCCAGUGCUGGGCGGGGAACUCUACUCCUCCGAUCCUCCUCCUCUCCUCCCCCUCGUCUGAAUGCGCACCGCGCGCGCGCGCAUUCUGCCGGUCACAUCGGAAAGCAUUCAUAAUGCUUUCCUAUGGAUGCUUGUGUGCUCUCACUGUGAUUUUUCACAGUGAGAAGCACGCAAGCGCUUCUAGCGGCUGUCAAUGAGACAGCUGCUAGAGGCUUUAGGGGAAGGCUUAACCCAUUCAUAAACAUAGCAGUUUCUCUGAAACUAUGUUUAUAAAAAAAUGGGUUAACCCUAGUUGGACCUGGCACCCAGACCACUUCAUUAAGCUGAAGUGGUCUGGGUGCCUAGAGUGGUCCUUUAAGAACCUCUAUCACUCAAGUAAUGGUGAGGAGAGGUAAUGGCUGGACCCCUACUAAGAAGUCAAACUAUUCUAAAAUUUUCCAGAUCACAUUCGGAAUUCACUUACAAAAAUUUGAUGUUUGGCGAAUAACCUUGCCCAUAGCCACGGGUCACAGUCGCAAAUAUUUUUUAUGUGUCAGGACAAGUAAAUUGUUGUGAUGAACAAGUAGGUUGGGCUACAGUUUCAGUCACUUGGAAAAGUGUUUUAUUUAUUUAUAUUUUUAAAUGUCCACAACCACAAAAAAGAAGGGAUGGGCAUCACUCCUAACACCAUAAACACGACAGCGCACUGUAGUAGUCAUAAUGGUUAGUGUUCUUUUCAAGUUAAAUGCUCACAUAGAUAUCCCAACCCGUUUCAGCAUCACCAUGUCCUCACAGAGGUAGGUAGGUGGGUGGGUGCUACUCUUUUGCUUCGCCCACAGUCUAGAGCAAACAUGAUGAGCUUAAAAAGGAUUAUGCAUUUAAAAAGAUUUUCCUUAAGCCAUUGUGCGUCUUCCUUGGCCACAUCUCUUGUGGCUCAUUUUGUGACCCUCUUUUCAGGCUCUUUGUUAAUGUAGAAUCCACACAUUAUCAGUUGUCCAACAAGGACUGUGGUUAUUGGCUGAGAGUGCUUGAGGCAGGUAAACUGCUUCUUAAUAGUUUGAUAUAAAGCUGGUGAGCAGCCCUUCAAGAGUGUAGGCAACAUAACAUACACCCCAACAUCAGCAUCCCAUAAAGUAGCAUGCCGGUGGGCAGGGCAGUUACUUUGUGGCCUUUGGUGGACUAAGUGUGGCAAAACUAGCUACUUUGUAUGAGAGACUGAGCUGGUUAGACUAUUCCUACUUCACGAACAGAAUAUGGACAUAUUGUUCGUUAGUCGAAACAACUACCGAACGAGAGCUCACCUAGCGGAGUCGUGUGUCUCCAAUUAAGGAUUUGCAACACUUUCAAACUGCAAGGUUCUAAUGGUCGGAUCGGUGGCCGCCGUUCUCUGCGGUGUUUGGUCAUCGAGUGCGUGGAACUAAAAUCGGACACUUGACCUCACAAACACCACUGGACUUCCAUCUCGUUCGUGCGUGUAUUUCCUUUCGUCUCAGAGAAGUGGCAUUCGGCUAAAGGGAACAAACGACCAUCAGACACCCCACUAUCCAGUUUGUGAACAGUUGCAUUUGUUAGUUUGUUUUUGAGAACUCCUGAAAGAAGACUGGUCAAAGCAUUCAAUCGCAUGGAACUGUUUUGAGGCUCCACCUCGUGGCUGACCGGUCUAAAACUUCACUUGAAAGGCUUUCCUGUUCUACCAAACGGAUCUGAGCGGUAUUUCGACAGAUUGGGCGCUCAGAUCCCUGCCAUUCAGUGAAGUGUCUUUUGUGGAGUUCUGAUUGAUAUUUAAGGAGUUAUGAUGUUUUAAAAUAGUGUAAUUUUCUGUACUUGGGAGAUAAUCUAAUUAAAUAAUUGCUCUUGCUCAGUUAUCUUCCAAGUACUGCAAAGGAUCAUGGGAAAUAUGCCUUUGUUCCCUGUCUUCUACCAGGUCCACCAGGGAUGCAUGGGGAAUUGCAUAAAAGCCAGCUGUGGCUCAAUAAAAAUCAGUUGACUCCCAAAGCUGUGUUUCAUCCAGUUGUUGGGGAAUGGGAUUGGAAUUACUACGUUACACUUUAUUUGCAUGCUGAUCACGUCUACCAGCGGAGAUAUUGCCUUUAAUGUGUCUACUCCGCUACACUAGGCUUGUCCCGUUUCCUUACGUUUGGGUUGUCCCAUCCAUUUAAAAAUAUAUUUUUUAUUUUACAGCCAGAAUCUGGUGGUAUCCUGCUCCUCUUGCAUUAUAUAAUGCCCUUUUUAAGACAGGAAUGCCUCUGUUUGUCAUGUGGAAGAGUAAGAAAGUAAAAACCUCAAAAGCAACAGAUUUGGAAAGUCCAGGAGAUAUUGUGCAUUUUGGGACAGACGUUUUAUUUGCAGGUCAGCAGUAAGAGCCCUAUUCAGUGAGUUUGUGUGGCCAGUCAGAAUUAGUGUUACUUCUAGGAAAUUCCAAAUGACAAUAACAGAACGUGCCGUUGUCCAAGCAAGAUGUAACAUUGAAGACUUAAAUAACGGAUGUGCUGGACAGGUGGCAUCGUAGGAUGGUGGUCCUGACCUCUAGUACAGUCCAAUAUUAAAAUGUGUGUCUUGCAGGAUUCUGUACUUGAUUUGGAUUCACCUGUCACCAAAUAGCCAAACCCACUAACCACAAAGCAUGUCCACGUUGUUGAUUUUAAAGACACUAAUGUUUUGUGUGCGCGGUUUCCACGUGGAACCAAGCUUUGUUUGGUUAGACCUCUUGUACCAUAAAGUCUCCAUUCAGACUGCGAAGUGGAGUGGUUAAACCUGUGGGCUGAGGGUUCUAUGCUGACAGCAAGCAACAGCUGGGCGACCAUAAACCCUAUUUCUAAUGUCUCCAUGACAUCUUAAGAUUGAAACAUCUGCUGGACUGCUCAUGUUACAGCUAUAAGACCUUCCAAAAGCAACACUCUCUGAUGGGAAAUGUAAACGUUCAAGAAUUUGUUUUCUUUAAAAGCCGCCACAGCCUUAACGUGGAAAGCAAAUAAAAUAUGUUUUAAAGGAGAACUGUCAUUCCCAGGAUUUGUAAUAUUGUCUUAUCAAAUCCCCUAUAUUUAACAAAUUAUAUAUUUGAGGUGUAAAAAAGUAAAUGUACAAAUAAACACUCCUUUAUUCUACUACUACAUUUCUCUUAGCUCUGUCCUUUACACCUGGAAAUCCAUAAACAGAGAGAAAGCACAACGCGCAAUUUAGUUGAUAAGGACCUCUCGUGAACCCUAGAAAACAAAUAUUUGGGACCCCUGUCCAUUUAUCAAUGUACAAGGACAGGGGUCCCAAAACAUUUGUUUUCUAGGGUGCACUAGAGGUCCUUAUCAACUAAAUUGUGCGUUGUGCUUUUUCUCUGUCUUUGCAUUCUAUUCUGUGUGCUGAGCCACACAACCUUUUUGUAUAUACAUUAGUGUGAGUGAAUGUUUGGGGGAUUUUUGGCACUACAGUGACCAAACUCCACAUCUGUUUUUGAUUAAUUUGCACGUGGCAGUCAGCAUAGAGAAUGUAUACAGUGAAAAGGAGAAAUUAAUUAAUGUUUUUUCCUUUUUAUUUGCAAUGUGUUCAAUGGCUGUGCUGGAUGGAUUGUGCUAUUGUUUGCGAAAUCUUUAGUAUACAUUUAAAAGAAAGCGGAGUUUCAUUGAAAAACUGGUGAAUCAAGUUUUGGGUGAUUUUUUAUAUUUUAUGUAAAGAUGUGAUUUCCAGAGAAGAGAAAUAGGUUCCCCCUUAAGUUCGCAUGGUUUUUGUUUCAAUGUACAAAAUGUGUAACUUAUUAACAAAACUAAAAAAAAUAUUGUGGGUGUGUGCUCGCGUGUGAAUACAUAGAACAUAGAAAAGUCACUUAAAUAUACCUAAUUGUACGUGUGAGUGAUAGACUCACCUUUACCUUAUUAAGGAAACACUCCAAGUACCAUAAACACUAUAUCCCACUAUAGAGGUUUAUGGGGAUCUCCCCCCGAAUAAUUUGACACAUAGUUUUACAGCUGUUUGAUAACUUAAAGGGACACUACAGCAGUGGAGUACAUACCGGGGUCGCAACUGCGACCAUGCCAGUCACUCCAGGGGGCCCGGCCGCCCUGCGACCGGGUACCUGACGCCAUGUGUUGUGGCCCCAGUCUGCGCAGUAUAACCGCCAGGGCCACAUGUUUACCAACUGAUGUGAACAGAGCAUAGGGCCACUCUCCCAUCCUCUGAUUGCUGGGUUUAUGCAUUUGGUACAUGUGUCACAUGAUUUCAGUGAGGGCCAAGCAAACCUACCUCUGGCUUCUAUAUUCACAAAUUCCAGAAACAUUAGGGGUACAUGUGCUUUACCCCUAAUCCAAGCUAGGAGAGCCGUAUAAUUGCCACAUAUUUUGAAUUGUAUUGGUACAAAUAAUUGUUUUGUGUGUAAUGAUUAGCUCAUCACUGUACCUCUUUGCACUCAUCUAGGUCUGACUGUUUCAGUUUAAAAAUGGUGCCCAUUGUGAGAAUUUUGUUGUCAGGGUGUGUGUUGUCCUUGAACUUGGAUAUAUUGGUGUGGAGAUAUUGUGAUUCUUAUGUUCUGCUAACCUAAACUAUGCUUGAUAUAUUCUUAAUCCAUGAUUUAUAGAUCCGGCAUAAUUUACACCCCCGUUAUCUAAUGUAAUCUUAGUCUAAACACCAUCUCUCAACUAAACCAAACCUGAUUCAUAUUUUUCAUCCCAUCCCAAGCUAGGUUUGACCUACAAAUUACUAAAAUGAGGCUUGAUCUAUCUUCACUCUUAAUGAAAACUCCCUUUAGCCAAUACGUUAUCCUUGAUCUAAAUUAAAGCAGUUAAAUUUCACCCCUGAAAUUUCACCUUGACUUGCCCUAUAUACUUUAUACUUUACUUCCGAUUAGACUUGAACUUGACAUUAACCCUGCUUGGUGCAUUUUUUAGCCUGUCUUAUAUCCCCUUUCAAUUGCAUCACUGCUUUCCAAUAAUUUGAGUUCCUUCUCCAAAUUGUCCUCUAUUAUAAAAUACAAAGUAUUUGAUUUGUGCACACCAUUGUUCAGUACUGUACAGUGAAGCUUGUUUUUACAGUUUUGAAUGAUGUAAAAGUGAAUCAUUCACUGUAAUCUGAUGGAUUUAAACUAAGCACAGUCAUAAAAUCAUGCAAUGGGGAAUUGAAUAGAUUUAUGUUGUAAAGUAGCCUUUAGUGUGCGUUUGAGUAAUUAGCGCUGCCGUUUAAAAGCAUUAACACUGAAUUAACCAAUCAAUUAAAUCAUAAAACAUAUAAUAAUAGAAUCUUUUUACUGCUGUCAUUGAUAUGAUUGUACAUUUGUAAGUGCCAAAUAUAACAUUGGUGAAUAAGCACAAUAUUUAAAAUCUUAUGAAUCCUUAAUACUUCAGUCAAAAUAAAUACAAUAAUUACAAAAAAAGCCAUGGCGUCAUAUGUUGUUGAAUUUAUUUUUAUAUUAUUUAUUUUAUACAGGAAAGCACUCCCUAUUAGAUAAUCUCAAUAGUAUAGAUACAUUUGUAUUAUUUGUAUCUUUGUAUUUUAAUUACCAGUAUUGGUUUGUCAAUUCUGUGUGUAUUCUAAUCUUACAUAUGGCAAUUAAAAUAUAUUGCAUCAUUAUUAUUGUUUCCCGUGUAUAAUAAAUGUGUUAAGGGUGCUGGUUACGUUUCUGUAUCAGGAUUGUGAUGAUGGAGGUGUACUUUAAUGCACUAGGACUCGCUGUUUGAUAGUGUUGAGGGCUAAAAACAUUAUGGGUGGUCUUCUAACUCUUGUGGAAUCCGGUAUCGGUGAAGAAGAUUGGAGAGAUAAUAUUGAAAAAGGAAUAGAGUUGGCAUCCCAUGGUCCCCCAAGGAACACUCCAAAUAUAACACCCAAUGACGGCACUUGUAGAAUCUUCAUAAACAAUAUUUAUUAAUUGGUGGAUAUUUGACGUUAUUGCAUUUUACAAUAAAAAUCUAUAUUAAAGAAAUGUAGUAAUUUUUAUUAAAUCGAGAUAUGGAAUUAAAAAGGUGGGGGAUAUUGAUUGAGCGGAUAAUAUGAAAAAUUUAUAUGGGAAUAUGAAUUACAGAGAAGGGAUUAAUUGGGUGGGUGGAUUAAUAUUGGAAAUGGAUUGGGAAGGGAAAGAGUGAGCAGGGGAAAUGGUCUGUAUAGUGGGGAUACCUUAAAUGACAGAUGAAAGGAAGGGGAGAAUAAAAAGGAGACACUGCACAAAUAAAAAUAAAAAUAAAUAAAUCUCUGUUUAGUAGAUACCCAAAGUGAAAACAUGCAUUUAAAUAUGUAUUUUUUUUAAUUAGUGGUAUAUCUAAAAACUGCUUGCAGAAGCUGCAGAUCUCUUGUCUGCAGCCUUUACAAACCCUCCCUUCUUCCCCAGGCCUGGCUUUCUGACAGAUAGGGGUUGAAACAAAGUAAAUUUUCAACAUUGCUAUUGAAAUCUGCACAACUCUUCACACAAAGCUCAAGCGUGUGGAGUGUUCCUUUAAUUUGAAAAUAAUUUGGAGACUAUCUGGAGAGGAGUAAUGUGUGGGGGAACAAAUGCCUAUAUAGCCAUAGUUAUCAGUGUAUCGCUAUAUCCUGGAAAACUUACUCGUGCAAAUUUGGCUUGUGGUCCGUUAUCAUCGUGACGUCUACGCAUUUGCCUGGAAUAAGCCAGUCAGUAUAGCCAGUCAAAAAAUGGAAAUCCCCUCUGGUCAAAGUUUUUUUUACUUUCUCCUGGCAGUGACCCGUGAUUUCCACUAUUGUCCUGAGUGCUGAUGGGAUCAGGAUGUUUUGAGUUGGAGUUUUUUUUUUGUUUUGUUUUUUUGUUUUUUUAACUUUCGGGGAUCUCGGUGAAAUGCAUUGCAAUAUUGUAGUGCUUUCCGAUAUGGAAAAAAACUCUGAAAUGACAACAUCUGCUUCUAGAAGAGGAAGUCUUCUUCAGCUGCGGGACUUAAUGUCUUAACUAUUUGUGUGCCUAGGAGAUACACGUAACAUUAAACACGAGAGGACAGGAAUAUAGACUUUCCACCUCAACGGCUCUCAUGUUGCACCUACUGCCUGACACGUGGCCAGUCCCUGGUUAGACCACAGUUCCACCUUAAUUUGAGCGUCUGCACUGAUAUUGCUGUAUUCCAGUGAUACAUUUGUGCCUGAUCGCCAUGGUAUCCAAAUAAUGUAUUCUUUUCUAAGCCCUGCUGUAAUUCAUGCUCAGAUUUUUGUUUUGCCACUUUGUCUUCUUUAGAACUAUUAAGGUCCCUGGGAGGCUUAGCGAUAUAUUAAUUUCAUGUGAUCCUGAUUAGUUUCAUGGGGCUUCAUGGGGCUUCUUCUGGAGCACUCUUUAAGCAAUGUAAACCCUACAGCCCGCAGCAGGAGUUAUGGUGGCAGAGUGCCCUGGCACUAUUCCCAUUCCAUUUUAGUACAAUUGGACAACUUACUUGGGUGCAGCUGGGCAGCCGCAGCCCUGUUUUCGUUCUUCUAAUAGAAGAUAAUCUAGUUUGCUCUACAGAGCUAAGUAGAGUCAAGUAGAGCGCUUAGCUGAUGCUCUCGGCCAAUGAGAAUGGCCCAGCAUGACCUUUCUCUGCUUUGUAGAAAUAAUCCAAAUUCUCCUGCAGAAGAUGGCCAGAAGCAGGGCCUGCAUCCACGGACUCCUAAAGCAAUCUAGGGAAGGCAAGUCAAACCAAGCUAAACAGCAUGACUCCUUACAUUGAAGUGCCUUCUACUAUAACACUGUAGUGGUUAUGGUGUUUAUUUUCAUAACAGAAAUACAACUAUGAUCGAGUAGUGUCAGGGAAGUGAUUCUCUAAACAGUAAAUCAAGGUUAACUUAAAGUUGUUUUUUUUAAAUGUUCCCUUUUGCUGUUUUUGACUUAAUUUUUUGCAAAUCUGUUAUUUUUCACCCCCCUUUUUGUUGUUGUUGAUGUUGCUUGACAGUUUCUCAAUUGCCAUCUUAGGGGCUUUGAAAAUCACUAGCAUGAUAUAUCAGUAAAUCCAUCUGUUUGUGUAUGUUUAUUGUAUAUUCAUUGGUUUUGUUCAUACAGUAACUGUUUUUUAACGCAUUUUUAUUAUUGUUGCAGUACACAGCCCAGUUUUACGUACAGAAAUAAAUGGCAAACUGAUUGGCUUGCGGGAGAUAAUGGCUACAAGCUAGAGGAUAGAGAUGGCAGUAAGCCACGAAUGAAGCCACUUGCUUGUUAAUUUCCAAUGUUUAGAGGGAAAACACAGCAGGUGGUGACUUUAGGAAAUCAAAUGUCUGGAGAUAAUAUCUUUUACACAAUGCAAUAAUAAAUAAGGCCGGUAGAGGAGUUUUUUCUUCUUCAAUUAAAGGGACAUGCAUUAUUUGACAAUUUUUUUUUUUUUUUAAACCAACAAGCAAACAUACCAAAUAUACAAACCAAAAUAAAAGUAAUAAAAAUUACAAAAAAGCCACUGAUAAGAUUCCUUCUCCUUUCCCUCUGUCAGGUGUUGCAAGAUGAAGAGCUCUUCCAACUGCACAUGUGUAAAUCUGUCAGGCAUGCCCAAUGCAAUUUUCCAGCAUUCCUAGGGAUAGAAACUGAUUGGUUAGAUUAGUCUCCCCCUAGAGUGGGUGUGGAAAGCAUAAAGAAGAAGCAGGUAAAUAUAAAAAUUACAAAAAAUGUAAAGCUAAAGCUUUUGGAUGAGGCACUUGUCUCCAAGUGAUGCAUGUAACCUUAAAGGAGAAGUAUGCAUAUCACAAAUGUUGGAUGUGGAAGUCCCGUAUGGCCGCUUUUACUACAUUUUGCUUGACCAAAGCUAGAUGUUAAGCUGUUGUAGAACUGAAGCUCCUGGUUUUAAAUCUAGUGUCACGGGAGCUGUUGUAUAAAAACUACGAGUAGAGCUGCAUUAGCAACAAACAUGUUUUUUUUUUUUAAAGGACAAAAGGAGCACUCAAGCAUCAGCUUUAGGUGUAUGGAGGAGACUAGAAGCUUUGUGGGCACUGGACUAACCAAACUAUGUGUCAAACAGUUUUCCUGCAGUUUCACUCCUUUACAAUGGACACCUGGCAUCAUAACCGUUACAAGCUGUAAUACUUAUGAUCCUAGAAUUGCCCCUUUAAGUAGUAGAUUAUUGAGCUACGAUUUUUAGCUAACUUUCUAGCUCAUGAUAUAUUUUGCUGUUUAGAGAAUAAACCCUGAGUAAUUAUUGGAUCAGUAAGCCUGUGAGAAUGUCUGACACUAACUAUUUUGAGGACAAUUUGUUUAGAUAGUGUUCUAGAUUUAUGAUCUAGCAGCUAAGUGUUCCUGUCCCAAGUUAUUUUUAUAUGACAUGAAUUUCCUCUGUUUUCCUCUGAAGUACUGUGCACGUUAAGAUUACAUGGGCAGACAGCAUGUAUGCACAAAUAAGCGGAAUAUACUAACACAUUUUAAAUUAAAAAUAUUACUACAGAUAUGCAGUGAUUAACGAUCUGUUUUUUUUUUUUUAUAUUUAUAGAAUAUAUGUAUAUAUUUGCAAGACAUAAUGUUUAUUCAGAUACUAAAGAGAGGUGUAAAUCUGUACAUGGAGCAGAUAUGGAGCAAACAUGAACAAUUAUUGUCAAUAUCCGCAAGAUCUUGUAUCAACUUUAUUUGUUGGUUCACACAAGAUUAACAAAGUCAACAAGUCAAAGUGCGUAGCACAGCAACUAGUCAAUAAGGUUUCAAUAUCAUUUUUGAAUGAGUGCAUAUACGUAUAUUUCUUUCUAUAUUACAGACGGGCUGAGGGACGACAAAGGGGCUGAGGGGGACAAAGACACACAAAGAGGGUGAGGGGGGACAGAGACACACACAGAGGGUGAGGGGGGACAGAGAGACACACACACAGAGGAUGAGGGGGGACAGAGAGACACACACACAGAGGGUGAGGGGACAAAGAGACACACACAGAGGUGAAGGGGACAGAGAGACACACACACAGAGGGUGAGGGGGACAGAGAGACACACACACAGAGGAUGAGGGACAGAGAGACACACACACAGAGGAUGAGGGACAAGACACACACACACAGAGGGUGAGGGGGACAAAGAGACACACACAGAGGGUGAGGGGGACAAAGAGACACACACAGAGGGUGAGGGGGGACAGAGAGACACACACACAGAGGAUGAGGGGGGACAAGGAGACACACACACAGAGGAUGAGGGGGGACAAAAGACACACACACACAGAGGGUGAGGGGGGACAAAGAGACACACACACAGAGGGUGAGGGGGGACAAAUAGACAAACAGAGGUACUGGGGGGACAAAGAGACACACAGAGGUACUGGGGGGACAAAGAGACACACACAGAGGGCUUUGGUUGUCAAAGUGACACAAAUAGGUGCUGGGGGGUAGAAAGAGACACACAAAUGGGCAGGUGAGGGAAGACACACAGAGGGGCUUUGGAUGGGGUGCAGGUGAGGGAAGAGACAAAAAAACUGGCAAUUUAUUUUUUGGGAUAUGGUAUGUCUGCCAGUAGAUGGUCUUGCCUAGGGCGCAAAAUAGUCUUGCAACGGCCUUGCCCUUAUAUUCUUCUACAUCACUGUGCCAAGUGACUUUAUUUGCUCUAAUUUUGCGUCAUUUAGCAUUCAGACAUUUCUGCACUUUUAUUCUUUUUUUCCCUUUUCUUUUUAUUUGCCAUAGGCCUAUUAUAUUAACAGUUUGAGGAGGGGAAAUAUAACCAGGUAAUAACCAGGGCCGGAUUUCCCAUGAAGCCUCCGAGGUCACGGGUCUUCAAAUGUAAUUCAUGCAAUGGAAAGACAUUAUGUAAAUGCCUAUUAAAUGGUUUCAUACUGGUACGCCGGUAACAGGCGCCUAGAUGACUUCCCUCCUCUUUCCCUACCUGCCUUGUCUCCGUGAUUUGUGUGAUAGUUGAUAGUUGCUUUCUGUAAAUUUUAAAAUCCACCUCACACCUAAAGUAGUUUGUAUAGACUAUUUUGUGAAGCUCAACAACUUUUUGCCACACACCACAGCUAUAUUCCUUGGUUUUACCCAUUGUGAUCAAUGACUAAUGGAUUGUGUGUUAAAUGUGUGUUAAAAUGUUUGAAACAGGAAGUCAUGGUUGAACAAUUUCCUGUUCCUAGUCACCCAGGAGUACUAAAAAAUUGUAAAAAAUCAAUGGGAAUAUAUUUUCUUAUAUUAAUUCAUAGGGGUAUUUCAUAGGGGUGCGAAGAGUUUUGUCACACCUAUAUUUAACAAAGUUUUUUUAUUUUUUUUUUUUAAACCUGUAUUGUGUUUGUAAUUGUUUGAUAUUCAUGAGAACCGAGUUUUAGAGUGUUCUCAUUUUUGUACUUGUGUAUUUUUUUUUCUUUUUAUAAAAAGCAGGUUAAACAAUAAAGACAAUUCACAGCUUUCUUUGCUCAUAUUGACAAAGAGUGUCAAUAUUAGUGGAGGACAGUGGCGUAUCUACCACAGUACUGGAAUGGGACACAGGGAGGGGAGAGAGAUGGGGGAUAUUGGGCACAGUAAGGGGAGGGGCGUAGAGAGAGGGAGAAAUGGGACACCUGGAGUGGGGGGGAGGAGAGGUAGAAAUGGGACACAUGGAUGGGAGGUUGGGAGGGAGGAGAGUAUCGGAAGUAUAGAGGGGCUGAGGGGAGAGGGAAUGGGACACCUGGUGGGGCUUUGGGGUCGAAGCAUUGAGACAUAUGGGGGGGCCUGGUCGCGGUAUUGAGACACGAGGGGGAGGGAGAAAUGAGACAUCAAGGGGGAGGGGCCCCAGGGAUAAGUUGCACCGGGGCCAGGUGGAUUCUAGUUACGCCUCUGGUGGAGGACACUGUAGGCACACAUUUUAUUCACUUUUUAUUAAAGUGUACAAAAACCCCAAAUUAUUUCUGGACAAUUUUCAACAAAUAACCUCUGCCAUUUUCUGGUGUAGGUUAAAAAAAUUAAAAAUCGGUUUAGUAUUUUUAGUGUGUAACGUUCAGUGCCUGACUUCACUAUCACUCUAAUCGAACAUUCUUAAUUGUAUCUGCUAGUAAAGGGAUCAGCAGCUACAGUAACUGGUUCUCUUACAGGCUACUUUACCUUCUGUUGCCAAAUAUGAACUUAGCGGACAUUUAUUUGGUUUCUUUCCAAAUCUUUCUAAGCCUGUGCCCUUUGAAUACAGUAAGAACUGAAGCCUAUCAAAAGCAAUAAGCCAUUCAUAACAUUUCUAAUGAGAAAUUAAUUUCACUGUGUCUCUACUUUUAAAGCUGCAGGUCCAUAUAAAGAUACAGAGUGGUAUUUCAUUUUCAUACCACCCAACAUUUGAAAAGGACAAAAAGAGACACUUUAAUUUCAGGGGGACGGGGCUGUUCUAAAUGUAAUUGAGAACAAAAACAGUGUAUCUUAUUUACACAGACUGAUCUAUAAACACAUUUAUUGUUGUAUAAAGACACAUUACUGGGAGUAUUAUUACUGUGGAGCUCUGUUAUACACUCAAACACAUUACUGGGAGUAUUAUUACUGUGGAGCUCUGUUAUACACUCAAACACAUUACUGGGAGUAUUAUUGCUGUGGAGCUCUGUUAUACACUCAGACACAUUACUUGGACUAUUAUUACUGUCGAGCUCUGUUAUACACUCAGAUACACCAAGAAUAUUAGAAAAGAGAUACAUUAGGAUAGAAAAUGAGAACAGAGGGAUUUGGGCCCAAAAGAGGUGCUUAUUAAGCUACAACUGUGAGCAUUUCUAGACACAUCACAUUAGAGCAGUGGUUCCCAACCUAGUCCUUAAGUACCCCCUAGCAGUCCAGGAUCCAGGAGAUUACCCAGCUGUGUCCAAGAUGUUUUUAGAAAGAAAGAAAAAACACUUAAGACACAACAGGUCAAUCCCUAAAUUCUGGACUGAUAGGGGGUUCCUUGAGGACUGGGUUGGGAACCCCUGCAUGAAUCUUCAUAUUGGCUCAGUAUCAUAACAUCAGCCAGAAGCCUUCAACCAACAUGUGAGCUUUCUAAAUAGAGGAACCAGCUGGGAAAAAAACCCAUAAAACUGAACAUAUCAGUAAUGCGAGAAGUGAAUGAUCUACCAGUUCUAUAAAAAAACUAAGAAUAUUAUUAUUGGUAUUUAUGAAGCAAUAACAUAUGCCCUCAUCGCUGUAGAAUCUUGGAAAAUAGACCGUAAAGUGUAGACAAACAAAUACAAUGAAUAGAGAACCAGUUAGCAUUUACAGUCCUUUUAUACAUAUUACUAAGCUAGCUAGCAUGUGAGCUUACAAUUUAAAGGUUAUUGUGGGGACAUUAAGACAAGACUGAGCAGGGGAAGUUUGUAGAUAGUGGAGACGGGAGCCUUAGAGCACUUGCCCACACUGCUAAGGUGGGAUGUGAUUUAGGAGAUAAUUGGGGAAGAUGCCAAAAACCUGGAGAGGCGUGUUAAAUUAUAUGAUUUCUCUUUAAAUGACAAUGUCACAAUGUAUAUGCAUCUUGGUUUUCCCUAAAUAAACGGGAAAAAUAUAUUGAAUGUAAAGUACCGUAGUUCUUAAAUUAGUGGAUAAAUGCAUAUGGCAGGAAUGGUGGAUUGUGUGUUUACAUAUCCACUGCCAUUAGGUUGUCCUGGUAAAUUAUUGAUCAAACAUUGAGUAAUGCAAUAUUUUACAAUCAAAGCUAUAAAUCUGAGUAAUGUGCAUGACUGUUUUAUGGACCAGAGACUGGGAGUGGAGUGAUUUCUUAAUAUUCCCUAAUUGCCUGUACUAAUGAAUGUCUGAAACGUUGUUUGGUUUUGUGAUGUGGCACGUUUGUUGUUACAGUCAUGACCUAGGUCAGGGGUUCCCAACCCAGUCAUCAUGUACCCCCUACCAAUCCAGGAUAUGGGGAUUACCCUGUUGUCUCUAAAGUGUUCUCCCACCCCCCAAAAAAAAAACACCUUGGACACCACAGGGUAAUCAAUAAAUCCUGGACUGUUAGGGGGAGGGGCGGGGGGGUACUUGAGGACUGGGUUGGGAAUCACUGACCUAGGAUGUCAAGAACUGCCCUUUCAUUUUUUUUUUUUUAUUCUUUAUUUAACAUUUGGCAAUGACAUAACAAUCCAUCUGACGCACAUAUAUUACACGCUUUCCCGCUGAUUACAUUGCUAUUGAAUACUUCAGCGUACCGGGCCCCGACCCAUUCCCCCAGCUCCCGCUCCUCCAACCAAUUUCCAGGGCUGUGCACCUUGCUCCGAGUCUUUGGCUUGUAUGUGCGUCCACUUGGCUCUUUAUCAGUCCCUUCCCAUGUCAAUGCCAAGUUACACAUAAGUCCAACUUAACAUUAGUAAAACAGAAAGAAUAAAGUUGUCUCCAUCCCCCUUACAGAAUCAUCUCAUUGUCACCCCAGGCCUCUGGACCUCCAACUCCAUCCCCACCCCUAUCGACUCCCUUAGGAAGAACACUAAUCUGUGGGCCAAGUCCCAUCCUCUGUCCUGUCCACCUCCCUAUAGCAGCCCGGCAGAUGGAGAUAAGGUCUCCGCUGCUCAUCUACCACCCAGUCGUCUUGCUUUUGGAGAAUAUGUCUGUGUAUUUGGCUAUGUCCCUCCCCAAGGCCCCGACUGGGACACACCAAAACCUUGUACCUACGCCAUCUGUAUUGGAAGAACUGCCCUUUUAAUCAGACUAGAUGCAUACCUUCUAAGUGGCCCGAUGCUGAAGACACAGUCCCUGUUCCUUAUCCACAAUUCUGUGCUUAUAAGGGUUUCACAGGGAAGCAACAACCCUGUAAAAUAUGUGUCUAAACUUGAGAAAAUGUGUUUAUAAAUGCUGAAAACAGUAAAUAUGUUCUGUUCUAUAAAGACAUCACAAUUCUGGACAUCCUGGAACAAAAUAUAUUAUUUCUAGAGCAUACAACCUGACAUUCACAGAAGAGGAGAGAGCACUCCUUGCUAGGACAGUAAGAGCCCAACGUGACGCAUGAUAAAGGUUAUUACAAUACUGUAUGUGUAUGUGUAUCUAUCUAUCUAUCCAUAAAUUCAUGCUUUAAACCUUCUGUUUUUGGUGUAAUUCUCAUUUAAACCAGCAGCUAUUCUCUGACUGGUUACUUCCUGUCUGAUGUAUUCAGAAAUUGUUCUAGAGUUAGAAAACAGACCUGACGGGAGUAUCAAGCCAGUGGCAGAUUACUACAAACACACUACAUAGCACGGAGUGCUGUUUAUUUCUAUCCAUGGUAUAUAAGCAUUCCGCUGUAAUGUGUCAGGCUUCCGCUGGCAUUGACAGUGUGUUAAUAGGAAGAUAUACUGACCGGGGUUAUUUAAUAUGUGGUCUUUGUGUUUUCAUGCGUUGGCCAAUGAAAAUUGUAAAUACUGGUGCCUGUAUGUUCUCUGGUUGCUUAGAACGCAUGCAGUCAUGCGAUCCCCAUCCUGCAGUGUUUGGUAAAUACAUGCAGUAAUGAGUGUGUUUGUGUCAUGACCUUCAUGUCGGAUUAUGAUAGCAGGGAAGGUUCUAACAUUUACAGAUUACUGGGCCCUGUUUACACUCGUUUCAGCUUUCAGCUCAUCAGCUAGCCUUAAAGGUACGGUAAAUCUGCAAACUUCUUCAGGAAAGAUGUCAUUACUCCCUACCACGCAAAAAAGUAGGCAAAAUACCUGCACAAAAUCCUGCCUGGACUUUUUAUUAGUCUCAAAACUCUACAUUAUGGCACUUUAAUUCCCCAAAUGAAUUGGCAUAAGAAUUGCCUACUAAAUUUAAUUCUCAACCCUAGAGUCCGUAAUUAAUACUCCUACACUGCCGGUGGAAGUAUAACUACGCAGCAAUACUGCCUUUUCUCUGAAAUGGCAAUGUUUACAUUGAAAAGCUUGCAGGUCCAGCCUAUAGACACCAGAACCAAUACAUUGAACUGUAGUUGUUCUGGUGACCAUAGUGUCCUCUUAACUGGAAACCCAUGCCAAAAUAGCCACUGACCCAUGGCCCCUACAGUGUAUCUGUGUAUCCAACCUUGUGGCAUUUCAUAACCAAGAAAAAAGUUACAAUUGUGAAUGGUCAAACAUUUAAAAAUUGUUUUUACUUUUUUCUUUAGAAUACAUAUUUUUAAAUGCACAUCCAGGAAAGUAGCAUAUUUCCUUUUUAAAGUGGAACAAAGUUAAUAACCUGUGUAAAUUUUUUUUCAGGUUUUCAGUAAAGUGAAUUCCAUCCCAGAUUGCAUUGCAGAGUUAGGGAUAGCAUUGUUGUUCCAUUAAUAGCUUUGUGCAGUACCUAGUAAGUUUUCUAGGUAAUGUGUGAAUGCACUGUGAAGCAUGUGAAUGUUGCGAGUGCAGUGUGUGAAUUCCGGGUGUUCUGACAGUGUAGAAUGUACAAUGAUAAUACAUUGUGUAGGACACUGCACAUUGCAGGGUAUAGAUUUUUCCUAUUCGUUUUCUCUUCCUUAUGAUAACAUUCAGUAUUAGGAGUAGGCAUAGAAACUCUCAGGUUUUAUUUUCACAACACACAAUUAGGCUGCCAAACUUUAUAAUCUCAAGCUUACCUUCCUCCUAUUGUUUCCUCUUCUUUUCCUCUUUUAGAAUCUUCUUCUCUUAAUUUCUGAUCUAUUUCUCUGUAAAACAUAAGACAAAGUAAGGACUAUAUUGUGUUUUGUAUUUCUACCACACUUUAAGCGCACUAUAGUGCCAGGAAAACAAACAAAAAUGAUGAUAUUUUGAGUAAAAGUGACUUUUUGUUGCAUUUUUUACAAACGAAUGGCACUUUUAUGGACUAUAUUAUUGUUGUAAUAUUCUUUACUGUUUUAAAACACUAAUAUUUGUGUUUAGUGAAGUCUCCCGAGAAUAACAGUACCCCCCAUGUACAGGUUUUAUGGUGUUUUGGAAAGUUAGAGAGUCACAUAUUAGGCUUGCAUUUCAUUUUGUUGACAUUGAAAUUUGCCAGAUUGGUUAUGUUGCCUUUGAGUGCGUAUGGUAGCCCAGGAAUGAGAAUUACCCUCAUGAUGGCAUACCAUUUGCAAAAGUAGACAACCCAAGGUAUUGCAAAUGGGGUAUGUCCAGUCUUUUUUAAUAGCCACUUAGUCACAUACACUGGCAUUCACAAAAACAAAUAUGAAUGCUAACCUUGGCCAGUGUUUGUGACUAAGUGGCUACUAAAAAAGACAUACCCCACUUUCAAUACCUUGGGUUGUCUGCUUUUUCAAAUGGUAUGCCAUUAUGGGGGUAAUUCUCAUUCCUGGGCUAUCACACCAUCUCAAAGGUAACAUUACUAAUCUGGCAAAUUUCAAUUUGAAAAUGUAAUGUGCUAUAUUUGACCCUGUAACUUUCCAUAACACCAUAAAACCUGUUAAUGGGUGGUACUGUUGUACUUGUGAGAUAUCGCUGAUUACAGUAAAACCUAACAGUUUUAUGACAUUAACAGCUAACAUGUCAGACGGAAAUACAAAUUAAAAAAUAAAUCUUAUUUUCUCACAUUUUAUUAAAUUUUAUUCAUAAUAAAUUAUGUUCCAUAUAUGAAUAGUUAAUGAUAAAUUAAAGCUCUGUUUCUCCUGAACAAAAUGAUAUAUAAUAAGUGUGGGUGCACUUAAUGUGACAGCAGUGAAUUACGGUUGAACAGACAUAAAUCGCAAAUUCCAGUUUUUGUUUACGUUUUGUUUUGAUCAGAGCGUGCACUAUUGACUCCGUCCUGAAGAGGUUAAAUCCUUGAGAUUAUUUGGUUAAAACAAUCAAUCAUUGAGAAUUGUCCUCUUCUUAUGAGUAAUGCUAUCACAUGAAGUACUGGAUGUGACUUAUCAAUUAGAGUAGGCAGGAGUUCUUGGAUUAAUGGGUUUAUAGAACGAUCUGGGCAGGGUGUGAGCAUAAUUUAUUCAUGUUGAAUUCAUGGAAUGGAGUAUUAUUUUUGAUACAUAAGAUUAGUUCGCCCUACCCACCAUGCAAACCACAGGCAGUGCGUUUUACAGCUGCUUCUCUCCACCAGUCCAUAUUGACAAUAAUAUGCACCAAUAUGAGCACCAUAAUUUCAGAGGUGUGCCAGAUCUGGUUACGCAGGUGGUGUCUUAACGCAGUCGUCUGCUGGAUGCUAGGCAUAGCUGUCCUAGACCAAAAUACGGCCAAUAAAACUGCAAAUAGUAGGCAACUUUCUAGUUUGUCCACACUGUGGUACGUGCAAGACUAAACCAGGAAUUAUAACCCUACUCCCUCCUUCAAUGAAAAUUUAAAAAAACUUUUAUUUUUAAACCUGGAGUAGUUAAAGCACCAUUUAGAUUAACAUUCCCAUUACACUUUAAAAAAGUGUUAACAUUCUCUCUAAUGCUACUGAUGAGCUCUUAGUCAAUUGGUGCUUCAAAAUGGCAAUCUAUGAGAGGCUCUCUCAGUGCUUCUAAAUUGCAAUUUAUGAGAAGCACUCUUCAAUGCUUCAAAGCGGCAAUCUAUGAGAAGCACUCUUCAAUGCUUCAAAGCGGCAAUCUAUUAGAGGCACUCUCCAAUGCUUCAAAGCGGCAAUCUAUGAGAAGCACUCUCCAAUGCUUCAAAACGGUAAUCUAUUAGAGGCACUCUCCAAUGCUUCAAAGCGGCAAUCUAUGAGAGGCACUCUCCAAUGCUACAAAAUGGCAACCUAUGGCGACAAUCUAUGAGAGGCACUCUCCAAUGCUUCAAAAUGGCAACCUAUGGCGACAAUCUAUGAGAGGCACUCUUCAAUGCUUCAAAAUGGCAAUCUAAGGCGGCAAUCUAUAGUGACACUCACUAUAACAAUGCUUCAAAGCAGCAAUCUAUGUGAAGCACAUACCAAUGCUGUACUCUAUGAGAAGCACAUAUCAAUGCUGUACUCUAUGAGAAGCACAUACCAAUGCUGUACUCUAUGAGAAGCACAUACCAAUGCUGUAAUCUAUGAGAAGCACAUACGAAUGCUGUACUCUAUGAGAAGCAGUCACCAAUGCUGUAAAGCGGCGAUGUGUCUGACAGCCAGCAGGGUACAACCCAGAUGCUUUCUUUAAGGUUUGAUUUCUUUGAAAUUGGCACUAAUAUAUAGUGAGAAAUAGGGAAUAUUAAAGGGCAUCCUUUUAAUGAAUGCGAAGAUGUAAAUUUUAAAAUAUGGUGCAAGUAAAAUCAUUCUUAAUACCAGGGAGGCUACUGGCAAAGCUGGCACUGCCAAGAGACCAAGAGUUAGACAGGCCGAAGUAGACAGACAGACAGAGACAAAAGCGGUAGAAAUACAGAUGGAUGGAGUGACUCAUUCUCAGCUCUUCUCUAUGCUAGUUUAUGGCAUUGUAGUAUCACAGCAUUCUAAUCUAUAGCUGAUUUUUUAAAUGUUUUUUUUCCCCCUUGAACGUUUAGUUACAACCACUUUGAGGAAGUCAUUGUGGCUUAUUGCACAAGUUGCAUCAGAAUUAUCAAUAUUUUGAAACAAAAAUGAUUGUCAAAAGCCCAAGGUUUAUGAACUGUCCCCUUAAUCUUCUCUGUAAAACAAUGUAUUAAAAUGUUAAUAACUGCCAAAGUUACUAACGCCAUCAAAUCGGUCUAAAUUUCUGUUUCUGGUUUCCAUAAUUAAUACCGUUGCACUCCUUCAGAAAUAAUCCACUCAAUUCUGUUUUUCUGAUCAAAUAUGUGAGAUCGUAUUAAAUAUCUUUUUAAAAAAUAUCUCAACAUUCCUUGUAACAAUGUAAUAUUUUUAUACUAUAAGGAGGAAGUGGUUUAUAUUUCCUGCUAUUAUUACGCUGCUAAACUAUUUGGGCGCUUGGAGUGUGAUUUAUCAUCACUAAAGCAUGAUAUCUUUGGAACAUGUAAUCCCAUUAACACAUUAGGGAUAAAAGAAUAGUUUUGCGAGGUCAGGUCCCGACUAUGUAUAGAAAUGGAUAUGCUACCGUGUACACAAGCAGGCAAGCUACAAAUGUAUAUUUUCAUUACAUGUAUGUGUGGUAUUCUGACAUCUUAUUUAUGGUCAAUGUGCAAGAUGUAGCCCCUGUUAAAGUUAAGUUUGUGUUAUUUAUUUAUUUAUUUUUAAAUUAUGCCAACAUAAAGUCAGAACAAUAAAACAGAGGAAGAAUUUAAGCAGUUAUAGUAAAUGACUCAAAGUAUAGCAUAAUGUAAUGCAAUCUAUAUAUAAAUAAAAAAACAAAAACAAAAAAAAAAACAAAAAAAAAAACUUUGAGUGUACUGUGCACACUGCAUAUGUAAGUUUGUAUUCCUCUUCUCCUCCAUUCCUUGGAUAACACCCAAAGCUGAAAGAUUACAAAAGUGUCAAAUUAUCACAUUUUAGAAGUGUACUGUUUUGGUGUACAAUUUCUCAAACAUAACAUUAGAAAUGUAGCAAUUGACAUCAUUACUUUGUGAGUGCCCAUGCGCAGUUAGUCUCACGAGUCAGUGGUGGAGUACGGAAUUUCUCCGGUAUGCAUAAUAAUCCUGGCCUACUGCACUAGCUCCUCCUACUGCGUCAACUCAUGGAGAGAGGUGUGGGAGUUUCAGGUGACCAUGCCACAAUAAUGCUAAAAUGGGGCAUGGAAUGGUGGGCAUGAAGGCAACAUUCUGCUGUUUGUGCGUAAUGUAGAAUAUAUAAAGAUGGUAACUGAGCUGAAAAUGCCAAGUGAAGACCAACGUGAGGGUACAGAAACAAACCUCAACAAGAAUGGCUAAAAUCAUAUGUACAAUCCAACAUGGUACGAGGAACAUUUUUUGAGGGGAUGGGGGGGGGGGUGGGGGCAGGGUGGAAGAGGGUUUAUUUUUUUUAUGUUUGUAUAUACCCCAGUCUAUCUGAGAAUGCUACAAAUUCCUUUGUAUUAUAUGGCUAAUUUCAAAUGAAUGUUUCCUGACAAACCUGAAUAUAUCCUGUUUGUACAGUUAUGAAUUAAAUGGAUAAAGUUAUUUUACUUCAUAUACUCAGCAGUACAUUCCAGUGCCAAUGCUCUUUAUACUAUAAAAACAUCAAUAUGGCUUCCAGAAAUGGAUGUGUUUAAAUCAUUUGCACACUCUGUAUUGUGGGAUGUUAUGUGCCUCGUUUAUGGCAGGUGCUGUGUGCUCGGCCAGUCACAGCAAUGUGAUGGCAGGUGCUGUGUGCUCGGCCAGUCACAGCAAUGCGAUGGCAUGUAUGAGUGGCGGCCACUAGAGGUUGUAUCAGGUAGAAGUAUAAACGCUGCUUUUGCUCAGAAAGAACAGUGAACUGCAGGGACAUUUAGCUUUAGUGGAACCAGUGUCUAUAGCAGGCAUAGGCAACCUUCGGUACUCCAGAUGUUUUGGACUACACCCUCCAUGAUGCUUUGACAGCAUUAUGGGUGUAAGAGCAUUAUGGGGGAUGUAGUCCACAACGUCUGGUAUGCUGAAGGUUGCCCAUCCCUGGUCUAUAGUGUACCGUUUUAUGGAAAAAUGCUAACAUUGGUUUUAGAUUUUUAUGGAAGAUUUGUGACCGUAAACGUGUUGUACUUUACUUGCAGUGAUACAAGUAUCUGCAGUUAAAGGGACAGACACUCUAACAAGAAAAAUGUAAUUUUUAUUGAUGAGGCUAAUUGUGAAGACUUUUGAUUUUCAAUGUAGAAGCGUCUCUAAAUAAAAUAAAUAAUAAAUGUGGAGUAAAAACACCAUGUCACAGCUCAGAGAAACUUACAGCCAUCUGUGUGCGGUCCUGUGAAUUAUGUUCUAAUAUCGGACGACCAAGUAGUCUUCACCAACAGAACUUUGCAGAAACGUGUCAGAUUCUCAUUUGCUGCUGCCAGAACACUGAGCAGGACUUUGCGUUGGACAGUGGAGAUGUGGCCAUUGACACUCUGGCCAGAGGUGGGGCAUCAGAUAAUUAUUCCAGCAUUGAAGGUUCAAUCAUUGUGUUCUGCAAGUGGUGUGUGUGUUUUAGUGGAUGUUCUUCAUCUGAUUUCAAAAGUUUCAAAUGUCAGCCCUCGCGAUGCCCUGAGAUCCCCACUUCUGGACUUAAGAUAUAGGAAAAAAAGACCCUUAAGUUUAUCGCCACUUUAAACAUACCUCUGAUUUAGAAAAAAGUAUCUGUGAGCUGUCUCACAUAGCAACUAUCCUCACAUGGCCUUCAGUGAAAAUAAAUAUUUACCCUGCGCUCUGGUUCUCUGAGAUUGUUGGACAUCAUUACGAAAACACAAAUAUACGAAGAGAAGAAUAGAAGAUAGUUAAUAUAACUUUUUUUUUUCCCAUAUCCAAGUAUUGUAGAGAAUAGACAAGGAGAUUGCUAAAUUGUAAGCCAAAGUAGCGUAGCUGGAAAUAGAAUUACAUUGUAGAUUUAUUUUUAUUAAUUCUUUUUUUUUUUUUUUUUUUCUAUCUAGUUUGAGGUGUAGAAUAUAUUUCUUUAAUUUCCUUUUCAAACAUUGGGAGGUAUGAAAUCAGGAAGGGGGACUCAGGUUACACUGGUGACACCAACAAUGGACAGGCCCACCCGGGAAUUGGCAUCAAAAAAGCCCGUCUGAGAGACUACCAGUCUUCAGGACCAGAGAGCACAGCUGAAGUGCUUGCCCUGUGCUGCCCAUUGACCGUUCUCUGGUGUCUCCAGAUUCAGGACACCAGGAUACUAAAUAGGGACGACAGGACGACAUCCCAAAACCAGUAUUUUUCCACUAAAAGCAGGACAAUUGGAAGCCCUGGAACUUGGGUUUUAUUGCCCAUAUAUCGGGGAGUUCAGCCUCUCUUCCUCUUGGAAGCUUCACCUGCGAGUAGUCUGACCCCCUGAACACAUCUUAGUGACAAAUCCGGUAUGUGAAACUGUGAUCACACCCUGUAAUCACACCCUAACUGGAUUACUCCAUCUGGAUGACUUAAAGGGCACAGUUUACAUAUAGCUCUUUCUGGGCACAUUAUGCCCUCUCUGGCAGCUCCUGCUGGUGGUCUUGAUUAAGUUCUGCCUUAUUGUAGUUUUCUGCUGAGGUUUUUUUUUUUUUUAAAGUCACGCACAUGAUCAUAAGUGGCUGCAACUUUUAAAAUGAUUGAUUUAUUGCUGGUUUUAAAAUCAUUUUCUCAAUUAAAGGAACACGUAUUUUUUUUUUUUUUUGCUCUUCUUUCUGUUUCGUUUUACAUCCAAAUAUGAAUCUGCUUGCUUUUACUUUCUUUUUCAAUGUUAUCAAAGAAAGUUAUUUUUAUUUUUUUAUGUGAUGGUUCCCCUUUAAGAUGCAUUUAAACAUAAAUAGCAGCAUCGUGUGAUCUAAUAAACAGAUGACAUCACAACUGCAUGCUGCAUCUUGUGUUAGACUGAUUUCAUUUUUCAUAAAAUCCCCUUUUUUUUUUUUAUCUCUAAUUGCCUGUCUCCACCCCUAAGGCAGUGAGUCAACCAGUCUGGCUAAGAGCCCAGUUCACAUGUAAACAGACCCAGCAGAAGAAACUUGCAGCCAAACGCUGUAAGACACAAUGCAAUUCUUUCCGCCCGUACAGAUCCAUCUGCGAAGAAACAAUGGAAACCACAGUGGGUAUGUCUUAAUGUCCCCCCUGAGCGUAAUGGACAUUCUUCUAAUAACACAGUAGACCUGGUAUUUUUUUUGACUAAAUUCAAAUAUUUCUUUUCUGGGAGUUGGGAAAUUCCAGAGUCUUUGAAAGAUCUCAGUCACUAAGGAAUUCUUAAAAGUGAAAGUAUUUUUAGAAUUGAAUUCUCAAUGGGGCGAUGAAUCAGAUUCUUCUUUAAUGAUUACAGUAUUUUAUGGUCCCCUUCUUUAUUAAGAGGAGCAUACAGUAUGAUGUAUCUGUGAGAGUUUGUAUCGUAGCAAGAGGAAGUGCAUCCAGUGACAAAGUAUGUAAUGUUUAGUAUUUCUUUGAAUUUGGUUAUAUUUAAAUAGACGUUUUAUUUGUUUAAAAUUGUAUACAUAUACAGAGCAUGUUUCGUAACAACUGCAUUCCUGUACUUAAUACAUGUGGGCGGGCACUGUGGAUUUACAUUGCUGAUAGGAUAAGUUAGAUGUUGCGUUUAACUGUUGUAUAUAAUCUGUAAGAACUAAUUUGGAUGCCAUUCUUGUUUGUUGUGCUUUAUAAAGUAAUAACACUGGUUAAAAAUAUCUGUCUGUCUCUGCCUGUCACUUUGUCUGUCUCUGCCUGUCACUUUGUCUGUCUCUGCCGGUCACUGUCUGUCUCUGCCUGUCACUUUGUCUGUCUCUGCCGGUCACUGUCUGUCUCUGCCUGUCACUUUGUCUGUCUCUGCCUGUCACUUUGUCUGUCUCUGCCUGUCACUUUGUCUGUCUCUGCCGGUCACUGUCUGUCUCUGCCUGUCACUUUGUCGCUUUCUAUCAGUGACAGACUGACAACAAUCAGGGACUUGUGGAUUCACAGCUUGGCAGCAAUGUUUGGCCACAAGUGACCUGUGUUUUUUGUUUGUCCUUCUGUCUAGCUGUGUGUGUGUGUGUGUGUGUAGGAAAAUAAUGUAGAACAUUGGCACUGUGAUUGGUUGUCUGUACCCUAUGACAGGGGUAAGCAUCCCUCGGCACUCGAGAUGUUGUGGACUGCAUGUCCCCUGAUACUUUGCUAGCAUCAUGGUUGUAAUAGCAUUAUGGGAGAUGUAACCUGCAUCAUCAGGAGUGCAGACUGCAACCUAUCCCUGUCAUGGUUAUGGUUAUGAGUAGCGUUUUGGUCUUCACAGGCAUUAUCUCCUCAGCAUUGUUUUGUUGUGUAUUCUUGCUUGAAAUCUAUACAAAGGGAUUCUGAUGGCAGCGUAGAAAUAGUUGUGUUUUUGAAGGAACACUCCAAACACUAAAAUGACUAGGUUGCCCUCCCAUAGUUUUUAGAAUAGUUUGGUGAUUACUGGGUGCCAUCCUUUUCCAAUGUGAGUCAGAAGAUAUUGUAUGAAGCUUCUGUUGGCUCUCCUGAGCUUGGCAUUGCCGUGCAGAGCCAGCUCAUUGGCUGAGAGCUUCAGCUGAUGAUCUCAGCCAAUGAGCCAAGUGCUUCACCCAGCAGGCUGGCUCAGAGCAGAGAACUUCCAGCUGUCAGUGGAGAAAGGUGACUAGUGCUCUGCAAACCCCAAGUAAGUUCAAACUAUUUUCUGUAGUGGUUAUGGUGCUUUUAGUGUUUCUUUGAGAAAUAAUUUUCUCAAGUGUGGGUAUUGUUUUACCAGGUACAGACACAUGUGAUUGGUGCAGCCUAUUUGAGAUCUGUGAGAGGGGAGUUUGUUGCGGACACUUAAAGAGUUACUGUAGAUUAUUAUAUAACCCUGCUUUCACAAUAUGUUUUUUAUACUUUAUAAUGCCUCAUUGGGCGUUAUUAUUUUUUAUGUUCACUAUGUCCAACCUGCUUUUUCAUGAUAAAACAUCUUACAUAAGUUAAAACUUACCUUAAAUGCAGCUCUGGACGAGGUUCUCCUUGGUCAUUUCCACACCCUCUCUGUCGUCACACCGCGUCACUGAGGUCCAAUGAAAUGUAUCUUGUGUGCUUUGAUCUGGGAUGAAGUGGGGUGGGCAAGGGUUAUGCUGCAAAUAUACAUAUAUUACAAAGGCAGAUUGUAGAAAAUGCAGGGAGGUGGGAGGGAGUGCACCAAAGGAGAGAGGGAACAUUGAAGCUGUCUCUUGCAGGGUAGAAUCUGAUGACGACUGUUGCCAAUGCACAGACGUAACAGAGUUUCUGACUUCAUAAAUGACCUGUGCUGGUGGUGCAACAAACCCCUGGUGUAGAUUAUUGCUGAAAUUCUGCUCAUGCAGAUUCCUUCCUCCAUGACCAUUUCUAAUAGCAGAAGUGGUCGUUGUGGUGUAAUAACCCUUUAAUUGUGAAAACGCAGCAGCUUCGCUCUGGGAGCUUUAUAUAUAUUUUUUUCGUUUUGGCAAAUUAAUUUUAAAUGUGUUCUCUAUGUAAUAAUUAAAAGGAAUUCAUAUCUAGUCAUAGAAUAUCCUUUUAAAAUAGAAUUAACAUACAUUAAACACCGUACGAUAACAGCGUAUUUUGAUAUUAAUUCUUCCAGCCGGGGUUAAAAUAAUGCAAUAAAAUUUCUAUCUCUAUAGUAACAUGGUUAUGGAAUUUUAAGAUCACAGGUGUCUAAAAGGAGAACAGACGUAAAAGUGAUGGAGGGACAGCUCCCAACACGUACAAUUGGUUUCUGUAUCUUUAAAGACAAUUAUCAAAUGUGACAUCUUAUUGUUGUUGGGAACUUGCUGUGACAUGUUCAUCUAAUGAAAGUGAUAGUCGGCAAGGAUCUGUGGGCACACAAUCGCUUAUUAGUUACAGUUUCACUGUCAGACAGUCAUCUGCAUAUAAUUGGACCUUGGCAAUAAAAGCUUAAAUGAGCAAAAAUAUAUAACACAUGGGAAACACAAAUAUAAAAGAUGGAUUUUCAUGUAAGUCACAAAAGAGCUUUUUACAUUUUUUUAUUAAAGGGACACUCCAUGACCCAAAUUAAAAAUAAGUAAAAAAUCAGUUUAGUAGAUAUUCCCCAAAUUCAAACUUGGAUGCAUACUUUCAUUGUGGGUUGAUAUAAAACCUGCAGUUCUCUUGUCUGCAGCCUUUGCAAGCUCUCCUCAUCUAACCCCGCCCAGACUUUGUGACUGUCCAAUCACAGACUUCCCAAUGCAGCUCAAUGAGAAGUCUUUGCAAGGCAGGCUGUAAGCAACUUCCUGUCUCUUGUGUUUAGCUCCAUUGAGCUAACCAAAUCAGGAAGUAACAGGACCUGUCUGAUUGACAGCCAGGGGGUGUAACAAGGUUAAUUUAUAAAAGAGGACACACUCUUAACAUAUAAAGCUUUUCAGCAAGCUAAAGUGCUUUAGGGGUCUGGAGUAAUCCUUUAAAGUCACAGUCCAAUUAUGUAUUUGUGAUGCUUUUGCAAGAAGGUGCGUUAGGCUCUGGGUUUAUAGAUUCAAAGUAGACAUAACUAGCAUUCAGCAGAUACAUGUUUAAAAAGUGCCUGAUUAUGGGAUGUAUUGGUCAACCCUUUACUCUAACACAAAAGGAAAAGUAAAAAUGAUCUUAAAGCCCAGACCCCAAUUAAAAGAGGGGACACCUUAACAGGAAGGUGACCAGAUCAGUGAUUACUCUUAAAGGAACACUAUCGGCAUCCAGACCACUUAAUCUUCCCCCUUUAGCUGUAAACCUUGCUGUUGCAGGAACAUUGGGGGCAGAAUAUUACCGGAGACUGGGCAGCUAAAGCCUUACAAAUACAGGUUUGUAUUGCUAAUGCUAUAGUGUUUUUUUGGUAUAGGUUCUGUCUUAUAUUCUCUAAAUAACAUUUUAUAAAUAACAAAAAAUUAUCAUUUUAUCUGGUUUUCACAUUUCAUCCAGUAGUUUCAGUCAGUUUAUAUGAUAUUGUUUCCAAAAUGUUGUUUAUUAUUAUUGUCGUUAUUAUUAUACAAUAGUCACACAACUCUAGCUGUAUAUGCUCCACAGAAGCAAUGUCAUUGUCGAAACCUUUUUCUUACUGUGACUUUUUAUUUUAUUUAUUUAUUUUCACUUCAGCUACUUUUUUUUUCUCUCUUUUUUUUUCACUUUUCUUUUACAGCCCACCCAUGA